AUGCUCGGUAAAAACUACAUACCUAAGGUACCCAAUUGUAUUCAAUUGUUUAUCUCUCUAUCUUUCUGUAGGUAGUUACUUUUCAUCCGUUGUUUUUAUUUGGUUUUAUUAUAUUGUGUUGUUGUUUUCAGUUUGCAUCCAAUUUUCCCGUGGUGUUUAUUCCAUGUUGGGAAGUGUCAGCCCAGAUUCAUUUGAUACGUUGCAUUCCUACAGCAAUACAUUCCAGAUGCCGUUCGUAACGCCUUGGUUUCCUGAGCAAGUAAGAAAAUAUGAUGAUACAUUUUUAUUUUUCAUUUUACUCGUUUCGGAUAUUGUAUUAUUUUUAGAUUUAAAAAAAAAAAUUAUUAAAAAACAACUAAAUAAAUAGAUACCUAUAGGUAUAGACGUAUACAUCUCUGUUUUUAUAUAAUAUAUUAUUAUCGUGCCUAUCUAAAUAUAGUGCCUAAUCUAAAUAUAAUACCGACUUAAACAAUUUAAAAUAAAAUAAAACAAAUAUUUAGUAGGUAUAUUAGAUUACAGUUAUUAUACCUAAGAUAUUUAUUUUAAGUCUUAUUAUGCAAAGCCAUUAACAUUUUAUAUCACUAAAAAGAGGCAAGGGGAUUCCAUGUGCGGAACAAACAAAUAGAUAGGUAAUACUUUAAUCCUUGCUUUUUUAAAAUAUAAUACAUGUUUAACAACACCGAACUUAAUCAGUAAUUAUUAUUAUUUAAAAAAGGAAAAACAUAUUUAUUUAUAAUUAUGUGCACAUUAUAUAUUGUAAAAUAAUUAAAAAUAAAAAUGUCAAUGAGUUUAAAUUUAUAAUAAUAUAAUAAGCUAAGUUAACAUUAUGCAUUUUUUAAACAUAUUAAUAUUAUAAACGGAAGAGGAAUCUUAUAGAAUUUUUUCCAUUGAUAUAUUUUUAAUUAAAAAACAGCUAGAAUUUUAUUUUAUUUUACAAAGUAUUUAUUUUUACCUUUUUUUUUUUUUUUAUUUAUAAAAUGUAAUUUAAAACAAAAAAUUAAAUCUGAAAGACUAAAACUCAAGAGUUCAGAUUUCAUUUUUCAUGUAACAUAAUUUUCAAUUUUUCUUAAUUUAAAAUUGCUCUGUUAAGUGUAUUUUAUGCGUACAAAGAAUUUAUUGUUCACUGAAUUAUAACAUUAUGAAUGCUAACUAUAGGUAAUACAAAUCAUUAUUUUAAUUAUAGGUAUUGUCACCUUCAUCGGGGAUGUUAGAUUAUGCAGUUAGUCUUCGACCCGAUUACCAUCGUGCCAUAUUGGACACUGUUCGAUACUAUGGCUGGACUAAUAUAAUUUAUAUGUACGACUCGCAUGAUGGUAAGUUUAUUUAUUUAUUUAUAGACUUUUAAAUAUUUUAUUUAUGAACCAUACAUUUUUCUGAUAGUUAUAUGAUAUUGUAAUCAAUGAUAUUAGGUAAGUACCUAAUUAUAUCAGAAGGAAGAAUUAUAUUAAUACAAUUUUUGUUUUGGAAACUACUUUCUUAGGCAUUAAAUAUACACAAUCUACCUACUGCAGUUUCCACUUUAAUAUAGAAACUGUUAAGAAGAUCUUCACAAUUGAUAGCCAAGGGAUUUUCCUUUAGUAGAUUGUAAUAUUCCCCAGUGAGUAAAGCACCUCGUAGGAUGUUUUUAAAAACCCUAAAAAAGAAAUUGGAUUGUUUUUCUUUUUGGUAAAUAAAAUAUUUCUCAGCGGGGGUGGAAACCAAAUUCAGGACGGGAAAUUAAAAUUUAUCCAGGACACCCGAUAUAAUACAUAUCUAUGUAAAGAAAUUGUUCUCACAUUUUGAAGGAAGUUUCGACUUACCAAAACAUUUAGCAAAGUGAUUUUAUCAAUAUGCAUUUUAAUUUGACGAUUUAAAUGAAAAUGUAUAAAAAAAAACUUAAUAUGCACCAAAAUAAAAUUAUAUUAUACAUGUUAAAAACUUUUUAUUAAGUUGUGAAAUAAUAUGAGGAAUUAAAAUAUUAUAAUAUACAAAUAUCAGGCCAUAAUUCAAUCCAGGCCAUCUGGAAAAUUCCCAUUUAUAAACUGGCCAAUCCGCUCCUAUCUGAGACUCAAUUUUCAAAUGGUGUACGAUUUAUUUUUGUAUAGAUAACUUUAUACUGAUGCCAACUUAAAUUUUUAGUUUGAACCUAUUACAUUUUUCAAUAUUUAUGAUAAUCUUUGAUAUUUUCUUAAAUAUUUUUAAACUGGUGGAUAAAUAUAAUUUAUACAAGUUUAUACAUUUAUGUAUGAUAUAAUAAUACCAAAAUGUAUAGGUAGAUAACGUAAUAAUUUUGGAUGUUUAAAGCUAUAUACAUAAUAUAUAUAAAUAUUAAACAGUUAUCUUUAGUUUUUUAUGACUAGAUUUUGAGGAAGCAAAUAAUGUACCUAUACAUUUUACUAUGAUAGGUUUUCUUUUCUGUCUGAUAUUUUGCUCCAAUCAACUUCAGGGGUAGUUCUGGUACAAAAUUGUAUUUAGUUGAUUGGGGAUAGUCUUAUAGUUUGAAUUAAGAAGACAUUUUUAAGAAGUAGGUAUAAAUAGUAUAAGUUAUAGAUCCUAUAUAUGAAAUAUAUGAAUUUAAUUAUAAUUACAAGUAAAUAGAAUAAUUUUUUACUCUUGAUGAAUACAUUUACCCUUUUCGAUGUAGGUGUAAAGUGUAUUACAUACAUUCAAAAAUCAACAUAAAUUUGACUAUAUAAUUUUGAAGAAAACCAACUACAGAAAUGUAUUGAAAAUCUUUUUCAUUUAAUGUCCAUUUGUGCUCAUCUAUUUAUUGUAGACUAUGAAUUUUGAACUGAAACUCAAUAACUACGUAAUGUAGGUGGGUAGUAUUCUGAACAUAUUUAUUAUAGAUUAAAUAUUCUAUGCUCAUAUAAAAAUGUAUGUUUAUCAAACAUCAACAUUUUACGUUUAUUGUAAAAUUGCCUUAUUUAAAUAUAUUUGUUAUCUAAAAUAACUUCUAUAGCCUCAUUUAAAUUUCUUUAGAUGUAUUAUUAAUAUUAUUCAAAAUAAAGAUUUAAAUAGCAAGUCAGUUGAAAUAAAAGUAGGGUAUAAGAAUUACUGUCCUUUUAGAUUCUAAUGUAUAUUACAUAUAUAUAUAUUUUUUUUUAAAUAUAUAAUUUUAAUUUCUUUUAAUUCUUCAAUCGAUCAAUUUUACUACAAAAAGCUCCCCAAUAGAUUCAAAAGAAUUUGUUGGUGAUAAUUUGAGAUAAAAUAUUUCAAAAUGUAUUUUUCCGGAUAACAAUUUUAAUUAUUAGAAAUACGAUUCUGAGCGAAGUUCCGUUAAACAUGUUUUCAAAUUAUCUGAUUUUUGAGAUUUUUGUUGAAAUUUAAAAUUAAAAUGAUUAUAUCCAUAUUAUAUAUGUAUAAAAAAAUGAAUAUUAUGCUGAAUUUUUAGAUUCCAAGCGUAACGAGGGAACUAUUGGUUUUACAAUGGUGUUUAUUUUUUCUUCUUUGUCUAUUUUUUUUUUUUUGUUCUAGUCUGGACACGUUUUUUCUUAGUAAACUUGCUCCGAUUUUUACGUGUAGCAAAUUUUCUGAAAGAUCAAGUUGUCUAAAAUGUACUUUAAAAAGGCCAUUGUUUAAAUAAAAUCAUAUAAGUAGGAAAACGUACAAUUUCACGAUUUCAUUAUUUUAAAAAAAAAUACGGAUGACGUUUUCUACCAGAAAAAAUGAUUCAAUCGAAAAAUCACAGAAUACCAUUUUUGUUGCCUUUUUGAUUUACUUUCUAACGGUAUGAUCAACUUUAUCUUUAUAUCUACUUUUGAGCUUUUAAGGAAUUUUAAUUUUUGGGUGUUUUUUGCUGUAAUUUGGUUAUAAAUUCACGUAGAGACUUAAAACUUUAUAAUAAUACUUAAAAUGGACUUACCUAGAUGUGGUAAAGUUUCCAAAAUUAUCGGAUGACUUUUUUUUCUUUUUUUAAUUUUCUUGCAAUGCUUUUAUCCUAGAAAACUUGCUCCAGUGUAUAAGUGUAGCAUCUUUUCUGAAAGUCAAUUUCAUCUACUUAGUAAAUACAUAGGUUAUUUUUUGAUUUUAUAAACGAUAUUUAAAAUAAAAACAAUUAACCAGAAAAAAAAUACGAUUUUGUUAUUUUAAAUAAAUACCUACCACGUUUUUUUAGCACAAAUGUGGCUUCACUUGAAAAACAACAACUGACCUUUUUUGAUGAAUUAUUAAUCAUGUUUUUAAUGAUACAGUUUUUUUUUUAAUUUUGGGGAUUAGUUUUCAUAAUAAUCAGGAAAAAACGUAGGAAGGUUAGGUUACAAAAAAAAUUACGGCACUUCAAAUUAUAUAUUACCGAACUGCGCCCGGAAUCGUCAGUAUUGGUUUACCGUUGCUUACAGAUACAAAUGAAAUAACCUUAUUUAUUUUACUUUUCAUACUUUUCACCUACAACAGUGGCCGCACCCGUCCCUAUUAUCAGCUCUCUUUUUUUUUUUAAUUAUUAAGAAAAUAACUUGGAAAAUCAAAAAAUAUUCUCCUCAAUGUACCAACUAAAUCUAAAUUUCUACAAAAAUGUUUUUCUAUCGUUAUUUCAUUAAAACAUGAUUCCUGUUAGAGAAAAUUUCUGGUUUAUAAAAAAAAAAAAAAAUCAGCCCACCAUCAGCGAUCAGAAUGUAAAAAUAUAUAUUUAUCUAUAUUAUGUUUAAAGUACCUAACAUAUUUCUGCUAUGUAGGUAAGGAAUUCAAUAAUAAUAAUAAAAUAUUUUUGAUAGAAAUGCUUUAUUAUCACAAAUUAUACUACUUGAUUUCAAUAUUAUAAUCUCAAAAUACAGAUCUUGUUAGUAAAGCGAAGUAAAAUAAUUUACUCCCGUAAACGUUCUAGAGAAAAUCGUUUACGUUUUCACGCAUAUGCAUGUUGCAUAUGCGACAAUGCCUGCAAUAGUACUGAUUUAUAAAUCGUAUAGAUAUUGUAUAUAUUUCUGAGCAUUUUUCAUAUUUACAAUUUUAAAUGAAAAUCGGGAAUUAGUUUAUAAUAUUAUAUUUAUGACAUACUUUGGUAAUUUUAAAUCGAUGUAUAAUUAUAAUAUAAUCUUAUAUGACACUAAUAAAUAAAACGUGCAUAUUCAAAAAUUUAUUAGACUGAAUAAUCCUCUUAGUUCAUAUUAAUACAUUAUGUAUUUAGUAUUUCCAACAACAUCGUUUUUAGAAAUCAGUGUUUCAAUAGCCGUAAAAUAUGGUUAUAUUUAGCAUACCGUUUUUUUUUUUUUUAUGUUCAUAAAAUGUUUUUUUUCGGUUCAUUUGGGCUUGCAAUUAUGUAUUUUAAUUGACACUUGUAAAAAAUUAUAUAUUUUAAAUUUUAAAGCCUCUGUGAUAUUAAUUCUUCAGAUGCAGGCAGUGAUUUGUACUGUAAAAUUGUAACGCCAAUCUUAAGCAUUUGUACAGAGUGAUUUUUUUUUGUCAUGAACUAUCGAUUAUCUCUGAGUCUUUAAGUGAAUUUGAUUUAUGUUUUUUCUGAUUAUUAUGGGAUCGUUAAAGCUUUAUUUUAAAACUAUUUUUAAUUUUUUUACCGCUACCUAUUCCAUAUACCUUAAAUAAGUACAUAAUUUUGUUUUCCAAAUAGGAACCCCUUUUUCGAAUACGGAUUUGAAUAAAGAAUAUUUGUCUAGACAUUUUUAUAUGCAUAUCACUAAUAUCAGAUUUACCGUCUAUGAGUUUAACGGUUUAAAGUUUAUACCUGAGAAGUAAGGACGGAUAAUAAAUUACUUAUCUAUAACAAUCUAUAGAUGUUUUUAAAUAAUAUUGCAAUAAGUAAGUAAUUUAGUUUUAUUCUAAUUUAUUGACUAGAUAAUUCCACCACUACCACCAAAGGCUACAUUUUUGUUUUUAUCUGAUGUACAAUUAUUUAAAAACAUUCAUUGGGAGUUGGAAAAAAAUGUUGUUAAUUUUGAUAUAAUUUCUUGAGUAAUAAUAUAAUACUGUAUAAUACAUUUAUUUGUGUAUCUGUUUAACGAUUAAUCAUUGCUAACGAAAAACGACUCUAAGCGGAGAUCAGUUAAUAGUGUUGUUUUAUCAAAAAUAUAUGUAUAAUAUGUCAUAUCAUGAUAAAAUAAUUACAUAUCCAUGAUAUAAUGUCUUUAAUAAUAUUUGUUUAAUAUUGUACCUAUUUCUCAGUUUUUCCUACGGGUUUACCGGUUUUUUCAAUUUUUUAUGAAAAUAGCUGGGAAAAACAAAACAAUAUUAUUUUAAAUUACUACAAUACGGGAUGACAUUAAAAUAAAGCUUAAUAUUUGUUUUGCAAAAUAAUAAAAAAACAAAUUAACCGGAAUGUGAAUGAAGAGAAUUAUUUCGUUGAGCAUAAACAUAAUUUGUAUAAUAUGGUCAAUGUAAUGUAACAGUUUUAAAGUGUGGUAAAACAAUAUUGUGUUCUAGUCGAAGAGCAAAGAGAUAGUGUCUGUACAAUUUUAGGAAAAAAAAUAUUGAAAAAUAUUCUUGUAAUGAUUUUUAUUUCAUUAUUUGUUUCAAAUUCACUACAAAAAUGUUUACGAACAAGUGUUUUAUUAAAACGAAAAAACUAAAAUAAUUAACUCAUUAAAACAAUUUCAAUUGUUACCUAUAGUAAAAUAUAGGAAUUUUUAAAAAAGGAUAUGAAGGUUUUAUUUUUUGGCGUAGAUAAACGUUAUUCCUUUUUUUUUCUUAUAAAUACGGUCGUUCUACUGUAUAUGGCAGUAAGGUUGAUAAGAAAUCAACCAAAUUAAAAUUAUCGAGAGUCCUAAUUUGGGAUUCCCAAUCGGGCGGUAUAUUAAACGAAACGAUAAGUAACAGAAUAUUCAAUUAAAUGAUAACGAGUAAACUGAAAAUAUAACAUUUUAAUUGGUUCUGUAAUAAUAAAAGCUUUAAAAUAUUACGAGUAUAUUAAACCUAAUUAUUUAGUAUAUAAAAUAUAUACCUGUUCUAUAUUUUCUUUAUAUAAUGUAUUGGAAUUGGGAGGGGGAGUAGGGGACCAUGACUCCUUAUAGCGGCCACUGCUCAAUAUUCCAAUAAAAUAUUUCUACACAAACUUCUUGAGUCUGAUAAACAAACGAAAAAACGUACUUAUCUAGUUAAAUAGUUCUAAGAAAAAUAUAAAAAAAUCCGGACGUACUUCAGUAAGUUAGGUUAACCCUAAACCCAGAAUUUAAUUGACAAAAAUAAAACGGUGGUAUCGACAUUUGUUAUCAGGUUUUUAAAAUUUGAAUAAAAAAAAAAAUAAAAACUGUAGAAACAAUUUGUUUUUAAAUAAAUUACUAUCUGCCAAAAAUCUGCAUCUAUUAAGAUACGAAAAAAUUGGAUAUUUUUAUAUUUUCAUUUUUACACUGUGGAUAAAAUUGUUAGAUCAAACAGAAGUGCUUGACAAUUUAACAGGAAUUUCAUUAUAAGUUGUAUAUGGUGGUCAACAAGAAAUAUUUGAGUUUAAUGUAAUUUUUUUUUGUAUACAAAUUUUAACGAAAAUCGUAAAUAUCACGGACUUUUAAACACGUAUAACCGAACUCUGUUCAGAAUCGUUUUUCGUUAGUAAAAUUUAAUUGUUGCGUACAGUAUAUUAAAUUCCCUUUUAUAUCCUACUUUCCCAACUUCUCACCGACAGCAUUGGUCUGUCUUUUUUUUUAUUUUUUUUAUUAAAUAUAUGUUAUGUGUAUAUAAUAUAAAUGAUGUGUGAGGAGUUAGGGUAUUAAAAAACAUUUUGUGUAUGCAGGAUGGAGUUGAGGAGAUAAAUUAUAAAAUAUCCACGAUUCAUGCGUAGUUACGAUGCACCGAAAAACACACAUCUUAGUAAAACUAAUUGCUUUUUCCCUAUAUUCAGUAUUAAAAAUAUAUGUGUAUAUGUGUAUAUUAUAUAUAGAUACUAUUAUAAAAUAAGCUGACCUAGGAUAAUGAGGACGGGUACACCCAUUGGUGUAUAGGUAAUAGGCAUAUAGGUAAUUUAAUGUAUACCUGUGCAAUGAUAAAUCAUUGUUAACGAAAAAACGAUCCUGAGCGGAGUUCAGUUGAUAGUGAUGCUUUGUCAACAAUAUAUAUUAUAUGUCAUAUCAUGGUAAAAUAAUCAAGUAGUAAUUUUAUAUUUUCUUUAAUAAAAUUUGUUUGGUGUAUAGAUUUUUUCGGUUUUCCCAUGUUUUUUCUCCGUUUUUCACAUUUGCUGGGAAAACUCUUAGGAAAAUCAGAGUACCUACCGAAUAAAAAUUACAUAAUAAACUCCCAAAAUAAUUAAAAUAUCCUGAUAGCUCAAAAAUACUUUUGAACAUUUUAACACGUCUAGAAAAGACAAAUAUAAUUUUUCUAUACAAACUUCAAGGCUACGAAUACUUUUUUUUAUGUGAACAUUUAUUCUACUAGAAAGCUAUUUCCGAUGUACGCAGUAGAGCCCCUUUUCUUGGGUAUUACUUAAGGGAGGUCAUUUUUCGAUUUUCUCAGUUGUUUUCUCAAUAAAUUUAAAAACCGGACAAAAUCACGGGAAAAACGUAGGAAAAACGGGAAAAUUUUUUUAAUAUUGAACAAGUAUUAUUAAAGAAAAUAUAUAAUGCCUAUUUAAUUAUUUAACUAUAAUAUCACAUAGGUAUUGUUGACAAAGCAUCAUUAUCAACCGAUGUCUGCUUAGAAUUAUUUUUUCGUUAGCAUUGUUUUAACGUUACUUACACAUGUAUAAUAAAUUCCCUUCUGAUCCUGUCUUACCAAAUUCUCACCUACAACAGUGACUGCACCCACAUGUGAAGUAUGACCGUCUUUUUAUUCACAACGUUAGCAUUAUUUACCGUCACGUAAUAAACAUUAAAUUUUAUUAUUAUUAAUCGUAUUUUAAAUGUAAUAUAAAGUAUAAAAUAACCUAUUCAUAUUACAUUGAUCUAUAAUGCUUAUUAUUUUUAUUUUUUCAAUGAGAAAAUUCACGAAAAAGGUUAGCCUUCAUCUUUUUGUUUAAAUGACGCAAAUUAAAAAUCGAUUAUGUACUGAAUAACCAAAAGAAAAUGACAUCAAAAAAAUGUUGAGACAAAGACAAAUUUAUUUGAAAAAGUAUUCAUAGGAAACAAAAGACUUCUUUAUGUGUAAAGUAAAAAAUAUUACUCGCUAAUGGAGAAGGUUCUUUUUUAAUAACCAUUUAUUUUCGAAGGCACUUGUUCAGAACUAAGUAAAGAAACAAUAAAGAUUCGGCAUUGUCUUUUUUUAGUGAUUUUUCACUAAGAAAAUAUAGCGAGGUGUACCUAAUUCAUUUAAAAUACAUUUCAUGUGGGAAUAGUUAACAUAAAAAAGUGAACUGCCAGUGACAACCUAUUAUUCCUUUUCAAUAGACUUUUCCAAUUUUAGAAAAGUGGAUUAAAUCGUUGUGGAAAAUGCUAUCAAAAAUAUAUUUAGUUCAAUAGACACAACAAAUAGUUUGAAAACGUAUUUUGUUUGGGUUUUUUAUUUAUUAAAUUUACACAUUUUCAUGGAUACUUUAUAUAUGUAUAGUAAAAUAUAGUCGGAUUUGUAAUAAGCUUAUAAAAUAAAGGAUUUUGUUGUUUUCUUUUCAAACUAUAAGGAUUUCAUAUGUGUUGCUUAUUUUAUAUUAGAAAUGUUUUUCCUAAUAGAAUUAUAGUGCAAGUAUUUCCAAAAUAAAUUUGAAAUAAAUUUCUCAUUCGUUCUGUACAAUAUAAUAUAGGCAUAUCUAAUUGUUAAUAUAAAUAUUAACGUUACUUUUAUUUUAAUUUAGUGUAUACUGUUCAAUAUUUUUGAAUAAUUUUGGGCGUAGAUCUACGUAAAAUAACGUCAAACAAAUAGUAAAUGUUAUAUAGGAAAUAUAAUAUGCUCGAGGUGAUAAAUUUCGUUUGACAUGCAAAUAUCGUUGCGUUUUCUCCUCUGUAAGUUAAAAACCACUAACCCUCUUUAUUCAUCUCUAUAGUUUCUCUAUUAUGGCAAUGACGUGACUCUUUUGUGUUUGUGAAACUCGGGUAACCCUGGGCGAGAAAUCUGAAAUAUAGAUGGUUGACAAAAUAAGUGAAACACAAAGACACUCAUUAAUAGUUUUUGUAAAAAAAGAGGUAGAAAGAAUGGUACUUUUCACAACCUAUACAGUGUACAUAGAUAUGUUGUUCAUUAAUUCAAAUAAUUAAUUCUACGUUAUAUAUUUAUUUUUUUUAGGGCUUUUACGUUUGCAGCAGUUGUACGAAGCUUUGGAUUUUGGACCAAAUAGUCUUAAAGUGGACAUGGUAAAACGUUUCCUAAAUGUAUCAGACGCUUUAAAUUUCAUACAUCAAAUAGAGCGAGUAAACAGGUAAUUAACUAAUUUUAAUUUAGAAUAACAUUUUUUUACCUAUGGACAACAAUAAAAAUGUUACAAGGCAAUAAAACUAAACAAAUGCAAUAUUAUUUUUUCCAAUGUAAUUUAAAUAGAUCUAAAUAUUUUUCAAAAUAAUUAAAUUAUAUAACCCGAUUCAUCAUCUACCUCAAUAAAAUUGAUGAAAUUUCACCCGGCUGCUUAACAUGUAAUAAAUAAAGUACACAUUUUCUUCCAUCACAUGUUUCUUGUCCUUUAUUAUUAUAGCGUUUAAAUAUAUUUUAAUUUACUAUGGAAGUUAAACAAUUACUUUACAGCCUAAUACCAAUACUCGCGUGUUAUUAUUCAGUAUACAUCCCUGCAGAGGUGUACCGAAAAUCUCCAAAAGUUCCAAUUCAAGGUUCUACGCGCUAUGCCUAAUGAAAACACCCUUUUAUGUAUCUACAGCCAUUCAUUCUAUAUUUACCUAAACGUUACUACCAUAAACUAGUGGAGAGGCUGUAUUAUAAGGGCUUUAACAGUCAUUAAAACCUUUGCGCAAAUAUAUUAAUAUCAAAAUUGUAUGCAAAACCUUCCCCGGUAAACUAUUCCAUACGUGAUUGAAAAGUAAAAGAAAUCUGAAUAUUAAUAUGCUGUAAUAACUAUUAUUAACUUUAAAUUAUUCACUUUUCUGGAGUUCACACCAAAAUAUUAUUAUAGUAUAAAUUAUCAUCUUUAUUUUUUAAAUUUUAUUAUUAUAUUUAUAAUUACGAUUAAAAUUAAAUUAUAAGUAUACAAGUCUUCAAAAGUAUAAUAUGUUACGUUUUACAAAUAGACAAAACAAUAUAUACUUUUUGAAAUAAAUAAAUAAUGCAUAUUAAACAAGUUAAUUGAAUCCUUAUAGGUUAUAUAUUUUCUUGGUAUUUAUUUUUCUAUUUUGCAAAUUAAAAUAGCAAAUACUUUACUAAUACUGAUAACAUGUUUAGGUUAUUCUCAAUUAUUCAUUAUUUUAUAUUAAUACUAAAUAGUAACAAUAAACCGAGCAAUAAAUGUAAUUCACAUAGAUUAAAAUCCUAUUAUAUACUGGUGGCUACGGAUUAAGAUGUAAUGGAUGUUUAACGAGCCAUAUUAUAAACCCAUUUUGCAGAAGUGACCGCAGAUUUGAGAGAUUCGACAAUGAAAUAAAUGAUGAUGAUAUGCGCGGAAAAUCGUGUAAAAUUUAAAUGUUAACUAAUAAGUUAAGUAGUAUAACACAAUUUUUGAUUUUUUUUUUUUUUUGAAUAAUAAUUCCGUUUGACUACCUAUUACAUAAAACUAUCUUUGACAUCAAAUUCACAAUGACAAAACAUAAAGUUAGUAUCAGUAGGUAUGUCUCCUACUUUAUUAUUGUUUAGCGAAUAGUUUAAUGUGAAUUGACACUUUAAGUAAUAGGAUUUCAUUGGGUAGUCCUGCCAUGAUACAUAAAACACAUUUUCGAACAUAGAUACCUAAGCAUUUGUCUAAUUUGGGGCGGAGGAAAGAGAGGACAAUUGUUCCUGGAUAUUUGACUUAGGACGCAAUAGUAUUUUUUUGUUUCCCUUUCCUGUUAUAAGACAUACUUGUUUAAGUUAUAACGUAAUUUAUUUUAAUAUAAAAACUAAAAAAGCACAAAAAGCACUGUUAAUAAUAAUAUAAUUUUUUUAUCAAUGAAAAUAAUAAAUAAUCAUAGGACAAAUAACGUUUAAUAAUUUUAUCUUAUAUCGUUAUCUAAAAUCACGAUUAAAUUAAUAAAUAUAAUACUGAUAUAUUCUAUAUUAGGUGGAAUACAUUUAGGGUGGGGGAAGUAAAGCCUCCUCUUUUUCAUGAUUUGUAGAUGUUUAGUUUUACCUCAGAUUACGUCUAUGUACCAAGUGCACAAGUAUAUUGAUAAUAAUGUAGCAAUCAAAUAUGCAUCCUUGGUAUAUUUUAGAUUUUGAAUGUAGCGAAAAGUGUAAUUUCAAAAUAAUUGGGGAAUACCGGAAAGAAAAUUAUAGUUAAAAUUGCAAAUAUUUAUGAGGCACCGAUCUCAGUAUUUUAAUUUUGUGUACACAUGUAUAGACUCAAAAAUCUCGCUCCAAUAGAAAAAUGAUAAAAGAAAAAUUUGGUCUUUUUAAUUAGUGUUGAGUAUCGGCAUAAACUGAAUAUCGGCUGAUAUUGAGUAAUAUCGUUUUUUUUUUUCAUAAUCGAUAGUGGACCCGAUAUUAUAUCUAGAAACAAUUUUUUUUUUUUGAAAAAGCAUAUAUUUUCAAUAACCAUCAAUUUCGAUAACAAUAUUACAAUAUGAAAAAAACGUUUACUUUAAUAAUGUAAGUGAAGAGUAUAAAUAAAAAACAAGAAAAGUCACCUUUUGUUCAAUCUGACAAAAACAUGUUUUUAAUUUCAAAACAUAAAAAGAAGUAAAAAUUUCAAGUUAAAUUAAAUGUUAAACUUUGAAAUCUAGUAACCAUAAUAUAAUAAUGUUAUAUUAUAAUAUUAACUAUGUCUAUGUAAUACACAGUGAAUACUAACCCAACACUUGUAUAGUGUUCGCCUUAGCAGUUAACUUACAUGUUUUACCCUGUAGGCCUAAACAUUUAAAAUUCACGGCACUAGUAUACCUAUAUUUUAAAUUUGUACGGCUUAUGUUUUCUACAAACCAUAUUAUUCCAAUAGAAAAACGACAAGAUACUUUUUUUGUUGCAUUUCUAAUCUAGUUAGUGAAUAGGAAAUUCCUUUUUUGAGUUUCUAGGUAGUUUUUUAAAUAAAUAAAGAAUAACCAGAAAAAACUGACAAUUUUACGGUGUCACAAAUUCAUUAUUUUAUAUUUUUACGUCUUUCGUUUUCUACCAGAAAUAUUGCUUUAAUAGAAUAUAACUUUGGAUCUUUUUGGUUUAAUUUUUAAUCUAGUAGAUGACUAAGUAAGUUGUGUUUUUGAUUUUCUUUGUAGUUUUUUCAACAAUAGAGCAAAUCCGAAAAAUUUGUAGAAAGUUUGGGAAAAUUUGCAAAAAUAAUUCGUUUAUUAUUUUAAAUUUUGUUUUAUUAAUGUAAUUCAGUUAAAAAUAUUCGUAGAAACUUGAUAUUUUGACGGAAAACUUCUAUUUGAUUUUUUUGACGUAGUAAAAUUUUCAAAAUAUUUGUUCUAUUUUUGAGUUUUAUUUUUUAAUUUUGUGAAUUUUUUAUUUAAUUUUUAUUUAGUAACAGCAGGUUUAUUAUAAAUCCUACUUAGUGGUAUAAAAAAAAAUUGAGUGUAAUGUAAAUUUUUUUUUUAUAAGAGUUAAUAUAAAAUUUUUACGAGAAUCGUAAAUAUUACGGCUUCUCAAAAUAUGUAUAACCGAACUACGCUUUAAAUGGUUUUUUGAAAACAAUGGUUACAUGAUUUAUUGUUGCUUACAGAUAUAAAUUAGAUCAUUUUAUGUAUCUUAUCUUCUCAACUUCCUAUUUGAAACAGUGACAAACACGUUGCUAGAUAAGCUCUUUUUAAUAUUGCAUACUUAAAUAAUAAUUAUUAUAGUAAUAAUAGAUUAGAUUUUAAAUUUAAAUUGAUAAAAGUGAUAAUUAUUUUUAUUACUAGUUUUUAUAUUAACUUACAAAGAAAUGCGAAGAAAACGUUUAAACAUUGUGAUCCACCUUUUACCCAUUUUGCAUUGAUUUUUUUAUCAAUUAUUGUAGGAACUUAUUUGUUCCUUAUUACAUUUUGAUUUACACUCAUACCAUUUUUUCAACAAUAAUUUAAACCGUAAAAAAAAUAAGUGCAAAUUAUUUUAUUCAUCUAAAAUUGUUGAUCACAAAUUCGAGAAUUUUACACAUUUACAAAUAAACUAAUGAUUUAAAAACAACACAUUUUGGACCGUCCUAAAAUAAAUAGUAUAUAUUUAGAAGCCCGUAGAAUUGUAGCUGUUGUUUUGAACAAUCAUGAAAUUGCUUAUAAAUAAUGUAUAUAAAUCCAGAACUAAAUGAUGGAAUGUUGAGAUGCGUAUGUACCUAUAUAGCUUUCAGUAAAUUAUCGAUUUAGGUAUAACCUAUGCAAUUCUUUAAUAAUAAAAAUUUUUAUAUUUACGGUUGCCGUAAUGCUUACCUAUAUAGGUAUCAGAGUAAUACGGAUUUCUAACUCCUUUGUUUACACAUUUUAGACGAUUUAAUACUACUUGCUAAAUUAGCUUCUUAGGGAUUUGUUUUUAUCCAAUUUCAGCCCUAUUGACUAUUUGACCCAAUUCUUUAGCCAACUGUGUAACGUUGUACUGUAAAUAUUUAUAUAAAAUAUGUAAACUAUAUACGAAAAUCCUCUUUCCUUUUUUUUUUUUUAAUUGAUUCGAUUCUAUAGACAAAACCAUUUACUAUGGUAUUUUCAUAGAACAAACGAAUAACAAUUAUAUUUCCCAAUAAAAUCUAAACUUUUAAAUUUAAACUCAAACGUGUAAUAUAAAUUAAAUAUAUAACCGAGCAAUUUUUAAAUUUUUGUAAUUCUUCAUAUGGGUGCCUAUAAUUCAACCGCUGUUCUAUAGUUUGUAAGUUUGUUAUUAUUUUAUUCUUAAUUAUUUACAGAUGGGGAAGUAAAAGAAUCGUGCUGGAUUGCCCAACACUUAUAGCUAAGCACAUAGUGGUGUCGCAUGUCAAGGAUAUUCAAUUGGGCAAGAGGACCUAUCACUAUUUGCUUAGUGGUUUGGUAAAUAUUAAUUUAAUAUUUUAGUAGUUAAAAAAAAUGUAGGUUUAUGUAUAUGCAUAUUUCAUUAUAAUAUAUUAAGUGCAGAAAAAAAAUAAACUUUCCAUUUUACAAUACUAUUUUUAUGUGCUACAAUUAUUAUAUUAUACAUUUUUUAACACUAUUUUUUUAUAUUGUGUUGAAAUAUUAAAAUUAUAAAUAUUUAUUAAUUGAAUUAUAUUUAAAAAGAAAUGAAACAAUUAAAAAUAUGUCACUUAAGCUAAGAGAUUAUUCCAAACUAAUAUCUGCUAUCUAAGGCUAGGACAACAAUUAAAGUUUUACUGUCUUUAAUAAAUUGUGGUUAGGAUGUUUACAAGGUAUAUUAUUAAUGGCUAAUAAAAUAAUACUAUUUAUGAGAUUAUUGCCAAAGCUAGAUAAGAUAGUAAUUUUUUCAAUUAGUUAAAGCUAAGUUAAUUUAAUAUAAAAAGUAAUGAAGUUAGAAUAGAAGUUAGUUUCCUAAAAUUGUAACUUAUUGAAAAAAGUUACAAGUUAGUUUUUUUUCACGAUUUCAUAAUUAAAUGAAAUUAUUACAUCGUGUAAUAACUGUGCAAAUAACUAAUGAUUUAUUUAACAGUAAAAUUAAAAAUUAUUGAAUUAAUUGCAUUUGUUGUGGACGAUAGACUAUGAGUUACACCCUUAUAUGAUUCUUACAAAUAAACAAGGCUCAGACGCACAGUUUAAAAUCAAAAUUGUAGUAUAGCAUUAAUUAAUCUAUUAUAGAUUAAUACCAUAAUAGGUUUAUAGAAUAAACCAUGUAUUAUAAGACAUUUUUGUAUUAUGAGACAUAUAAAUUAUAUUAUCACAAUAAUGUUUAACGGAAUAACUGAAAAUUGGAAGAACAAAAUAUAUGCUAUUUUUUCUUCUAUUUUAGAUUCUGAGCGUUGCGUGGGAGCUAUUGGUUUUUCAAUGCUGUUUAUUUUUUAUUAUUUUUUUCUAGUCUGUGGACACGUAUUUUCCUAGUAAAUUUAAUUUUUGGGAGUUUUUUGCUGUGAUUCGGUUAUAAAUACACGUCGAGACUUGAAACUUGAUAACAAUACUUAUAUUGAAAUUGCCUAGCCGUGGCAAAAUUUCCAGAAUCAUCGGACGAAUUUAAUUUUUUUAAUAUGAGUUUUAAAAUUCAAAUUUAAACGAAAAUCGCAAAAAAAAUUACGACACUUCAAACUAUGUAUUACUGGACUGCGCUCGGAAUCGUCAAGCAAUGGUUUAUUGUUGCUUACAGGUAUAAAUGAAAUAACUCUAUGUAUCCUACCUUCCUAAAUUCUCAUCUACAACAGUGGCCACUCCCAUCUACAGUAUCAGUACCUUUUUUUUUUAUAUGAUUUCAAAAUAACGAGUUAUUCAAUGUUUUUUACACGUCAGAUUUGAUUUUAUACUUAUAUUAAAUCAAACUAGUUAAGUUAGAACAUUACUAUGAACUAAAACCAAUUAGUUAAAUUAGAAAGUUACUUUAAAAAUAACUUUCUAACUUUAUUGUAACUUUCUAACUAGUUAGUGCCCAGCUUUGAAAAUUACGUGAUAUUUGAAUAUUUCAUAUUAAUUUAAACUAUGUGCAAUUGUAAUCUACAGGAAUAAAGACAAUUGCAGUGAAUUUGGGUGUCUGUAUUUCAAAAUGUUUCCCUUUUGAUUACGUUUAUGUAGAAUAAUAUUUUUAUCUAAAAUAAUUUGGCCGCCUGCAUCCAAUUGGACUUUUUACUUUUUUUUUUAAACUUAAUUGUGUAUAUAUACUACUCGACACUACAGUAAAAUGUUUUGUUGGAAUUUGUACGCGUUAAUUAUUGUUUAAUGUUUUUAAUCCACAUAUAAUGUACAUUAAGACACAUUUGAUUUAAGGUCCAUGAAUACCUACAUUUAUUAAGGAAUAAAACAAUGACCCCCUCCAAAAAAAAAAAAAAAAAAAAAAUAGUAUUUACUAAACAUCCUACCCAUUUUAACGAAUCAUCUUGAACUACACAACGCAAUAAUUUUAUUACUUUUGUGCAUUCACAUCAAAUAUGCUUUUAUUUAUUCAAAAUAUUUUAAUUUUUGUUUGCCUAGAAAACAAAUUAUUUAUUAGAUUCUUAUAAUGGUUAUGAAUUAUUCAUUUCUAAAAAUAGUAUACAGUAUACAUUAAUUAUAUUUUACAAUUUGCUCAUACAAAAAUAUAUUUGUAUUACUAUGACCUGUGAUUUUGUAUGUUAGAUUCUUAACGGAGUGAGGAAUUUAUUGGUUUUAUUAUAAUGUGUGAUGUUUUAUUUAAUUUUUUUUUAUGUCGAUAAAUAACUUUUCUUUCAGACACCAUGCUACAAUAAUAAAAUUAUAAGAUAUCCUUUUUAGUGUAUUUUGAAUUUGAUUGGAGUGUUCAAUAGGAAAAACCGAAAAAAAUUAAAUAAGAAAAAUGGUCAAAUUUAUAGCAAUAAAAGUUUCAUUUUUUUUCCACUAAAAAUCUUAUUCUGACUUUAAAAUUAUUUGGUACUUGAAAUAUGUUAAUAUUCUGAAAUAAAUUGUUCAUAAUAUAAAAAAAAAAAAUAUAUUUAAAUUGUAUACAAUAAUAGAAUUGAUAUUGUACCACGUAGUACAAACCUAUAUAAAUAUUGUACUUGUACAUGUAGAAAAUAGGUACGUUCAAUUUUAAUUUUAAAUGAUUUUAUAUCUGAACACUGUUAUUACAUAAUAUAGGCAGUUGAAGAGCGUAUUAUUGAACAUACAAGAGUUAAAGGCUUAGAAUAUUAUAAUAAACACCCAAAUACCCAUAUACUUUAGUAAAUGACAGUAACUUACUGAAUGAUAGUAAUAUGUUUAAUCCUGUACCGAUAAAAUUAUAAAAUUACAAUAAUGAUGAAUUUGUAUCACUCAUUAUGAGUAUUUUUUUAUGAUACAUUUUAAUGUAGCUUAUUAUGAUAUAAAAUAAAUACAAUUGAAUGGAAUGUUAACAUAUCUAAUAUUAAAUUUAAUUUAAAAAAAUAGUUUAUACUAGGGACGAGAACAGCCACUGUUGUAGGUGAGAAGUUGAGAAAGUAGGAUACCUACAUAGCAUAUUUUAAUUGUAAUAUGUACACAAAGAUGUACCAUUGCUAAUAAAACGUAUUGGACAUAUUUUAAAAUGCCUUAAUUUUUUCAAUUUUCUGCUAAAUUUGACCUUCAAACACUUAUGAAAAAAAAAAAAAAAAAAAACAAACGAACUAAUAUAUUAAACUAAAAUUUUUUUUUAAACUACUUAGUACAAUUUAUAACAUUCAUUGUGUUAAUUUUUAGGUGUAGGGGUAAACAAUUAAAAAUGGUUUUAAAAUAAAGCUUAUGCGAUUCCAAAGCGAUUAAAAAAAAAAAAAAAUCAAAUUUAUUAAAAUCCUCCGAGAUUAUUGCUGGUGUAUAAUAGAAAAAUUACUCUGUAUAUAAAAGGAACAAAAUUUAUCUCAUGUCCUUUUUAUAUUGAAGCAAUACUUUUGGUAAAAAACAUAAUUUGUAAAAAUUAAAAACGACAAAAUCAGGAACGCCACAUUGUGCCGUAAAUAUUUGCUGAUAAUUUUCUUUUCGGUUUUUUCCGAAUUAUUUUGAAAACCCCCUGGAAUAUGACCUUUUUAAUGCACUUUCUAGAGAAAAAUUUUUUUCAGAAAAAGUACUUAACUCUACCAGGUGAUCUAUUUAAGUGAAUAAAUUCAUUAUCCCGGAAAGUAUUAAUUUUUUCCAUAAUUUGUUUUCUAUUUACGAACUUUUUAAUAUAGGUUGCCAUUUGAAAAUCAAAAGUAGGUAGUGGUUUACCCCCAAAAAUAAGAGUGACAAAAAAUAACAUAAAUAUAAAAUUGUAGAGCUGCUUGUUUCUUAAAUGAUCUAGAAAACGAAUUACGAAAAAAAUUUGUUUAUGUGAAGAAAAUAAAACACACAUUAAAGCAAAAUUAAUAGAUCUCUAUCGCUAGACUCCGAAUCUAAAACAAAUAACUGUUUUAUUAAAAAAAGUAGAUAGGUUUCUACAUAAAAUUGAUAGUGCACACUAAUUUAAAUGUAUUAAUAUUUGUAUACAAUUAGAUUUGAAUGUCAUAAAAUAAAAAAAAUAAUGUCUAUUUUGCAGCUAGAAAUCAGCUAUAAACAGAAAAAUAUGCUUUAAAACUCUUUACAUACACUAAAUAACUAUUCUACAACAUGAUUUUAUCAGUAUAAUAUAAAAUUAAUUGAAAAUCUCAACAAAAUAUUAUUAUAUUAUUAGUUAUAGUAUAACUGAAUAAGUGACCGAUGACUAAGAAUUUGACUGGUCGACAAAUGUUUAACUUGUGUAUUUUGUUAGUGGCGUACAACGCACACCGUAGAAUAAAGAAUGUACGAUCCGAACGGUUAGAGUUAUCGAUCUCCUGAUCAAGACUCAAGAUCAAAUGUGUACCUAAUCUUAUAAUAUAUUUUGAAUGCAACUUUAAUUCUAAAUUAUGGAAUAUCGCUCCAAAUAAAAUAUCGGAUACACCAAUAAUAUAGGUUACCUAUCAUAUGAUACAACAUUAAAAUUUGAAUACUUACAUUCCUUUUUAGUGUUACAUGGUAUCUACUUAUUAUAUUAUUCCCGGUAGGCAAUAUGUAUUAUAUUAAUAUAUUUAUAAAGUUUCGGUUUAAUUUAAUUUUAGAGUUUCUCUAAAAUUCUACCAUGUUCUAUCAUUUGAGCGUAUCUUUGAUACACAGAAUCACCACUGAUUAAUUAUAAGGUACCUACAAAGUUAGUGAUUCCAUAUUAAUGGAAUAGGGUGGGGGUGUUAAAUUAAUUAAUUUUGCAAACGUGUGCUUUUAAGUUUUCGUCAAAAGACAAACAGCUUCGUUGACAAACUUACCCAUUAGAUGUAUUGUGUACCUAAAUGAGGAAUUUUAAUGCAUAAUUACCUGCGUAUUAAUCAUUUGUGUUUAAAAAUAUUAUUACAAAUAUUCAAAUAUGUUUAUGAAAUCGUUCAAGAAUCAGGAAAUAAAAACACAGAUAAUUAUUUAGAUUAUUUACCUAUAUUAUGUGAUAUUGUAGGGAUAAAUAAAAAUAAUUAAAUAAAUUAGGUAUUAUGAAAUAUAAUAGUUAGGUAUCUUGAAUUUACUUGAUGUUAUUUGUAAUGUGGAACUUAAAUAUAUUCAAUUAUUUAUACAUUAGUAUAGGUAAGACAAAAUAUUAAAUAAUACUGUUUAUAAAAAAGAUGAUAUACUUGUUACAGUUUUGAUAUUUUAAAAAGGUUUUUUGAAAUGCUGACUGAUUAUAUUAUUGCAAAAUUCAUUACUGGAGUAAUAAAUUAUGGUUUAUUUCAUAAUAAUAUUAUAAUUAAGUACAAUUUUUAUGCAGUUCUUAAAAAUAUCAAUAACUUCCAAAUGGGAAAUACAUGUAGUAAUUCAAUGAAAUAAAUAUUCUAACAUGAUUAGAGUAAUAUGUUUAUUUUGAAUUGUAUGUUAAUUGAUGUAUGUUUUUGUUUAAUUUAUAUGUGUAUGCAAUUAUCUCGUCAAGUGUUAAUAACUUAUUGUUUUUCAUCAGAUAAUGGACGAUCAUUGGGAAUCUGAAAUCAUAGAAUAUGGUGCUGUCAAUAUAACUGGAUUUAGAUUAUUGGAUAUGAAUCAAUGGGUAGUUAAAGACUUUCUUACUCAGUGGAAUAAUAUAAAUCCCAAUCCUUCACCUGGGGUAACAAAAGACACAAUUUCGGUAAGUAAAAAAACAAUUAAUAUCCACUAUUUUUAUUUCGAAUGUAUGAAAUUAAUGUAUGUUAUAAAAUACGAUAUUUAGAAUAUACGUCAACGAUGAUUUUAGUAGUUUUUUUUUUAAUUUCUAACUUUUACGAUAUUUGUAUGUACGUGGAAAAUUACUUAGUUAUAAUACAAUAAGGUACUUGGAACACAAUUAGGAUACACAAUAUAUCAAUGUUUUAAAAAAAAAAUACUUUUUAUUAGUCUUAUUACCUUGAUAUUCAUUGGUUUUUAUUAAUUUUGUCAGCAAAACAUAGGAAAUGUUUCUUGUUGUGUUUAUUUUAAUUAUAAUAUAUUAUUUUAUUAUAAAAAUGCUUAUAAUAAUUUAGGUAUGAUAGCUUAUAUUUGUUUUUGUCGUUUUUAUCUUAUGAUUGAGUAAACAAAAGUUGUUUUUUGUAAACUGAUCUUGUCUAAUGAGUUACCCUGAAAAUUUGGGUGUGAUUGUGUUUCCGUGGCUUUUAUAUUAUUAUUCAUCCUCUGGACUAUUUGCUGGUACAAACAUUGUGAUAUUUUUUUGGCUACUGCAGAAUUAGUGAAGACUAGUUAGUGAGUUAGAUUGUCUUUAGUCUUCAAUAGGGCAUCGCGCGAAAAUGUUUUGCUAUCAAUCAUGAACCAAAGCCCUACUGACAAAUAUGGCUGCUCCAUCAUUUCAUUUCCUAACAACAACAAAUCAAUCACACUCAAAAAUGUUCACUAUAUACCCUCCGCCUUUUCAAUUCUCUAUCUUGAAAAUACCACUAUAUUUGUGUAUGUAUUUAUUUUUUUGUUCAUGUUUUAUUUUUAUGCUACAACGACGACCUAUAAAUGGAAAGGAUUCGGAUUAAUUUUUUACUCAUUUGUCACGAUCCGCGCAUUGGAUUUUCGUCAACUGACGUAUUGCUCUCAUCUCCCUAUGUAAUAAAAAUAAAAUAACAUUCUCCUUCACAUAACAAUCUAGUCUUUUUUUUUUAACCUUAUUUUCGGUCUAAUAUUAGAUUUUAAUGGAUCAGUAUACUUUUUUUUUACAGGCCCAAGCUGCAUUAAUGUAUGACGCUGUUCAGGUUCUCGUAGAAACCUUCAACAAGGUUCUUUGGAAAAAACCAGAUACGUUCAAAUCCAAGAGAGUGACAGCAAAUAGUAAUUCAUCCAUGUCCAGCGUUUCGACUUCGCAGAGUCCCGUUCUGGACUGUAACGGUGGUCGAACAUCAGGGAAUCAAUGGGAACAUGGUGAUAAAAUAUCACGAUAUUUAAGAAAAGUAAGAUUAUUAUAGAAUAUAAACUCUGCAAAAUAUUAAAAUUUUGUUAGGAAAUAUUUUUUUGAAAAGCAACUUUGCAAGUUAUAGUUAAUAAAAUAAUAUCAUAUCGCUGUGUGAAUCACCAAAUAAAGAGAUGAAAAUGUAAUACAUUAUGUCAAGUAUGGUAAAGAGAAAGUAAAAAAUUUAAUAUAAUUGUAAUAUAAUGAAUGUAUACAUGUUUAUAUGUAUGUGUGUAUGUAUAUAUGCAUGUAUGUAUGUAUUUUUGUUGAAUUUAACUAAAAAUAAAAUAGGUUGGAGUUUUAUUUCAAUUGGGUACCUUGUAUACAUUUCCAAAAAAUUAACUAUUUUAAAGUACUAAUUAGGAAAAUACGAUUAAAAAAAUAGUAAAAUAGUAGAUAGUUUGAACUUGCAAUAUUUAUUAAGUAACACUGAAAUUUGCAUUAUAAAUAAUAUUUUAAUAAUACAUAUUUGUUCCUAACUAAACACAAAGUCAAAUUUUUAAAUAUGAUAUUCUUGUAAAUUUUAAUGAAAAUUUCUGAGUAGGUUAGGAAGGAAGCUUAUGUUUUUAUGAUUUUUUAUAGAGUUUUUCCAGCAAAUGUGAAAAACCAAAAAAAACAUAGGAAAACUGGGGAAAAUCGGUACAAUAUUAAACAAAUAUUAUUAAAGAAAAUAUUUAAUGUCCAUUAUUAUUUUACUAUAAUAUGCCAUAUAUAUUGUUGACAACGUAUUACUAUCAACUAAACUGUACUCAGAAUCGUUUUUUCGUUAGCAAUGGUUUAUCGUUGCUUACAGAUUCACAUUAAAUUCCCGUUUCUAUCCUACUUUCUCAACUUUCCACAGUCCGUCUUUUUCUAAUUUCUUUCUAAAACUAAUGAAAAAAAAAAAAAAAUAAAUAAAUAAAUAGAUAUUCAGUGAAAUAAAUUUAAAACCUUAUGUUAAAUGUUUAUAAAUAUAUUGUUAAAAAGUGCUAAUACGGGGUAAUGAUUUUGGAAAUUAAUAAUGAAAUCGUGAAAUUGUACGUUUUCCUACGUUUUUCCAGUGCUUUUAUUUAAAAAAUGGUGUCGAAAAUUAAAAAAUUACCUCUUUAAAGUACAAUCAAGACAAUUUACUUGAGCUCUCAUAAAAGUUGCUACACAUAAAAAUUAGAGCAAGUUUAUUAGCAAAAAAGGUUUCCACAGACUAGAAGAAAAAAAAAAUAAACAUCUUAGUAAAACCAACACAUUCUUUGCUACACUCAGAAUCUAAAGAGUAGUAAAGAACGGUUUUCAUUGUUAUUUUUUCUAGCCUGGAGGUUUGUAACGUAUAAUAUGAUUUGUUGGUCUGUGAAUCAAAAGUAAAUUGUAUUCAUAUUAAUAAUCCUGAAAUUAUUUUAGUUUAUAGCUUUAUAUUAUAUUUUACAGUAUAAUAAAUAGUAUGAUAGGAGAUUAUAGGUAUUUUAUUUGUGAGGAAAUGCUGAUGAUUUAAAGGCUUUGGUUCCACCUAUAUUUGGGUUCAAAGACAUCUUGACGAAAGAAAUUUUGCCGAGUUUUUUUUGACGACGGAUUAAUCGGUGAACGGAUAUAUCGGUGAAACUAUUUAUUUGAUUAAAAAAAAAUAACAUUUUAUAUUUAUUAAAUCAAAAAUCAAAAACCAAUGUUCUAUGAUAAUAUUUAUAGAUAAUUUAUUAGAUCCCGAUUUGAAUAAUUUUCUAUCAUCUUUUUUAUUUUCUGCGGUUGUUUUAAAUUUCAGUUUUUGCUUUUCUUUUUUACCUGCCUCAACACGUGUUACUUUUAAUCUAGCUAAUCCGACCUCCUUUUGUAGACCUUCGAAUUUCUACCAAAUUGACACAUGUCUUUAUUAUUUACCAACUUAAAAGUUAAAACUACGAGUAUAUAGUGUUUAUAAGUACAUCAAUUCUAUAUAUUAAUUUUAUAAUAUAGUGAUGAAGGUUUUUAGUAACUUAAAUAAAAUAACAAUGGUUACACCUAUCUUAUAAGUAAUAAAUAAUAAUACAUUAAUGCUCAAAAGUUAAAUGUACAUAAGUUGUUUUAUUUAUUAAAACCUUGUAUAACCUUGUGUAUAAAAGACGAUAGUCAAUCGGCUAUAACUGUAUUAGUGUAUAAUAAAAUUAACCGAAAUAUUUUUCGACAUAAAACGAAAAUCGAUGGAUAGAAGAAAAAACAGUUAGACCAAUACAUUUCUUACUUCGCUCCUAAAUCUAAAAAUUAACUUUAGUUUUUAAAAUGAAAAUUUAUUUUGUUGAUUUCACGUCAAUUAAAAAAAGAAUUAACUUAGUAGUUAACGGAAAACUAAAAGUCACUAAUUAAGUUAAAAAGUCUAAAUUAAAUUAACUUUUUAACUAGUUAAUAUCCAGCCUUGCUCACCGAUAAUGUAGCUUCUAAUAGGUGAAAAAAGUUUUAAAAUCGGUUAAGUAGUUUUUGAGCUUAUCCAUUGCAAAAAAAUAAAACACUCUUUUCUCUUUAUAAUAUUAAUAAAGAUAAGGUUUUGUAAUUUUUUUUUUUUGUAUUAUUUUUACUAAAUAAAUUGUCUCGCCGAAAUAUCCGUUUGCUGAUUUAUCCGUUCGCCGAUUUAUCCAUUUGUCGAUUUAUCUGUUUGUCGAACACGAUUCGUCAAAAUGUCUUUUGUCGAAUUGCCUUUCACCAAAAUCACCGGAUACCCUGCAUUUGUUGUCCUUGUCUUGCAUGAGCGUAUCAUUACAAAAUUGGUUUUCGUACUUCCAUUAGUGUAAUAAUUUAAUAGUCUAAUAUUACACUACAUAUAUUAUAUUGAUCUAUAACAACAUUUUGUUAAUGAUACCAUUAUCCUAAUGGUAGUGUUGGCAGAGACGUCAGAACAACAGGGUCAGUGGGGUCGCUCCCGCAUUGGCAAUAAUUUCAUGAAAUAAAACUGCACACAAACAUACAAAUAUUUUACAACGGCUAUAAGUACUCUGUAUUAUAAUUAUCAUGGUCGUUUCUAAUGGGUGGUGUGAGGUGCAAAAGGUGUCCACACACCGGGGCCCUAUGGCUACAGUGGCAUCAUUUAAAAUGUUUAAUUUCUGUUACUGAAUAUUUUUAUAAUAUACGUAUGAGUGAACGCACACGCAGGUUGGACCUUUUUUUUGCUCAUGGGUACAUUUAUCCGGCAUCGAGUGCUGAUUUUGCUAGGCACUGAUAAUAGUUAUUAUAAUAAAUAAUAUGUACUCAGAUACCUAUAAUACCUAUGGGUAUAUUAUUUUUUCUUCUUCUCGCCUUCAUCUCAAACUACGAGUAUAUUAUAUAAAAUCAAAAAAUAAUAACAUUUGUUUUUCUAUCAUUUGAAUUGAAUUUUCACCAACAAUAAAGACUAAUGCGCUGUAUUGUGUCUCUUAUAGGUAUAUAUACCUGUAUAACUUAUUUCCUGAUAUAUUUGAACACUUUUAUCAGUUUUAUUAGCUCUCUUUUGACUAAAUGAGCUCAAACUUUAGAAUUAUAAUUGUUUUUUUAGGUGCAUUGAAGUCAUAAAAGUUAAGUUAAAUUUCAACACGAAUUUUACUGCGUUGUUGCGAGUGAAGUGUUUGUUUAGGUUUAAAUACUCUUACAAACCACUCAAAUAUAGCCCGGGGGAUAAAAUUGUAUACAUGCAUGACGUUAGUAUAAAUAUGGAUGUGCCUUUUGAGAGUUUUCACUUUAAAUACCCAUCCCAUUAUUUUUAUAAUCAAAUUUUACUAUUUUUUUUUUUUUGGGAGUAGUAUAGUUUAAGUAUAGUACCUAUUGUAUGUAUUACAUUAUUAUACUCUUCGGUUAUCUAUUUAUUGUUUUAAAAAUAAUAUUUAUAUAAUUUAAAAUGGCAGGGGGGAAAUUUGACUUUAAUAACGGAGCACAUGCUGCUCACACGUGUUUUUUUUUUUAAAUUUUCGAUAUUAAAUUUAUUGACAGUAAAAUAUAAUGUUAUUGUGAUUGUAUUUCGGCCCUUUAACUCCAUACAUUACUUUUUCCUUUCAAAUUCUAAAAAUUGUUCUGACAUCUACGGGUUUGUAAUUUUUUUUUUGAAAUAGCUAAAUUAUAAAUAGACUAAGUUUAGAUAAUUUAUACAAAAAUAUUAAUAUUGAAAAACACCCUCGAUAUUAUUUAGAUUUGAUUUAUAUAAGGUUUAUAUAAAUCUACCAGACACUGGAAAUUUACAAUAGAUAAGUAGUUGGAAACCAAUUUUAUUUCACUACGAUUAUACGCGUUUGUAAAGCGAGAGCAACGAAUACGGUUUUGACAUCUUAUUACGAUUUUUUUUUUUUUUUUUAAUGUAAAUGUCAAAAAUGCACUUAUAAUAUCAAAAUCCUUGUAAUAAAAAUGAAUUUAUAAUAUUAACAUAAUAAAUUAAUAAGUAAAUAUUACCUAUAGAAAAGUUUUAUAAAGCAAUGAAAAUUGAAAUACAAACUUUUGGUUUGUCCACAAACAUAGAGUGUAUUAAACAAAAUUUCGGUAGGAUUUUAAUUUGACGUCAGCGAGGUUAAAAUUAAUUAAAUUUUACUUACCUACAUUGUUAAUAAAUGUUAAACGAAAAUUGACGAUUUUAAUAUUACUAUUGAUAUAGGUAAUGGAAUUAUAUUAUUUUUAAAGUAUUUGUUUCUUGUUUAUGACAUUAACAAUUUAUAACAGAAUCAAUAUUUGUUGACUUACUAAAAAAAAUGUAUGCAUGUUUAUUAUAUGCCUAUCGUAGCAAUACAAUUUAUUGGACAGAGUAAAUUAAUUAUAUUUCCAUUUGACGUUUGUGUAUAUACUAUAUUCAUUUAAAUUUGAAUGGGGUAUAUUAGGUUGUUUAAUUUCUAAUAUAUCUGUAUAAUAGGUAUUUAAUAUUUUAUGUUAAAAUACAAAGUAUUUGUUUUUUAAUAAAAAAUACCAAUAUCAUAGAACGGGUAUAUCUUUUUAAUAAUUUUACAAUAUUUAUAUAGUUACAAUGCCUAACACAUUUUAAGUAUUGGAAUUAAUUUUAAAUUAUAAUGUUUGUGUAAAUAUAAUAUCAUAAAUGCUGUGAUAUAGUCAUUUGUAAUAUAAAAAUAUAAAAUUCAUAUGCAAAAGUGUAUAAAUAUAAUUUGCAUAUAUUACCUAAACAGGAUAUAGUCCAACCCAAGGCCUUAUGAAAACUUUUUUUGAGCCCUCGAGCAUAUGAAAGUGUAAUUUAAUAAUUUAAAUAUUUUGUGUAAAAUUGCUUUUAAACUUCUUUUUUUUUUAACAAUUUUAUUACGCGUAGAACGUAAGUUUUAGUAAAUAAUAAUUUAUGUUCAUAAAAUAUAAUAUGAAUAAAAUGGUUUUUCGAUGGUAUAUAAAUUACAUUUAAAUUAAACAUCUGAGUACUUUAUACGUAUAACAUAAAUUGAUUCAAAACUGAAUAAUAUAAGUAUAUUAUAUUUUAAUGGGCAGUCUUUAUUUUCGCAUCUGUAGUAUUUAUUUAUUUAAUUUUUAAUAAAUUCAUUUACGCGUAAACUCGGGUUUCACCGUAUACACGCUUUAUUACUUUAUUUUAAACGUAGUAAAACGAGCGUUUAUUAAAAUACAUUUUUGCAUUGUGUUUAAUACCCACAGAAAAUCAGAAGAUAUAAUAAAGUAUAAGUGAAUUUAACUAUUUUCAUAAUAUCCAAUAAAAGGAUACUACGCGCGUCUAUUACUUUUGAAGAUUUUAGUAUGCUAUAUGGGCUACGAGUAUACGGCUCUAUACAGUUGAGUUUUCUUUUCGACAAUAAUUUCCUAUUGUGUAGUAUUGCGUUAAAUUAAAUUUAUCGUAUAAUACACUGCGGAAAUAUCGUGCGUUUUUUUUUCGUUCGUAUUAUAUAAAUAAAAUAAGCGAAUAUAUAAUAAUUUUGUAAAUCAGUUAUUGCAGUUGCGGCGGCGAGUAUAUACUCGGGAAAGCACUCUGCGACUCGGGAUCCAAACAAAACUUAAUUACGAAAUUGUUCUUUCUUCUUUUCCGUUUGCUCUCUUCCGCCAUUUCACGCCGUUACCCUGUUUUUAUAUAUAUAUAUUGUCUGCAGGCCUAUCCGGAUGUGUAGUUUAUAGUGUAAGUACAGUAUAUAUAUAUAUGUAGUUACGCUGUCGUAUUAUACUCCUUCCAACGGUGGCUAUCGGAGAGGAAGUGAAAAUGUCGAGGGGAUGGGGUAGGGGCAAGUUGUGUGUCGGGGCGCGCGGGUUAUCCAAAGUGGUAUAAAUGGGCUCGGACGUCCCGUCGCGUUAAUAACGUCCGCGCGACAUAAUCCCUCUUCUUUUUUCUCCUUCUCCGCCCCUCUCCACCGUUUCUCCUAUAUUAUUAUUAUUAUUAUUAUUAUUAUUAUUAUUAUAUAUACUCGCGCACACCCUUCCUCUUCAGUUCGUCGCUCCCGGUGAAAUUUUUAUUCCGCCGGCGGCGGCGUAGUUUUUAAUUUCACUCCCCUAAGUGAAAUUAGUGAGUUCCGCGGCCGACACUCACCUAUAUAUAUAUUUAAUAUUUAUAUACACACACCUAUCCGUUAUAUAUGUAUUUACUGCGCCGAUCCUCUAAGCCGUACCGGCAAACCGACUCGCUAUAUUUUAUUAUUAUUAUUAUUAUUAUUAUUGCGUGUGUAUAUACUCUGUACACGCACGUUCAAUCUUCAUUUCUGCCACUUUUCUGUACGAGAAAGCCGGUGACUUCGCGCGCCGUCCGUCCGGGGCAUCCGGUGACGACGAAGGUACCACCGGGCGACCAAAACCCGCGAACUCUCAUGCCGCCGUCGCUCCACCGCGUUUUGACGUCACCGCCGCUGCCGCCGCCGCAUCUGUCUCUGUCGCCUUUUAUUAUCUCUCCUUUUCACCCCCGCGCCAAAAUCGCCGGGCGGUCUGGUAAAAAAAAAAAAAAAAAAAAAAAAUUUAAAACAUCGCUUCUCCAUAUUAUUAUUAUUAUUAUUAAGAGUCAACGUGUACAUAAAAUAAUAAUACAAUAUGAUGUAAUGCGUUCGCGACACGGGUAAUAAACGACGGGUCGUUAUAUGUUAUAAUAAUAAUAAUAAUAAUAAUAAUAAUAAUAAUAAUAAUAUUAUUAUUAUUAUUAUAAAUACAGACUCUCCGCUACAGCGUGUAUGCAAAAUUACUCUUUUCGCGUUGACGGCGUGCGCGCGCGCGCUUGCAUAAUAUAUUAACUACAAUACUACCUACUUUCGUCUGUUUUGUCUCUGUGGUGUUUGUAUAUAAUAUACUAUAGGCAGAAGUGGCGUAUUUCGGGCUUUUUUUUUUCUUUUUUUUUGGCGGGGUGUGCUGACUCCUGGCAAUACUUAUUCUCCAUAAAUAUUAACAUAGCUUCAUCACGAAUUCAUACCUGAUUAUAAUACACCUUAAAACCUUGUAAGUGGUAAUUUGAUUGUAAACAAAUUUUAGGAUUGCCACUUAAAUUUUUGAUUGUAAUAAAAUUAUGACAGGAAUGAAGUAUAAUAACCUGAUAUUAUUGUCGUUCGAUAGUCUCCAAAUAUUAUUAAUCCAUGAUAGAAAUGUUCGGAGCAGUUUUAAAAUAUUUCGUCAUUCAUCAACAAUAUUUUGCGAUACUUCAGUCAUGAAUUGAACCAGAAAAAAUAUUAGAAGGUGUUUUAACUCCCAGGACACCCCUCCCUAAAUACGCCACUGGUAGACAGAGGUGAGUCUAGGAAUUAAAUUAGAAGGGAGCUAAAACAAAAUUCACUUUUCAUACGUGUUCAUAGUGUAUUUUUUUUAAUAAUUUUAAUAAUUUUAAUGAUUUUGAUUUUCAAUAUAUUGUAUAGAUUAUAUUGUUAUUAUAUAUAGACAGGGGCAGACUGUAGUGGAGUAUUCAGCCCAGUGGCCCAUAUAAUAUGGGAAGGGUUUAGGAAUCUCCCCUAUGACCCCUGUUUUAGUAGGUAUCUUUUACUUUUAUGACUACUUUUUUUUGAAUUUAAAUUGCACUACUCUUGUUUGGAAAAAUCGAAAAUAUACUAGUACCUAUAGUUGAUAAAUACUGAAAAAUUUUAACUUAUUUUGGAAUUCGGUGUAUGUAUACAGAAAAUGAUCAAUCCUAAGACACUAGUAAUAAUAUUUUAUUUUGGAAAAUAUUAACUUUUUUCGGAAUCCGUUUUUUUUUUUUUUUGAUAAUUUAAAAAACAAGUAGUUUUAAAAUGUUAAAUUACCGUUAUUUUGUGUCACUCUUAUUUUAAAGGGUGCUAAACACUUUUAAUUUUUAAAUAGCAACCCAUACUAGAAAUUACAUUAUUAGGUGAAGUUUUAUUUUAAAUAAAAAUAUUAGAGUCAAUAUUUUUAAUUUUCGUCAACCUAUUGACGAUAUAUGCCACUUUUAUGUUUGGGUAGAGAGAGCAAUGGACUAUUCAAAUGCUGUGCGCCAUCCCACCACCCAAAAUAUUAUAUGUUAACACUAAUGUGUAUGUUUGGAAUAAAAUCUAUUCAUGGACAUACUUUAAUAUAGGUUGCUCUUUGAAAAUCUAAAGAGGGUCAUGGUUUCACCUCCAAAAGUAAGAGAAACGAAAAAUAACACUGAAGUACAUUUUAGAGUUACUUGUUUUUUUAAAUUAUUAAAAAAAUAAAUUUCCGAAAAAAGUAAAUACUUUCUGAGAUAAUGAGUGCGAAGAUAGAUCACGCUGUACAUAGUAUAUACUUACUUGUGGGGUGUGUGACAUGAACGAGUUUUGGGUGGCCUCCAUAUACGUUCUUUCUUGUCAAUGAGUACAAUUAUUUAAUUUCAAUAGUAAUUUUAUGACUAAUUUAAUUAUAAAUUACUUUACUAAAAAAAAUAUGUAAAUUAAAAAUAUAAUUUUUUUUUGUGUCUAGCUAAAUAAUUUCAUCUACUUUCUUUAUCCAAACCUCCCUCUUUGGCAAAAUUCUUAACACGCCUCUCAUUCAAUUUACCGUUCUGGAAAAUUAUUGGCUCAAAAAGCACAUAGCUAGAAUCAAUCAAGGCUGUAGCGUGAAAAAUUACGGGGAGAGGAGAGAAAGUCCAACAAUUUUUCUCAUUUCAUAAUAUUUUCUAUUUAGGAAACAAUUUACCUCAUCUUCCCAUCACAUAUGACUUUGGGUUCAGUAACUUAUCUCAAAAGUUAAUAUAGUUCUUAAUUUAAAAAAAAAAAAAAAAUAAUAAUACUUGAAAUAAGUGUAUUAAACUUAAAAUUCUUGUUAGGUGAUGGCUGGAAUUCUGACUUCCUACCUCGAUUAUAUUUAUUGUUUGUUAAUGUUCUACAAUUAUUUUGAUUCUGAGAAAAAUAAUAAUUUUUUUCCGUUGUACAUUUUGCAAAUGCAUAAGAAUACCGUCGAGAAUUUAAAACUUGAAUGUUAAAUUUUUAAACAUUAUGUUCCUUUGCCAUAUUAUAUUGUAAAUUUUAUGAUAAAAUGGUUUUGUACUUAAAACAUUUUAUUUGUGUGUAGAUAUACUAUAAGUAUUUUUCGUAAAUUGUUGUGCUUUUGAAAUAAUUUUAUCAGGGACAAAGAAAAAAGAAUUUUCAUAUCAUGUGUCAUACCAUAUGAUAAUUUUAUACACACACACAUUUAUAUAUAUAAAUACAUAUAAAAGCUGUUUUAGGCAUUUUUUGAACAAAGUUUCUAUAAUUUAAUAAAAUAAAAUUGGUCCUGUUUAAAUAUGACAAGAAAAAUAUUUAUUUUUUUUUUUGUGAAACUGACUGACGUAUUUUUUUUAAUAGUUUAAAAUGUUUUAAAAAUAUAUUUGUAUAUUUUAAAAAUAAUAACCCGACUAUCGAAAUGAGUUUGUCGAUGCCACAUAAAUAUAAGCGAUACAAUUUUAAUUCAAUUUAUUUAUAAUUAUUGAAUACGUAUUUUAAAAGAUUCGGUGUGAUAAAUUGAAUUAAAAAAAAAAAUAAAAAAUACCACCUCGCCAUCAGAUUGAAUAUGAAAAAAAAAAUAGGAUUUAUGUAUUUAGUUGCAUUAAUCCUUUAUAACAACAGUGUUGACAGGUCCAAAAAAAAAAAAAAAAAAAAAAAAACAUUAAUCAUUUUAUGAUUCUUUAAAUAAAUAUUAUUUAUUAGUGUUGACCAAAUAACUACACAACAAUACAUUUCGAGAGUGAUUAAAACCGUGUUUACAUUGUAUUUUUACAAAUUUAAUAAAUACCUAUAUACGUAUACGUAUUGAUACUUUAAUCUAGAUUCAAGAAUAAUUUUUAAAAUCAAUCUCAUACGAUUCAAUUCAUUAUUAUUAUUUUUUUUUAAUUUGGAAGACUAAUAUUUUAUCCCAAUACUAUACUGAUACUAUAUCAAUAAAGUCAAAUAUAAAAUUAUUUAUCGUAAACAAUAUAUUUAUUAUUAUAGUCUAUGCAUUUUAUUUUUACUAUGGAGAUUGGCGUUUUAUCAAACAUAUUUUUAAACAGUUUGAGUAUAAUGAUUGUUAAAAAUAAACUAAUCGAACUACCUUUUGGACAAAAAAAUAUAAUCAAACGAUUAUUAGCCUAUUUGUUAUGAUAUGUUUGUUAAGGGGACUGUACGUGACUAGUUUUUUCCCUAAAAUAGGCUUUACAAUGUUAACUCUUCUGCUUCGUGCCGUAGUUCGAUUUCGAUAAUUUGUUUUGUUUUUUGAAAGACGAAGAUUUUUUACAUGGUGCAUUAGAUAUGAUUUUUGAAAACUAUAUUUCCAAACGCUAUAACAAAAGUUUAUAGAUAAUAGUUUAGUUACGGUUUUUGGUUACAUAAUAAAAAAUUAAAGUCCAAUGUGUCCUGUAGAAAGUGAUACUCUGAUUGAUUAUUUUUGUUAUGAUUCGUUAAGAAUUUUCAAUUAUAAAUGUUAAUAAUUUGUUAUUAUCAGUGGUCAAACAUAUGUAAAAAACCACGACCAGGUCAAACAAUUCUUAACAUAGUAUUAUGAUAAGUUCUAUUCCAAAGUUUAAAUCAGACAUUUCUAUCUUAUUUGUUAUUAAUUAAUAUUAAAUUUGUAUAAAAAAAAUAAAACUGAUUUCACCAACUAUUCGGUUCACCUAUACAUUAUUAUUAAUUAUUAUCGUGAAGUAACCACACAAAACCGUAUCAUUUUUUUUUUUUUUAAUUAUAUUACUUAACAAUCCGAAGUGUACAAGCAGAGGUGAAUACGAUACGGAUACUUAAAUUUAAAAAAAAAAACCUAUACUUAAUUAUCAGAUAUACUAAAAACACAUUUUUAACGCAUAUGAAAAGUGAAUUUACCUCUAGCCCGUAUCUAAUUCCUAGAUCCGCUCUUGCAUAUAGAAAUGUGUUGGAUCUAAUAUUUCCGUUCCUAUAUACUCGGGCCAUUUAUUUGCAUUACAGAUAUAAACGGAAUACAUUGUUAAUUCCCAAGAAUCUCGUGCGUAAAAUCGUUAUAUAAAUCAAACCCUUCCCCUGCGAUACAUUCCCGCGUUCUCAAAUUUAUUCAUCCUAGGCUGGUCACGUUUUAUUUCAACGCACCGUAGACAUUUGUUAAAUGAAUCGAAAAGCUCGAACCUUUUUUCCACACUGAAGCGGGGUUUGUUUUUCGAACGAUUAUUAAUUGAACGGGGAAAAAAAUACUAUUUUUUAAUACCCACUCCUACAAGGCUAUAAUUAAAUAGAAACGAUAUACUUUGCCGAUUAAACUUAUUUGUGAUCAUUUUGUAUUAUUCAAUUAGUAUUAUUUCUUAAGGGGCCCGGUGCUGGUUUUUCAAAUUGUCUUCAAUUGUGUAACAUUUGAAAAAUGAUUUUUAAUAUUUUAUUGACAACCUUAAAUUUAAGACUUCCCCACAAAUCAACAACACGAUAACCAUUUAUAGCUUGAGUAGGAGUAGGGUAAUUUUUAUGGACAAAAAUGAUUUCACUGGAAUAGGUAUAACUCAUUAUAAAGUUUUUCCUGCUCUGGCAACGAACCCCUUAACAAAUACUUUUAUAAUAGUUAAAAAUUAUUAAUUUUUUUUUUUUUUUUUAAUGUUUUAGGUUGUUAUAGAAGGAUUGACUGGGCAUAUAAUGUUCAAUGACGAUGGGAAACGAUACAAUUAUACAUUGCACGUUGUACAAAUGACCAUAGACAGCACAAUAACAAAAGUAAGAGAGGGUUUUUCGGGUUCAUGCAGAGAACCUUUUUUUUAGUUUCGGAGCGUAAGCGAGGAAUGUAUUGGUUUUACAAUAUGUUUGGGGAUAAUAAUAAUAAUUGGGGAAAACCGGGAAAAUUUACGAAAUGUAUUAUUUUUAAUUUUGUUUUUCGUUGUAAUUCAGUUAAAAUUAUUUCUAGAAACUUGAAAUUAAAAAAAAACAUUUAUAUUUGUAUUUUCUAGAUGUAGUUAAAUUUUUAAAAUUGUAGAGUCAUUUUUGAGCUUUUUAUAGACAUUUUAAUUUUGUUAGUCUUUUACGUAAUUUGUAUUUAGUAGGUCUCUGUAGAUAAAAUUGUUAGACUAAAUAGUAAUGCUUGGAAAUUUGACAGGAGGUUCAUUAUGAGUUGUACUUAGUGGUCAAAAUAAAUUAAAUAACUUGAUGUAUCUAACUUUCUCAACUAACCACCUACAGCAGUAGUAGUACCCGUCUUCAGUAACAUCUCUUUUUUAAAUUACCUUAUUAAUAUUCUUGAUUAAUUCGAAUAUUAUUUCAAAGUAAUUUUAAGCAAUUUUUAUUUAAAAAAAAACUACAAUAUUGUAAAAUAAUAUAACCUAUUUUAAAACAUUAUAUUUUUAUUAAAAAUACAAAAUAAUAAACAAAUAAAUAAUAUUGAUUUGAAAACUACGCAUAUAAUGCUAAUAUAAUAUUUUAAUAAAACUACAAUUAAUUAAGGAAGGUAUAACUAUUUAUUUUUAAUAAAGUACAUAUUUUAUUGAUUUAUCGAUUUGAAUGUUACAAUAUGUAAAUUCAAAGAUUUUAAUCCAAAUUUUUAGAUACAAUAAAAUGUAUCCAUGUUGUGAAUCUUUUAGAAAAAUUGUGUUGUAUUAUAGUUUUAUAAUAUAAAUAUAUACAUUUUUUUCAUUUCAUAUAAUAUUGUUUUUGUAAAACAAAAAUAUUUCAUAUCUUUAUUCUUGGAAUGAAAUAUCACCUCGCUCGCGCGUCAUAUGCAUAUUUUUCUACAUAUAAGGUGUUGUUCAUAUUUUAUUAUGUUAUUAACAAUUUAGAUUGCGGAAUGGUCAGACACAGACGGCUUCAAAACUGUCAUUAGCAAACCAGAAAGGGUUCACACCUUGGGACAUUCGCACAAAGGGAACGCUACAUUAAUCGUGGCCACAUUAAUGGUGAGCGCAUACAACGGGCUAUAGUAAUUUUAAGCUAAUUAAAUCUUAAUCUAGUAAACACAUUACUCGCACCGUCGAGGACAAUGUCAUCUUCAAUAUAAUACCUACUCCGGUUUACAAACGAGAUGCUUGAAAUUUUAUAGGUAUCCUCGAAAAUACCUACGGCUUUAUAACAAGUUAAAAAAAAAAAAAAAGAAAUAAAAAAUGUAAAUACUUUUCCAACUUGGUAUUUUAAUAUACGCGAUGAAAAACCAACUGUAUGCGAAAAAGAGAGCUAUAUUAUAAUGCGAAAAACGUGAAAAAAGAACACACUAUAGAUAUUUAAAAAGAUAAAAUGCCGUAAAUCUUUUGAGAUAUAGUAUACAUUGUUCCGGAGGUCUUCAAAGCUCGGAUGAAAUACGAGUAUCGCUGCUAGUGUACUAAAAACUUUGUACAUUAUCAAUUUAUGAACAUCACGAGCGAUGAGUGAGAGCAAGUGCGAGGACGAGAGAGUAGAUAGGGCUUAUAUGUGUAUAAGAGAUAGACUGAUGUUGCUAAGCUAGGAGUUGAGAGUUAAAUUGGUUUCAGACGAACCCUCUAGAAUUGGGUGAUGUAUUUUGUACAUUCACCACCGUCGUUUCCCUUUCGUGUCAUACCAAAGUACGGUUUAACUAAUGAAUCAUAUUUAUUUCGAAAAGUUUAUCGUUUUGCAUAUGCUCGCUGAAUAGUAUACAUAUUUUUAACCGAGUUCACGAUGUUUCACAUUAUAAUAAUGUUGAAUACGUACAUUGUUAUAGUUGAAAUAAAUAAUUCUUCAUUUUGUUUUUACUUUCACAUAUAGAUUCAGUUCACUAUUAUUAUAAUUGAAUUAUUCUACAUUUUGAAAUUUAAACAAAUCGAAUGUAGAUAAAUAUUGUAGGUAUUUUUAAAUAAGCCAUUGUAAGUUUUAAUGUUUAAAAAUAUAUUCUUACUAUUAAUAAUUAUAUUUAUUUUAAAUUUUAUACUUAUACAACAUGUGUCACUUAAAUGUUGAUUAUGUUAUAAUAUGCAGGAAGAACCAUUCCUUAUGUUCAAAAAACCAAAGUAUGGCGAAUCUUUGGCAGGGAACGAUCGAUUUGAAGGAUAUUGUAAAGACUUGGCAACAUUAUUGGCUGAAAAAACUGGAAUUAAAUGUAAGUAACUAAUAUGCAUUAAUAUUUUAUCAAUUAAAUUGAGAAAAAAGCCUUGUGAAAAGUAAGAUGUAUAUUUAUACGUUGUAGGGAGGCAUAGCUCUCAUGCGCUUGUAAACUAAAACUUUAAUCAUCCGUCCCCCAGAAAAUUUCUGAAAUACGCCACUGGAAAAUAUUGUUAAUUAAUAGAAAUUAUGAAUAUUAUUAUUGUUAUAUAGGUAUUAUAUAUUAUUUCACUAACUUUUAAAUAAUUACCUUUAAAAUCCAACCUAAUCCAACUAAAGUUGUUCUGCUACAAUAGUCGAGCACUGAUUAGUAGUUUUUUUAAUAACCACUUAACGUUCAAAUAUUGUCGAAAACUAAAAAAAAAUACGACAUUUUAAAACACGUAUAACUGAACUUCGUUCAGAAUCGAAUUUCGCUAACAAUGGUUUAUUAUUGCGUACAUACCUAUAUACGAGAUUAAAUAACUUUAUGUAUUCUACGUUCUAAUUUCAGCGAGUCGUUAUAUUUUUACAGAACUUAUAUUAUUAGUUACAAAUAUUUAGUAUAUAUUUACAGACCCGAUUUUUAUGCUAUCGGUUUAAAAGUUCAUAAAAUGUUUGAUAAUGCGAUAGAUAGGGAAAUUUUCAUUUUCUUUGAUAUUUUUUAAACGUGGUUUCAACGAUUUAGGAAAAAUUUUGUGCGAAAUUUAUAUUAUAUGCAAUUACAGUACUGCUUCUAUGUUACGAUUCUCGUCUUUGCCGGUUUUCCCGAUGUUCUUUUUACUAAGUUUUAAUAUCAAUACUAAAUACAUAACAUAAAACAAUUUUUUUGUGCAAAUUGGUUAUUCAAAUUAAUUGACUGUAUAAAAUUACCGUUAACUCUGUUAAAUUGUUUUAAGCAUAACUCAACUUAAACAAGUCAUUAAAAAUUAGUUAAUUUGCGCAAUUUUGAAUUCAACUUUAUAGUAAGUGACACAGUAUUAGUAUAUAUCUAUAUAAUCGUUCUACCUAUACACAUAUAUACUGUAAAUUCUAUUAUCCAGAUUGGAUUUGGGAUGAUAUAUACCAAAACGCAAAAACAUACUAUUGUAACAAUUCGAAUUAGGAUAAUGGAAGAGCUAUCGUAGUGCUUCAUCUCGUAUUCUCAAACUAUUUAGAUUGUUGUUUUAGUUACCUAUAUAUAGUUCCAUCAUACAAUUAGUCCCAAAAGUGUUUUUCAAUUGAAACUCUCGUAUCUGUAAUAGAAUAUAAACAAUUUUAAACACGGUCGCAGAAAAAAAGUCUGCAUUUCUAUUAAUUGCUAUGUCGCAUUGAAACUUCUUACGGAAUAAUGAUAUUUAUAAUGGUAGUAUAAAAUUAACCACUUGCAAUGAUUUCAAAACUGGAAACGAUAAAUAAUAUUUUACAUUAUCAAUAAAAAGCUUGCAUUUAUUAAAUCCAAUCGUGAAAUGUAUAUUACCCAAAUAGGUAUAUGAAAUCGAAAAAUUAUUCAUCUCCUUGACUGGUAUUUUAAUUUAAAUUUAUUUGUACAAAAUACGAGAAACUAUUUUAAAUUGUGUUGGUGUACAAAAUAUAUAUUAUAUUGAAAAUAGAAGAGCAGGUUUUUUUUUAAAAAAAAAAAUUGUUUUUAUUUUUAAUUAGACAAUGAUUUAAAGUUUUUAUGCUAAAGAUUUGUCUUUUGGGAUUUCUAAAAAAAAAAAAAUUAUAGAAGUGAAUUUUCAAAAACUAAAAAUAAUCGUAUUACUCGAUUCUUAUGAAAUUGUAUAUUAUUAUAUUUUAUUGACUUUAAUUUCAAUAUUUUUGUAAUAAUAAAUAUAAAUUAUAAGAAAACUUAUUUAUUUAUUCAAACUAAUUCUAUUUGAAUGUUAAAUAAGAUUUAGUUAUAAUAAAUAAUAAUUUAAUAUCUAUUAAAAAAAAAAAGAACUAAUACGGGAAACGAGAACAGCCUCUGUUGUAGGUGGGAAGUUGGGAAGAUAGAAUACAUAAAGUUAUAUAAUUAAUAUAUAUUAAUAUAUAUAUAUAUAUGAAAAGAUAAACCAUUCCUAAAGAAAAACGAUUUGAAUCGAACUUUGGUAAGACUUACAUAAUUUGAAAUACCGUAAUUUUUACGAUUUUCGUCAAAAUUUGUUCUAAAAACAUUUAUGGAAAAAAAUGAUGCUUUAAACUCAAAUUUGUUUUUUAGAUCACUAAGUAUAACUUAUGAUGUAUUUUGCGUUGAAUGCUCAAGAAUUUCUCUUAAGUCAGGUUAAUGACAGAUACUAAAUAAAAAUACAUAUAAUAACAUGAAAAUAUCAGAUACUAAAAAUAGUUGAAAAAUAGAAUGUUUUGAAAAUUUAAUCAAGUCUACGAAAAGCCAAUAUAAGUAUUUUAUGAAAAUUACAGAUUUCUAUAGUAAUUUUUAACUGAAAAACAUUUCCUAUGUUUUUACCUGGUUUUUCGUAAUUAUUAGGAAAAUUAACAACAACUUUCUUACUCUCAAACUAGAUAAAAUUGUAUUUCAAAAAGUAUGGCAAUUUUGAAAUGUGGACAAACGUUUCUGGUAAAAAAAUAUAAUCUUAAACUUUUUAAAUAACUGAAAUCGUUGCGUCGUAGUUUGAAAAAAAUCGUUUUUUUUUUUUUUAAUUUUUUUGUUAUAGUUAUUUUAAAAAUUACAUUAGGUUUCAAAAAUGACUUUUUCUAUUAACAAUGGUUUAUGGUUGCAAACAGUUAUUAUUUAAAUCACACUACAUAUUCUAUUUUUCCAUUAUAACUUUCUCACCUAUAUAACAGUGGACCAAUCGUGUAAAGUAUGUCCGUCUUUAUAUUAUGAGUUUUUUGUGGUAAAGAAUAAUAAAUAAUUAUAAUUUAUUACUUAUGUAAUAUUUGUAUUUGUAUCAGCUAUAUUUUUGUCUAUACAUAACAGUGGAUUUCAAUUAUUUUUCGUGCAAAGGAAAAGUAUUAAAAUACAUCAUAGUUCUAAUAAUACAAUUUGUGAGUACAUAAAACAAUCUACUUUUUUUGUCAUAUUUACAUUUUUUAUACUGUAUUAUUUGUAUUAUGUAAAUUGGUUAUGCGGAAUAGGUUUAAAAUAUUAUUUAAAUUCAACGAACUAUAGAAUUAUUUAACUAAAAAUAAAAAUACAAACUAUACGAAAGUAUUGAUUUUACGUCAAGGAAAAAAUUGAAUGUGUGGUUUCGGACUUUCUUUUGGACACGCUAUAAAUAUGUUAUAUUGUUUGACAAUGUAGCUGAAUCAUAAUAGUCAAAAUGAGUCCACUUUAUAUCGAUCUGGGAGAAAAAUGUAUUAUUUUUUCUUUUUUCGUUUUUAUUUUAUCAAUCCGGCCGGUAUGGCCGUAUUACUAUAAUAUGGUACCUGUGCACAAUACGGGCUUCGACGUUGGUCAUAACGGCAUUGAUAAUAAUAAUGUAAUAACGCAUUAAAAACUGCGGUAUUUACGUAAUAAUUUGCUCGAAAAAAAAAAAAAAAAACGUACAACAAGCCCCGGUAGAUAAUAUUAUAUCGCUGUUGAGACAUCGCCUGUGCGCCGCAAGCAUAUAUGUUGUGCACACCUAAUAUGUUUAAUAAAAUUGUCAAACCGCGGUGCAGCGUAUAGAAAAUAAAUUAUCGGUUCAAUUAACCGACCGAAAUACUGCGGCCGCGCGCGCGUAUAUCGCUGGAAAGCCGAUAAAAGGACGUUUUGAGGGGCAUUGACAUCGGCCGGGGAAAAGUUAGUUGAAAUUUCCAAAGAAAUACACGAAAGCGCUGCGGGAAAUCUGUGGAAUACGCGACGGUUCGUACGAGAUAUGGUUACCGAGGGUGCCGACGGAUCCGCGCUACAGCCGAUCCCCGGAGUUUCGGGGUCAUCGCGGAUGAUUACCCAGCAGAGUAUAUUAGGUAUUUAUAUAUAUAUAUACACAUAUAAUAUAUACACGGACCUGAAUGGAACGUCGCUAAUGCUAUCCAUUAACAAGAAACGAGAGUUUAUACCAAAACGGGUGUAAAAGUUCUCUUUUCUUCCUCGUUAGUACUAUCCAACUAUAUACAAUAUAUGUACGCGCGCACGCACACACACACACACGCACGCACACACACACACGCACGCACACACACACACACGCACACGCACACACACACGCACGUGCGCGCGCGCGCGAGCGCCCUAUGUACGACUCGCACGUUUCGCCCCCCCCCUCCACACUCGAAUUGUAUAUAUUUACAGUUUUAGAUGCUCGGACGGAAUCGAGAUUUCGAAUCCGCGUUAUGAAAUGAUCGCGAUAACGAAUGAACAUUUUUUUUUUAUUAUUCGCCGGCGAGUAGCCCAGACCGAAUUGAGCCCGGCUAUAUAGCCGUGGUUGCGCGGUUUUUUAAUAGCCCGUUGUAGGGACGCGUCUGCGUGCGGUAUGUAAUACCGUAGCCGACACGUGAAACUUGUCUUGUGCAAGCGAUUUGAAUUUUACGAUUGUAUGUGAUACACGAUUGUGUUAUUUAAAAUAUUAGAAUAUAUUGAAUUUCGGGAUGCUACAUAUUAUUACGAGUCAACAGAAACAAAAUAGUCCCCGUCAUUGCCGUGACUUAUAAUACCUUGCUACACGUUAAUCCACGCCCGUGUAGUUUACGCCUACGUUACAGAUAUGCAGGAUAUCAUACGCUGUAAAAUGAAUUGAGAAGGAAGGAUACAUAAAGUUAUUUAAUUAAUAUGUGUAAACAACCAUAAACUAUUACUUACGAAAUACGAUUCGUGCGUAAAUUUUGUUUUACAGUUUUCGAAAUGCUAUUUACGAUUUUCGUCAAAAUUUGAUAUUAAAAUGUUUAUAAAUAAAAACUACUAAAUUACGCUCAGCUUUAUUUUUCUCAUAUUUUUUUUUAACACCAAGUACGAUUUAUUAUGGAUUUUAAACUUAAUUUGCAAGGAUUUCAGUUGAGUCAAAAAAUUUAAUCCAUAUAGUACUUAGCGAAUAAAAACCAAAAAAUAUGUUUUUUCUUGGUUUCGCACAAUUAUUAAGAAAAAUCCAAAAUUAAUUUUCUUAUAACCAUACUAAAUUCAAAAUGAAACAUAAAUCAUCGUUUUUCGAUUGGAACAAUAAAAUUCUUCAUAAAAACAUAAACCGUAAAAAUGUUAAAAUAUUGAAAUAGUUAACGCCGCUACGUGUCAUAAAUAUUUGUUUGUUUUUCAUAUAUAUUUUUCCAGUUUUUCCCAAUUAUUAUGAAAACCCAUUGGAAAAUCCAAAAAUUACCUAUUUUUAAUGAACAGACUAGAUCUAGAAUUCAACAAAAAAGUGAAUAGUUAUGAUUUGAUUGAAGCAAGAUGUAUGGUAGACAAAUUGUUUACAGACAGAAAAAAAAAACACAUAUUUGUAGUAAAACAAAUGUGAAACAAGCAUCGUAGUAAAAUGAAAACCGUAGUUAUAAUUAUUAUACUCGGAGCACCAACAACCGGAUGGGCUUUGGAUGCAAUUGCGAUUGUCGAACAGUAAACAGUAUUUUUUAAGAGUUUUUUGCUAACUUAUUAAUCGCAUACAAAUUGGCGUGUACUCCAGCCAAAAAAAUCUAUUAGGAUAUAAAUUCAACUAUAUACGGAAAAAAACUAAAUAAUUAGUUUUACAGUUGUUAUGAUAAGUUUAAUCAUAAUUUAUAGUUGUAUACACGAACUAAAUCAUGUUUUGUUUUAAAAUGGGCUUUACUUAUAGCGUUAUGAUAAUAACUAUUGAUGGUUGGUUAUUCUCGCUAUAUAAGUAGAUGUUUUGGUAAAUAAAAGUUGCUGCAUUAGUGUUAUGAGAACAUGGUAAGUACCUAUGCAAAUUGUCGGAGAUGUUUGUAUUAUUGAGUAAAAUACACGAGUUUGUGACAAAGCGUUGUUAAAACUGUUCCGUGCAAUAUUUACAAUUAUUUCCAUACGCUUUACAGUCAUGACGGUGAUCAUUAGUGAGAGGUAAAAAUAUACAAAAAAAAAAAAAAUCUUUGUUUGGCUUUUAAAUGUACAUUUCUACAUCUUUAUAGACAAGCAGCUUUACCCACACAGCAUAGAGAUAAACGCGAUAUACAUUUAAUAGUAAUGUUUAAAUCGUAUAUAAUAUAUGCGUGAGAUACACUUAUAAAUUAUGGUGUUAAAAAUAAAACAAUAAUAUAUGUUUUUAAGCUCAACCGAAAAGCCACUAAGAAAAAAACAAAUAUAAAAAUAAUAAUAAAAAUAUUUUACAACAGCAAGUUCGAAUUAUUAUAUUUUGUUUAAAAUUAUGUUUUGUAGUUUUGACUAUAUAAUAUUAUAUUAUAACCGCUGUUAAAAUUAUUUGCUCUUUUAUUUUAUUUAAAAACCCACGAAAAAAGUUAAAUGAUUUUUCAUUUUAAGUUGUUCGUUCUAAAAAAGAAAAAGAAAUUAUAAUGGUAUAUAUAUAUGUAUAAUUAAUAUGAUAAUAAAAAAAAUAUGUAUAUUGAUUUAGACAACAUAAUAAUUGAGUGAAUUAUGUUAAGUUUAAGUACCUAACUGUACUUGUAAAUCGAUUUUGAAUAACUGUCAACGGUAAUGUAAUUAGCCGGCAGUAAUGUAUUUUUAAUUUUAAUGAUUUUAUCGAUUGUUAAAUUAAAUAAAAAAAAAAAAAAUGUAUAACGCUUUUAGUAUCAAGUUUAUAGUGAAUACUUUUUUUUGAGUACCGUUAUUAUAAUUCUCGGUAUUAAGCGCUUUUAAUAUUCGGGUUAAAUAUAAUUAAGUGUAAAAUAUGGAAUAGAAAACCGGCGUUGAGUUAGUCUUCCAAAUAAACCUGUUUUUAAAUAUUAUAACCAUAUGGAAAUUUAAAAACGUAUACCAACGACAAAUGUUGAUUAUAAAGAAUAUUAGAUAUCUCUUAUUAUAUUGUUAUCAGAGUUAACAAAUGUUUAUUUAUUUUUUUUUUGUAUGUGUGUGUGUGAUAUUCAAAAUGUAAGAUAUAUAACUAUAUGGUUAUAAACUGAUAACUAAUAUAAAUAAUAAUAAUAAGUAUAGUUACUGGUUAUUUUUGAACAUUACGUAUUAUCAUUAAUUUGUACACAUUAUAUUAUUAUUUUUACCUAUUCAAUUGUAUAUUGUGACAUUUGUUUAGACGUUUUACGUACGGUCAAAGACAGCAAAUAUGGGAUGGAAAAUCACGGAGUCAACGGCGGUUGGGACGGAAUGGUCGGUGAAAUAAUUAGAAAGGUAUAGUUUUAAUAUUAAUUAUUAUUGAACAUCUGUAUUGGGUUAUUUAUUUUAGAUUUGAAUGUAGUGAAAAAGCCAUUUUAGCUGUUUUACUAAAACGCAUUUUUUUUUUUUUUCGAAAAAUACUCUUUUUGUUAGUAAAAGUGCUCUAAUUUUUUUCACGUCUACCUUAAAAGACGCGAAACUUUGGUAUUUUACCCUAGAUUAUGAAUUAUUAUAGUAAUUUUUUUUUUAGGAAACAUUUUUUCCGGACAAAAUCCUACUAAAAGCCUAAAAUGAUGAAAUAAACUACAAAAUAAACAUAUUUGUCUUAACAAUUUUCUCUACGUACUUUACCAAACUUAGGACUUGCCGAUAGUUAAUUUCAAGGAUACACAUUUGAAAAUUAUCAAAUAAUUAAGAGCCAUCAUACAUAUACACCUCCAAUAAUAAAAAUUAACUUAUACGAUUUACAUGUGUACAUAGAUAUUAAUCUGCGGUUUGUUGUUAGACGGAAAAAAAAAUGUAUUGAAAUAAUAAUGGACUUUUGGAUUUUUGAAAUUUUUGAAAACAAAUACAUUUUGUACAACUUUUAAUUUCGAUUUUCAAUUUAUUUUUUAAAUAAAUAACAAUGCAUAAGUAACAUUUUAUUGAUUUCGAUAAAAUCAAGUUUAAAGCUAUUUGUAUUUAAUAUAAUUAUUGUAGCAUAUUAUCAUAUUAUCAUAUCUUAUAUUCGAAUGAAACAAAAAUUGUUUAGUCACUUAAAAGUAAGGAGACACAUAUGUACAUCUAUUGUGGACCCUUGUACCUAUUUACCUCUAAUAUGUUAUGACAUUGUCAUUUAAAGAUUAUUUUAUUGAGAUCUAGUAUUUUAUACAGCACAUGACAAAUCAUUUUCUUAUAUUUCUUUACCUAUCACAAAAUAAAAUGGAAUAUUUUUAGUUCAACUGUGCUCUUAACUCAGAGUUUUCAAAAAUUUCAUUUAUAACCUUGUAUUCUAGACGUUUUAUGUUCAAUUGUAAUGCAAUAUACAAUUUAAACACAAUAUAAAUAUUAAUGUGCUAAUAACCAUUGUAGUUGAUGCUAUAUACUACUCUUUUUAGUAUCGUAUUUCUAGAUUUAAAUUUUAUUUAAAAUUUUAAAACCUGAUAAGAAAUGACGAUACAAGUUUGUUGAUUCAUGUUUAUUGUUAUUACCUUAAUAGCUAUAUUGGAACAAAAACUAUUGUACCGUUACUGGUUUACCAGCUCUUAAUCGUUUUUGAUUGCAAUGAUUUGACGUUUUUUUUUUUGCAUAAACCGAAAUUGCUUAUAUUCUAUAUAGUCGUACCAUCCCAGUUUCACACCUGAACCAGUAUAUUAUGUGAUCUAUUCAUGGCGUGAAAUAUAUGUACAGUUUUUCUAUUUUUUUUUUUUUAAAUUGUUAAAAUUUUUCUAUGAUACUGAAUCAUAAGUAAUGAUCAAUCAAUAUAAUGCUUCGAUUGAGUAUAUCUUAUUGAUUCGUUGUCAAUAAUGCAUACAAAAAUCACAUUUUUAUAUUUCCGUUGUAAAUAUUUGACGUAAGUAUAGGCAUACGAUAUUAAUGUCAUUAAUAAUUAAUUUAAUAUACAGUACUACCUAUAUAAAUGUAUACCUAUCUAUUCAGUAUAUUAUAAAUUAUUUGUUAAAAACGCUAAUUUGAAUGUAGGAAGGAUAGAUAUUAUUUAUUUUAGCUCAUAUUCGUUUUCACCCAUAAAUCGUCGAAGGUAAAUAUUAUACUGACAUAUUAAAACCUUUGUUGCAGGAUUUUAAAACUUUUUAUGCCUAAAUACAAUACGCAUUGUUAUAAUUAAUUAAUUUUUUUUUAAUAAAACAAUUAUCAUUUUUUAAAAAAAAAUGAAAUAAAAUUUACUGUUGCACGACGAAAGUCGUGGAAUAUUUUACUCUCCAGAUUUUUUUUCCACGCUCUGAUUGUGAUAAUUUAAUUUUCUGAAUUCCAUCUGGCUAUAUUUUUCUAUUAUAUAGCUGGUCAAUUUGCAUGAACUGAAAAAACAGCGAUAUGCAUGGCAAAUUAGCCGUCUGUCUUUAGUGGUUAUUUUACCUGUAGUGGUUAUUUUCGUUCAUCAUUAUUUAUUAAAAUAUUUUAAUAUUAAAUUUCAACCAUUUAAGUCAAUAGUAUAAUGUUUUAGUUCACUCACAUGUCCGUUUCAUAUUUUUAUUGCGGCGCGGGAAAAAAAAGGCUGAUACCAGGGGUUUUUUUUUGUGAUUUAUUUUUUAUUUCGAUUCUAGUAGAGAUCAGAAAAAAAUAAACUUCGAACGGGAAUUAUUUUUUCAAGCUUUCAGUAUAUUUUAACAUUUUCGGUUUUCAAUUUAUCGGUUCAUUGAGUUAUUCAUUUAUAUUGAUAUUUUUUUACCCUGAGAAUUGACGGAAUCGAGAAUUAAAGAAUAAUUAUUAAUAUGUUCCAUCCAUAGGAAAGAAAACAAAUCGUUAAGUUUAUAGUAUAUUAUUAUUCAUAAAUAUAGGUACACAAUAUCACGUUAAUAUACUUUAAUAUUAGAAUCGGAUAGUAUAAAUGAAAUCAAAAAAAAAAAAAAAUAUAUAUAUUUUUACUUGUUUCUUUAUUUUUUCAAAUUUCGAUUAACAAUAUUUAUAUUCGUAUGAAAAAUUAAAUCCGUAUAUUUGGAGUUUUUCAUAAAAGCGAUACGGUUGACGUUUGAACCUCAAAAGUUUACGUUUAUAUAAUAUAAUAUUUUAAAACUACGAGCAAUAUGAACGAUUGAAAACUUUAUUUAAAUAAAUUCUACAUACAUUACGUAUUGAGAUUAAAACGCGAAAUCUAAAUAAACUUAAUCUUUGAAAAUAAUAUAAGUAGGCAGGUACCUUAUUCAUAAUGCAUGCAAAUUAUCCUUAUAAUAAUAUAUAUUAUAUUGUAUAUUGUAUAUUUAUAAUAAUUUUAAUUAUAUCAUAUCGAACUGUAUGUAGGUGGGUAGGUAGGUAGCGAAUAGUUAUUUUAAAUUGAAAACAAAAAUGUCGAGUUGAUUAAAAGUACCAACCUAAAUGUCCAUACAUGUAUUAUGAAUAUCAAGCGUUUAAAUUAUAUUUAUAUACUUGAGUAUACUCGUAGGUAGGUGUAUGGAGGAUGUCUAAUAAAAACAUAUUAAUUCAAAAUGCCGGGGGCCAUGAAAAAUAUAGUAACCCCGUGUAUACCCGCAUUAGCUACUGCUAUACAGCCACUGUUUCAAAUUAGUAAGUCUUUAUGAGACACCGUGUGUAGUAUAUAUUAUAUUAUGUAUAUUCAAAUUAUAAUUAAUUUUAAUGAGUCAACUAGAUCGCCCGAUCCGUGUACAUAAAAUAGGUACGUAUAUAUAUAUAUGUACACGUAUUUCCAAAACACGUGUCACUAUAUUAUUAUGUUCAUACAAUUGCAUAUACCUGCAUGUUAAUUUAUUGUGCGCUCGGCUAACUAUUAUAUUUUACCUCGCGAAAAUAAAUCCUAUUAAAAACACCAGCAUAGCCUCAAAAGUUGAUUUUACAAACUAUGGUAAAUUAACUGUAAUAGCUGAGAAAACUACACGGAUAAUCAAGAAAUGGUGUCUUUGAUGCACCAACUAUGGAUGAAAAACGCCACAGGAAAAUUCCUAUACAUUUUUUGAUCGGGGCGAGAUUUCUGAUAGAAAAGUUGUUUACAAACGCAAAGACAUAAUAAUAAUAAAACGAUGAUUUACGUGGAUCGCAUAAGCAAUCUAUAAAAACAGUUUGAUAACGUGAUAAUUUAUGUGUACAUGCGAUAUCAUAUCGAUAAAUCAUUAUUGGUUAAAUAAUUUUAUUGCACCCAUCGUCAAUGCACUGAACAUACUCAUUUACCGUUAUUGUGGUUUGUGAUCAAUAAUAAAUUAUUACAAUUUGUUAUGACAAUUCAGUGGUUUCGACGUUUAUUAGGAAACAAUUGUUUUAUCACGCAUUUAUGUCUCAUGCCGUUUAUUCGAGUCAAUUUAUUUUUGUGUUAUAAAACUGAUCAAACAUAAUUGUUUAAUGCCAGGUAGUUAGCGUAACCCAAAUUUGAAAGAUAAUAAAAAAAUUUGAAAAACUAAAAAAUACCUUGUGUUAUCAGCGUGCAACAAAGUUAUAAUUGAACUGUUUUUAUUAUCUAUCGAAACCAUAGUCGGGCCUUCAAAUUAUCGAUCCUAUAAGAGAUUAUUAGUCAAAUCGACAAAAGUUAAAAAAAAGUUGUCUGCAAUUGUCAACGGUUCGUCAAUUGGUCGUUUAUGCAACUCGGCAUUAAUAUCUCGAUUCGACGGCAUUAAAACUAAAUUUAAAACAGAAAACUUAUUUACGUAUAGAUUUUCAUAUUGUAUUAUUUACGUACGUAUCUAUUCGUACGUACAAUAACUAAUUUUUUUGAUUUAAUAUAUUUUACAGGUUUCGCAUGCAACUAUAGCUGCUAUUAUAUUAAGUAGAUAGUAAAUCCAUCAUAUUCUAAAGCCACGCAGAAUAAUAGGAAAAAAAAUGUGAUAAUUUUACGAUUUUUUUCCAUUUUUUUUUACCAAUCCGAACAAUAAUUUAACGUUUAAAUGUUUCGAAUUCUCUAUAUAAUAAGGAUAUUGUAAGAACGUAUACUUUCAAUUCGCUUUUAUUUCCAGGAUGUUUAGUCUUGGAAUUGUACGAUAACGUUUAUCUGUACAGUAUAUAGCGUAUUUAAGGCAGUCUUAUAUGUGUAUGUAAAUAACUCAAUUUUUCCCCCGCGCUCUUGGUUAUAUUAUCUUCGGUUUGCCUUACGAGGGAAAACUUCACUCUAAAACCGUUACUGUAAUCCCUGUUCUUAAACUCGCGUAUUUGUUAUCAUCGCAAUAUAUUUAGGUAGGUAGGCACUUCACAAACCUCCGCAUUUACUUAAUAACCACCUUACACGUCAUCAUCUUUGGUUUACAUCUUGUCUUUCUGCAGCUUUUCACUAUUUAGAGCCCCUCUUUAACGUUUUCGUUAUCCCAUUUCUCUCCUUUCUUCCAAAAUAUCCAAAUUGUAUGUGAAAUUCCGUUCUCUUUCUCCAUAUUAUAAAUAAUAUUUCAGAAUAAAUGGCAUACAGGUACUAUAAAUAUAUAUUGAAAUUAAUCCGGAAAAAAUGUCUUUUAAAAAGUUUAAAUUUAUUGAAAAAUUGGAAUGAUGUUAAAUAUUUUUAUUGUAGACAUCUACGAUUUCUUUAAAAAUUAUAUUUUCAUCUAAAAUAUUAACAAGAUAAUUAACACAAUAAUUAAACGCAUAAAGUAAAAACUGAAAAAUUUGCAACAAUAAUGUUUUCUGCUAUACAUAGUAGUAACUUAAGAUUCUAAACCGUAAAGGGGAGCUAUUCAUUUCACAAUGAAAGUAUUUAUUUUUUUAGCUAAUACUUUAUAUUGGGUAAUUAAAUAUGCACUAAAUGCUUUUCGUAGAUAGGCCGUCACUGUAUAGGUAACGGUUUGAACACAGAUUGUUGAAUUUUUUGAAUUAUUCAAUAGUUUAAAAAGCACUUCAAAAAACGACGGAAAGAAACCGUAUUAACCAUGAAAAUUGCAAAAAGGUAAAACAAAAAAAAAAAAAAAAAAAAAAAAUGUACUUAGGCAAGCGUGUAAUCAUUUUCUAAAAUAUAUAAAUAUAUAUAUAAUAACUAUGUGUAGUUUUCAUAUAAACCCAAAAAUUAAAAUAUCGUCGUCGACGUGGGAAUGGUUUGGCAUAGAUUUUUGGCUUUGUAUUUUGGUGUUUAAAUAUUGAUAUUUUAUGCUAUGCGGCAUUUAUUUAAUCAAUGUUAUGACGAAUUCGUUUCGUCUUAUAUAAUAUUAUCAUACUACACUGUGCGAUUUGACGAAAUUUUACACUCAUUCUUCACAAUCAUUCUUGUAACAUCAGUGUGUGUGUGUGUGUGUUACUCGUACUUAAUGUAUUUAUUUUUAAAGCUAUAAUAAUAUUUCAGCGGUUAUAGAAUAUUUUUGUUUGUUGACAUUGGUCAAAAGUAAAUUGAAAUGCCAACGUUAUUUAAUAAGAUAAAAAAAAAAAAAAAAAAAAACAACAAAAUAAACGUCAAUAUCGUGUUUAUUUAAUGAUUGCGUCGAAUAGGUUUUAAACGAGAAUUUCAUAAUUGAUUAUAUCGGUAUAAUAUUAUUUUUAAAACAUUUUAGACGCAAGUUGACGGUCGGCGCACACGAUCCGAGUGUAAAACAUGUUAUUAUAUCGUACGUAUUUUAUUUCGUCCCAUUCGUUUGUUUUACAGGAGGUCGACAUGGCUAUCGCUCCGCUAACGAUCACGGCGGAACGGGAAAAAGUGGUCGAGUUCAGCAAGCCGUUCAUGUCGAUGGCCAUCAACAUAAUGAUAAAGAAACCGUCCAAACACAAGCCCGGCGCCUUCAGUUUCCUGUCGCCGCUGUCCCGGGAGGUGUGGAUCAGCGUCGGGUUCGCCUACGUGGCCGUCGUCAUCGUCAUGUACGUCGUGUCGCGGUUCUCGGCGCACGCCACUGCCGCGGCCCACGUGCGGCCUGUGCACAGCAGCUACGGCGGCGGCGGCGGCGGCGGCGGCGGCGGCGGCAGCGGCGGCGGCGUCAGCAGCGGCAUCGGCCACGAGCUCCAGCAAACCAUACCGCCGCCCCCGAGGUUCGUUCACAACCCGUUUACGUUGGCCAACAGCAUGUGGUUCGCGGUGGCGGCCGUCACCCAACAGGCGUGCGACAUCGCUCCGAGGUAAGAACCGCGGCGAAUCCGCAAUGCGCAAUUCGUGUGUUGUUAUUAUUUUGAUUUUGUGACCUAACCGAACCUCGAACUGAGAACUGCGCAGGCAGUUUUAUUCGAAAAUAAUACAUUUCAUACAUUUUCCCGGUUUUCUGACAUUUUUUUCCGGUUUUUCCUAUAUAUUAUGAAAACUCCCGGGAAUAUAAAAGAAUGACCUCCCUAAAGUCCAUCCAGAAAGGGCGCUUUGUUUGACAAUCGAAGGAAAAUGUCUGAUAGAAAAGUUAUUUAUAGAAAAAAUAAACAUAAUUGUAGAACCAAUAUUCGCUACCCCCAAAAUCUAACAGAUUAAGUCAAUUUUUGUCUUGAAAUAGAGAUAAAACUUAUUUUACGGAUGAUUAGCCCAGGAUUAGCGACCCCUUAAUGUGCAACCAUAAUCCAUUUCGAUAUCGCGUAAAAUAUCACUAGGUAUUGAUAUUAUUAUUUUUAAAUGUUGACGGAUUUCGGACGCCUUUUAUAACAUUUAUAACCGUUUGAGUUUUAAAACGUUUGGAUCGAUUUGACGAAAACAACCGACCGUCUUAUUUUGCACAUGUGAAUUCUAUAAAUUCGGUACUUACCUAUUUAAAACCAUAAAAUCCCGUUCGACUUGAGUUCAUAACAAAUUAUAUAUUUUGUGUUUUUUCUUUUCAAGUAGAAAAUAAAAUCAAAGGAACUAUUUAUAGAAACAACAUAUUUUUAUAAUAUUUGAAUAUUGUCGCGAGUCGUGUAAAAUAAAUAUUUCCGGAAACAAAUAUUUAACUUACUAGCGACCUGGGGAUUAUUAUUAUAUCGAGUGAAUUAUUAUUUAUUUUAUGCGCAUAAUAUAUUAUAUAAUACAAAAUCUGAAUAUUAUUUUGUGAUUUGUAGUUUUACUAGUUUUAGGCUUUGGAUAUUCGAGUAUAAAUUUAUUAUCAUAAUGUUUCGGUGUACGUAUUACAGGUGCGUGUAUUUCGUGAUUAUUUUUCGCUUUUCCCGUGACCCUAUUUUCGAAACAAAAUAAAACAUAACAUAAUUAUUGUCACUCGAAAUUGGCUCUCUCGAGUGUUCAGAGUUUUGGAUUUUAGAUUCCGAGCGUAGUUUGUUUUUGUUUUUUUCUUAAAUUAUUAAUUUAAAUUUUAUAUAAUAAAAUGAAAAAGUAAAAACAAAAUUAUUAAAAUAGUUAAUACUCGUAAAUAAAUAUAGUAUAACGACGCAUUCAUUCAUUUAUUUAUUUUUUAUUUUUAUUUAUAUAUUUAUUAAUUAUAUUUUAUGUAUAGAGGUGUAAACGGCGUUUUAUCGGUUUUAUUUCCAUUAUCAGAUUAUCCGCUUAACCUUAUCUAACCUAACCUAUGGUAACCUAUCCUAUAUAAUAUAGGGAGUGUAUUCAUUGUCUUGUUAAUUUUAUAUAAUAUGUUAGUCAGUGUCGGGAGGGUUCCUUUUAAAAAGAACUCGUUCCCAUAAGCGUUCCCUUUUUUAUUUAUUAUAUUAACACUUGAGGCAGUUUUUUCAUAUUCUUGACGUAAAACUUUCACUUAAUUAAUUUGCUAUGGGAAUACAUUUUUGAUAUUAAAGGUUUUCAGUAGUUGAGUAGUGUGAGUUAAUCGAGUCAACUAAAAUUUGAAACUAUUUUCACUUCUUAGAAUUAUAUCCGUUUAUAUCACGGUUAUACGAGUAUCCAAUCGUAUAUUAUAUUAAUAUUAUCAUAUUGUGUACGUUGUAUGUUAAUGUAACGUUCCUCAUAAAUAGGAACUCUUACCCGUUUUUCGUUCCUUUAUUUGAAACGGAACUCGUUCUAAGCUUCGUUCCUAUCAAAGGAACGUUUCCCUUCCCAACACUAUAGCACGCGCAUAUGGAAUAGCAACCGUGAAUUCGAUUUAUACGAAAUAAUUUGUAAAAUUAUAUACUGCAGUUUAUGUGUAGAAUCGUAUACUAUAUGAACAAGUCUAUCGAAUGAAAUUAAAGUUAUCGAUUUUUCUGCAAUAUUCUAAAGGCAAUUAUAAAUAAGGGGAACUUUGGGUAUUUACCGAAAUUUAGUUUACAGUAGGUAGGUAAACUUUAACGAGGUUUCAAACCGUUUAUAUACAGUUGCAAUAUAUUAUUAUUUGUUUGAAGUAUAACUGUAUACAGGGUGUCUAACGUAAAUCUGAUUUAAGCUUUGCGCUACGAUUUCUCUAUUUUAUGUUUUAUUUUUUUAAAAACUAGAAAUAAAAUAUUGCAAUUGAAAUUUGAAAAAAAAUAUGUUUUUAUAAAAUCCUACAUAGCCAUUUUAUAAAUAUAUUUCGAUAAAAAACUUUUUUGUGUUACAAAUAUUAUCGUUAAUGAUGAAUUGUGAUGAAUUCAAAUUUUUGAAGUUAACAAAAAAAAAAAAAAAAACACUACCAAAAUAAUUUCCAUGGAAAUGCCGGAGAAUCGAUUGAUAUUAUUUAGAAAAAAAUUGUGGUAUUAUUUAUCGGAGUUUAUGAUAGUUAUAUAUAAAAAAAAAAAAAAACUUUAAAAUAUCGAACGUCAUAACAAACGUUACAUUGUAACGUAUGUACAAUGUUACAAUUGUCAGUUCUCCGUUAAACAUCCUGCUGCGUAUUAUAUUACGAAUAUUGAUGUUAAAUACAUAUUGCCCUUAUACGGGGGGGGGNGGGGGGGGGGGGGGGUGUACGGAGUAUCGAUAAUGGGCGAACAUUCGCAUUCGUCAUUGUCGUUAAUUGUACGCGCGGGCGUAUAUGUCAAUAAUUAUCGGCUCGACUCCCGCCGUUUUGCACCACGGCACCAGCAACAGCGUCGUGCACCUCGGUCUUUACGGACCGAUCGAAAACCGCGUUCUAAAACGACUCUGUGUUUCGAUAUUUGUCGCGCGUCGUCGCGGCCGGAACACGCCAUGACCACGCGAGGUUACGAACGCCGCCGCGGGCGUCAUCGUUUCCGUCGCGCACAGUGCGACCGGACGGGGAAAACGAAAUCGCGCCGAACGAAACGUUUUCCCGGUAACGCCUUGUCCUGCGUAUCGAUAUCCGACAACGGUGCAUUUUUAUCGGAUUUCGGUGUCACGGCCUUUCGCGGCCCAAGCGACCGUAUUGUCGUUCCGUGUUAUUGUACGCAAUUGGUAAAGCGAAACGUCCCCGCCGUCCGUUUUACAAGUUGGUUCCCGGGGACCAUUAACAUAAUUACACCAGCGCGUAUUCAACCGGAACGGAGUAAUAUUAUUGCCGGCGAUUAUUUACCGCCGUGCGGUCGGACGUGCGCGCACAGGUAUAUUUGUAUAAAAUAUUAUUUAAUCUCGUUGCACGCGCGGCGGCGGCGGCGCGGUUGUUACCCACUUGCGCGCGUAUUCAUUAAGACCGUUCGCGGUCCACCGAAAAUAUACCAUUAUGGGCACUAAACUUUGGCCGUCCGGCUGAACUUUCGAGUGUACAACAAUAACGUUUGUUUAUUCCCGCGCUCUCUACCCCCGUCGGAAUAAAACGGCAACGAUCCACACGGGGCGAUCGCCGGUUAUUAUCGCGAACCGGCCGUUUUCACGGGGCACCUUAAGUGUGAAUUUGACCGGUGUUUUUUUUUUUUUUUUUUUCCCCGCAUCGUUUUCGAAUCCCUAUACUUUUUAUGUUUUAAACGGGUCGCACACUCGAUUUCCAAACGGGAAUCCGGCCCCCCCCCACCUCAUCUCUGUUUGUAAUAUCGGAUUAAUAAACUCAUUUCAGGUAUGAGGAGUUGGGGUAAACGAUGGAAAAUAGUGUUAAAAUAAAGAUAACACGGUUUCAUAAAGAUUUUUAAAAAAAAAAAAAGAAUUUUUAUGUUCUCGUAAAAUUCCCCGGGAAAAUCGCUAGUUCACGAUUAACAGCCGAUCUGAACGUUUUAUGAUUUGUAAUGGCAUAUUUUUGGUCUUAUCCACCAUAGUGAUAAUAUUACCACAAACGUUUUUUUACCUGCUAAUAAAAAAUGAAAUCAAAAAACGAAAACCGUUUGAAAAAUAUUUUUGAAAUACCUCAUAGUCAGGAUUUUCUUUUUAUUCUGUUUUUUUUUUCUUUUUUUGAAUACUAAUCUAAUGUAAUAGUGUUAAAAUUGUACACAACACAUUUUAUUUUUAUCUCAGAUAGUAGUAAUGUUUAAAAUAUUAUAUAUUAUUGGUAUAUUAAAUUGAUUUUAAUGUCUUUUUAAUUAUCGAUUACGAGAGUAAAAUAAUAAUUUAUAAAUGAGAAUCAAAUUAUACAUGCGGAAAUAAUCCCUUAUCAAAUAAAAAGGUAUAAUUUUAAAAAAUAAAAAAAAUAACGAUGACAUAUUAAUAACAUAAUUCGUUGAUAUAAAGACAGAAAAAAAAAUAAAAAAAAAAUUGAAAUAGCAGAGUUCAGUUUUGUGACGAAAUUUUGUUAUUUAUACAUUUUAGAUUCUAAGUGUAGCAAAGAAUGUGUUGGUUUUACUAAGAUCUUUAUCUUUUUUUUCUUCUAGUCUGUGGACACGUUUUUUUCCUAGUAAUCUUGCUUCAGUUUUUUUUGUGUAACAACUUUUCUGAAAGCUCAAUUAAGUUGUUUCGAUUGUACUUUAGAGAGAUCAUUUUUUGAUUUUCGACGCUCUUUUUUAAAUAAAAGCACUUAAGUGGGAAGAAACGUAGGAAAACGUACAAUUUUACGAUUUCAUUAUUUCAUAAAAACACAGAUGACGUUUUUUACCAGAAAAUAUGAUUUAAUCGAAAAAUCACAAGAUACCUUUUUUGUUGAUUUUUUGAUUAACUUUCUUAAGACAUCAUUGUCAAAACUUUUGAGCUUUUAAGGAAUUUUAAUUUUUAGAAGAUUUUUUGCUGUUUUUCAAUUAUAAAUACAUGUAGAAACCUGAAACUUGGUAAUAAUACUUAAAUUUAAAUUAUCUAGACGUCGUAAAAUUUUCAAAAUCAUCGGACGACUUUUUUUUUUCAAUAGGUGUUUUGAAAUCAAAUUUUUACGAACAUCGCAAAAAAAAAUUACAGCACUUCAAUUUCUGUAUUACUGAACUGCGCUAGGAAUCUUCUUUCGCCAAGCAAUGGUUUAUCGUUCCUUACAGAUAUAAAUAAAAUAAUCUUAUGUAUCCUACCUUCCCAACUUUUCACCUUCAACAGUGGCCUCUCCUAUCCCCAAUAUCACCUUUUUUUUUACAUUAUUUUACCAAGAAUUUAAUAUAUCAAAAAUUAUUAUUUUAUUGUGCGUAAUCGUAAUAUUAAUAAUUAAAUGAUUUUACCAAAUCGUAUUGUAUAAGUAUUAUUACAUUGUUUUUAUUAUUUUACGCUCGAUUCAAAUGAUUUUCUGUUUGAAUUUUUAACUCUAUUUUUUAAUUAUUUUAAGAGAUGACUUUUUAAAUUAUUUGUACUAGAGUGUAAAAUAAAGGUUUAAAAAAAAAAAAGCUACAAUAUACAUAAUAAUUUGUAUGAACUCGCAUAUAGUAAUCAUUUUUUAGGGUACAGGCAGUUCAAUUGAAGUAUAUAAAACUCAUCCCGGACGAAAUAUUGCUUCGAUCAAGUUAUAUUGCAAUACAUAUAGUUUUGUUUUUUUUUUUUUUUGGAGAGCUGGUAUGUUUUAUUAUAGGAGAGUGGAAUAGUUAUAAUAAUAUACUUUAGAGAAAGUAACAUAAACAUUUUUCUAAAGGGUUUUGCACACGUUUCAAAAAUUACGAUAUUGAACAUACUACUAAUUGUUACUAAAAUCUUGAUCAUUUUUAAGUAAACGAUUUUGAUGUUUUUGUAUAAUACCCAUAUAAUAGUAAAAGCUGGUAUUGCUUUCGAAAGGAAAAAAGUCGAGUUGCUUACUGUUGCAAUCAUUUUUGUAUUCUGUCCGUUUUAUUACUUCCUACUUUUAUUUUUUUCCUAUUUUUUUUUAUUUUUUAAAACCUUUAAAAAUAUAUAUACAUUAAUAAUAAAGUUUUAUUAUCAUAUACUAGUUUGCAACUAUGUGAUUUUAUUAUCGUCUUCAUACUAAUCGCCUAGAUGAAAUGUUUUAAGUUUUCUCUAUUAUAAUAAUAGUGUUCAGGUCACACGAACGUUAGUAUCCAAAUUAAAAUCAGUUUUUUUUUUCUUAUUAAAAUUAAAAUUAAAUUUCAAUUAAAUAAAGAGCAAUUGCCGCUACGCAUAAUCGGACGAACUUUCAUAAUAAUAAUUCUUUGUAAGAAAAAUGCACCGAAUUCAUAAUAUAAAAUAUACAUCACUACAGAAGCUCUUGAAAAUUAAAAAAGUUUUUAGUUCCACGCAAUUUGAUAACUUACAUAAUAUUGUUUUCUAAACGAUAGUAUAAACUUGUUAAUUAAAAAAAAAACAAAACAAAAAAAAAAAAUUAAAUUUGAAUUACAAAUACAAUAUUUAUAAUAUAUUAUGUACACAUGUAUAUUACUGUAAAAUAUAUUAUUUCUUCUUAAAUGAUCUUAUAUAUGAAUAAAAAAGUGUAAUUUGUUUUUCAAUUCGAUAGUGCGUUUAUUUAGUACCAUUCGUUUUUACAUAAAUACAUUUUUUUUUUGCUUAAAAAUUAAACCUUCAUAUCCAUUCCCUGUAAUAAACCGAUUUAGCAAAUUUAAUUAGGUAUUAUAAAAAUGCACCCAAUUACUUUGAAACCACUAUUAGUUAUUACAGGGAUAUUUUGAUGAUUACCAAACAGGUAUUAAUACUUUAUAAAUUUAAAUAAUUCGUACCCAAAUACGAGGGAUUUUAUACCUUUAGUCACAAACCACCAAUGACUGUGAAUCACAAAACUUUGAGACAUGUCCAUCUGUAACAUUUAUUUAAUGUUUUUAAAUUAAUUAUAUUCUAUAAAGGUACAUUUAUUAUUAUAUCGUUAAUUAUACUAAAACGUAUACCGAAAGUCUAUUUUUAGAAACUUUAGUGACUCCGAAUUCGGAGGAUUAUAAUAUGUGUUUGAUGUGUGGUAAUGUACUGAUUUUGCUUAAAAAUUAAACUUAAAUAUAUACAAAAUGUAUAAUUUGUACUAUCUCAGGUAGUAAAAAAUAUGAAUUAUAAUUUCACUAAUUCACACAUACAAGUUUCGAUAGUAAUGUGUAAAAUGUUGAUCUAUGAGAAGCUAUUAUAACAUAAUAUUCCAUUUUAUAAUCUGAGCGGCUAAUUUACUAACAUAUUUACACCGGCCUACAGUUCGUCAGUAUUGAUCUUAAAACUAUCCUAUAUAAAUAAUACUUGAAAAAUCGAAUAUAUAUAUAACUUAUAUUAUAAUUAUUAAACACUUGAUAAUUGAAGACAACACGUCGUCAACAAGCAAAAAUCUUUUAAAACAAAUAGCAACAUUGAAUGCCGGAACAAUAUUACAAACAGGAAAAUUAGAAAAUGUAAAAUUAAAAUGGACAGACAAAAAAUAGAAAUAUUAGGUAUAAGGGAAACAAGAUGGGAUGGAAACGGUGAUUUUACAUCAGAUCAGUAAAACAUAAUACACUAGGAAAACAAACAGAAAAAGUCGGAGUGGCAGUGGUAUUAACAGUAAACGGGCACAAUCAGUUAUCGGACUAGCCACAAUUUCUGAUAGAUAAGUAAUGGUGAAAUUAAGAUCAUACCCAAAUGAAACGAUAAUAAUAUAAGCAUAUAUGCCCACAUCAAAUGACGACAUCGGAGAAGUCAAAAAAGUUUACGAAGAUAUAGAAAAACUUUUAAAACUAACCAAACAAAAGGAUAAUCUUAUUAUUAUGAGUUAAUUUAAAGCAGUCAUUGAUGAAGGAACAGAUGAAAAAGAAGCUGAAAAUUAUGGAUUAGAAAAAAGGUUUGGUAGAAGUGAUCGACUACUGGAGUUUUGUAGACAACAUGAGUUGGUUAUCUUUAACACUUUAUUCAACAAUCAUAAAAGAAGGUGAUACCCUGAAAGAUGCCUGGAUGUCUGAAAAAUACUAAAUAGAUUUUAUACUGGUUAGGAAUAGAUUUAUAAAUCAAGUCAAAUCAUGAAAAACUUACCCUGAUGCAGAAAUUAACAGUGACCCUAAUCUUGUUAUGAUAAAAUGUGACCUAAAUUUUAAUAAAAUAAAGAAACCAAGUAAGAAAUGUCAAAAAUGGAACUUAGAAAAACUUAAAACACCAGAAAUAGCAGAAAACUAUCAAAAUAAAUGCGAAGAAUAAAUCAACAGCCAAAUGAACCUCAACCUUGAAAAUAAUAAAAUAUCUAUAAAAAAUCGACGGACAAAUAUAAAAGGAUCCCAUUACCUAAGCAGCGGAACAAUUUUUAGAAAGAAAAAAACCAGGGCCCCAAACAUAAGUGGAUAACUCAAGAAAUAAUUAAUGACCUACAAAAAAGAAGAACGCCUAAAAAUAAAAAUGACCCGGAUAGUAUAAGAAAAUAUAAAGCACUAAGAGAUAAGAUAAAUAGAGAAGCGAGACGUGUAAAAGAACAAUGGAUUCUAUCACGAUGUUUAGAAGUAAAGACCACGAUGAAAAAUAAUAUGCAGGAUAAACCUUAAAAAGUAAUAUAGACACAUUUUGGAGUGAAAAAACCAAAAUGUACAUACAUCAAAGACAAAUAUGGAAAUAUACUAAUUGAAGAAGAAACAAUAUCUGACCGAUGGAAAGAAUAUAUAGAAUCUCUAUAUGAAGAUAAUGAUACCGAGUUAUUGAUCCAAAUGCAAUAAAAUGGAAACUCACAGGGAAACAUGACGACUACAACUAUUUUAAUAUUGGAAUUCGAAUAUGCAUUAAGAAUCAUGAAAGCAUAUAAAGCAUCGGGACUAGAUAAUAUAAAUACAGAGCUACUACAAUACGCUGGUACAAAAACUUAGGAGAAUUAUUUAAAUUAUUAUAUAAUAUUUUAUAUUAUUAUACGAUCUCGAUAUUAUACAAUACACGAACUGUUCCAAAAGACUUACAAAAGUACACUUGUACUAUUACCGAAAAGAGUAGGGGUAGAUCAAUGCAGUAACUUCAGAACUUUAAGUCUAAUAGCACAUGCUUCCACAUUCCUAAUAAUAAUUAUACGUAAAAUAGUUAGAAAUAGAAUUGAAGAACAGCUGGAUAACGAUCAAUACGGUUUUCAAAAAAGUAAAUGUACCAGGGAAGCAAUACUAAGCUGAAGAAUAACACUAGAAAAAUAAAUAGAUUUACAAAAGGAAACCUUAAUGACGUUUAUAGAUUUAGAAAAAAGCUUUUGAUAAUGUCAAUUGGAAAAUACUAUUUAACAUAAUGGAUAGUAUGGGAAUUAAAAUAAAGAUAGAAAUAUUCUAUAUGCAAUAUACAAAAAUCAAGAAGCUGAAAUUAAAAUUAACUCUACAAAAAAAGACAGCUAAUAUAUGAUAAGGAUAAAGACAAGGAUGCCCACUGUCACCCUCUUUAUGUAAUGUCUAUCCACAUAGCAAUCGAUAAGAGAUAUACAGCAAAAGCUAAAAGAGCAAAGAAUAGGAGUAGUAAUAGGAGGUAUCCUAAUAUCAAUGUUACAAUUUGCUGAUGUUAUAGUUUUUCUUGGCACAUCUGAAAACGAUCUACAAACAGCACUUAUUAAAAUAAAUAACAUAUAUUUAACAUUAAAAUUAAAUAUACAUAUGGAAAAAAACAAAAGUAAUGGUAUUUAGUAAACAAAAUGAACCAAACAUUAAUAUAUCCUUAAAGGACACAAACUAUAACAAGUAAAUCAAUUUAAAUAUUUAGGAAGCAUAAUAAAUAAUGAUGAAACAUCAGAAAAGGAAAUAGAAACUAGUAAUUAUCUAUGAAAUAUUUAUCUGAGGUUUUUUUUUUUUUGAAAAUAUAUCUAUAAAAACAAUGAUAUUUUUAUUCACCCAUACUUGACGAGUAUACGAGAUUUGUUUCGGUAAAAUAGUAAUAUUUUUUAAAUUCUUGUUUUUAGAACUACGCCUGGUCGCAUUGUCGGGGCCGUCUGGUGGUUCUUCACUGUAAUAUUGAUAUCGUCGUAUGUAUCCAACUUCACCGCAUAUUUGAUUGUACAAAAGAUGUCCACACCGAUCAGCACACCCGAAGAUUUGGCCGCACAAACUGAAAUCGAAUAUGGGGUUCUUUCACACGGGUCUACAUGGGAUUUUUUCAAAGUGAGUACUUUUAAAUAUUUAAUUUUAUUUGAGAUGUUUGCUCUCUUUUCGUUUUCAUAUAGCAGGUACAUUGACAAGUAUAUUUUUUUUUUAUUCUGGUUGGUAUACAUAAUUAUUAUAACUUUACUUUAAACUACAUUUUUUUAAACAUUUUAUGGUAAAUUAAUUUCUUAAAAGUACAGCUAUAUAGCUAUAAAUCUAUGCAUAUAUAUUUUUUUUACAGAACGAUUGACAUUUAUAUAUUAAAUAUUAUAUUCCUUUUAAUAAUUCAAAACCAUUUAAAUAUACUGAUUUUUAAAUAAAUUUUCUUAUAUUUAUGUAGUUAAUUUUAAAUUUUAUAUUUAAUAGCUCUUCAAUUGUUUAUACACAUAACAUUUACGUUGAAUUUACCACAUUAUGUAUUCUAUAUAUUUAUGGUUUUUUUUUUUUUUUUUUUCACUGUAUAGCUGAUCAAAUAAUGAAUUUUUUUAUUCAAAAACUUUAUAAUUUACGUUGGUCUGACUUUGUCGUCGACAUUCAGAAUUAUAUUUCUCAAUACUUGAUUGUCCUCUUAAUAAGUUAUUUAUACAACGGUGUCUGCAAAUAUCAACGCCAUUAAAUCCAAGUCAUCGCGGAACUGUGAAAAUAAAUUAUUUACCGAAUUCACUCUGAACUGUGUUUUUUACUGGGUGUGAUUUUCAUACAUUUUUAUCCAUAACUUCAAAUAAUAUAUACAUAUUUAUCAUGAAGUACGAGAAAAAGGAAUAAAAAAAAAAAAAUAAAAUCGCAUGUACCUACCUUAGGUACGUAUAAGACGUUUCACACUAAUAUAGACUUUUCUCAUAACGAUUACUGUUUUUGAGUUCUAUCGACUGUAAACCUGGGUCUCUAUAGGCCUUUUUUAAGGGGGAGGGGAAGAACUUUUCGUUUCGGGCCAUUCACCACGGUCGUAUUUUAAACACUUUUAGUUCAACAUAAAAAAAACCAAUCUUAGAUAGGUAUAAGUACGGAUGAAAGAGACCGUCGUAUCGUGGCCGCUAGGGAAAAGCAAUCGAUAUUUUUUGUAAUGAACCGUUUAUACGAAUAACGGUAAUAUUUUAAAUAAAAACUUGAAAUAUCAUGAAAUAACGAAAAGACAAUCGCCUUGUAUUUUGUAUUGUGUUGUCUAUUACGUAAUAUUAUAUUAUGAAAACGAGUCAUCAAUAAUAAUGCAUACAUUUAAAAGUAGUAUCCGACUAACACAACGGAUAUUUUAUUAUGUUGUAUUAAUCAAUCCAUCUGAUCUACCUUAUGCAUUAUAGAUAUUAACUGAUGAAUCAUAUGUAUUAUAUAUUCGUAUUUAUCUAUUGAUAUAAAUAAAACAAACAAAAAUGGAUAUCCUUCGCACGUGGGUGGGCCACUGUUAUAGAUGAGCACUGAGCAGUUUGGGAAAGUAGAGGGGAAAUCCAAUGUAUAUCUUCACGCAAAGAUUUACCAUUGCCGAAUAAAAACGAUACUGAGUUGAGUUUUGUUAAUAGUGUUGCUUUGUCGUAUAUUAUGGUAAAAUAAUUACUUAUGCAUUAUAUAUUUAAAUAUAUGCUUUAAUAAUAUUUGUUUAAUAUUGUACCUAUUUUCCCGGUUUUUCCCAUUUAUUGUAAAACUCCUUGCAAGAUCAAAAAAAUGACCUCCCUAAAGUAUUACCCCAGUCAGAUUUCUUUUGAGAAAAAAUAUUAUCAUUGUAAAUCGGAGAAUAAAUGCUGGUAGAAAAGUUGUUUACGAGAUAAGAAAAAGGCCGUAAUAUUUUUUUACUUACACCUAUAUUUCGUACAUUUUUCCGGUUUCCUUCCUUUGUCUUUUUCGAGUUUUUAGUUUUGUUUAGGACAUUUAAAAUGUAAUCUGUUAUCGUAUAUUAUAACGUUAUAUUUUUAUGUAUUAUUUAUACAGAGAUCACACAGUUCGUUGUACAGUAAAAUGUGGCAGUUCAUGAACUCGCGUACUCACGUAUUCGUGGAUACUUACGACGAAGGAAUCCAAAGAGUACGGAAUUCCAACGGCAAGUUUGCUUUGCUAAUCGAGUCGCCCAAAAACGACUUUGUGAAUAUGCGAAAACCUUGCGAUACAAUGAAAGUCGGACGUAACCUAGACGUAAAAAAUUACGGAAUAGCGAUGCCACUCGGGUCACCACUAAGGUAAGAACUGCAGAUCUUUCGUUUUUUUUUUUUAUUGUUAUUUUUUUUUUAUAAUAUUGACAAAUCUCGUUCGGGACUUUUGGGAAAUAUGAUCACCGGCGGAAUACGAGGCGUGAUGGGCGAAAGGGACGAUGAGGCAAAGAGGCAUAUUACGCGCGUCUUUCGGUUGAAUGACUCUCUGGGAUUACAUUCCGCAAAAUCACAUUUUCCACAACAAGAGAGUCUGAUAUGGAAAAAACCCAAUUUUCUGCGACACAUUUUUGAUCAUAAAAAAAAAAAAAAAAAAAAAAAUACAUUUAUAUAUGUAUAUUAUGUAGUACAUUUAUAUGUACAUGUCGAUGCAAUAAGAUCUGUGGAAAACUAAACUGUUUAACCGACGUCGCUCUCGAAAUGUUUCUUGGCUACUUCGUAUCUAUUAUUUUUAUUAAUAUUUUUAUAAGAAUAAUAAUCUACUGAAACUAUCGUAUUUAUCGAUGGUCGUAUAUUUAUUUUCGUUAAUAUUACCGAUUAAAAUAUAACUAAAACCAUACACUUUUUCACGUUUAUAAUGUGUUCGUACCACGUUUAUUUGUUAUAAAUACUAAUUUAUUCGCAACUAAUUAUUAAAUAUAUAUACUUAAUAUAAAUAAUAUAUUUAUUCGAGAAUUGAACGACUAAACUCGUAAUCUACGGCGAUUAAAGGUGUAGGACAAAAUAUAUAUAUAUAUAUAUAUAUAUAUAACGGUGUAUAUUUUAAAAUUUACUUUUAACGGGGAUUUUAUUAUAAUACACAAACGGCCAAUAGAAAUUAAUAUACUUUUGCCUGCGAUAAUAAUAUUAAUCCAUUCUAUUUACUUAAUAAAUCGUGAGUUGAAUGGAACGGAAAGAAAUAAACUCUGGAUUAAAAUAAUUUAUAAGCCAAAUAGUAAUUUUAAGUAACACUUAACUGCGUAUAUUAGUGAAGUUAUAGCAGUAAACUGAUAAAUCUUUACUGACACAACUGAACGUAGUAUUUUUUUGUAUUCAGUACCUAUUGGUAGUUUUCUAGAAUGCAUAUUUAUAUUGUAUGCGUAUAUUUUUUAAAUAAACAAAUUAAUUUUCAAGCUUCGAGAGUGUUGUUAGCUUUCGCUAAAAAUCGAAUUCAAUAUGCCUGGUUAAAACAUUAAUGCAUAAUAUUUAUAUUAUGAUGAUAAUAAUGUUUCGCAUAAUAAAAGCACGGGGCAAAUGAUUAAACGUCAAACUUUCCUAUUAUUUUGUCGUUUUCUUUAAACCUUACGAGUUUAUUUAAAUAAUGUCUACUUAUUAAAACAACAUUAGAAAAUAUAUUUGAAUUUUUUUUGUUUUGAACAGCAAAUGCCAAUAAAAAAUGUUCAUUUAAAACUUUAUGUAUUUUAUAAUAUUGCAUUAUUUUGGAAAUCGACAAUUAUUUUUAAAACAACGAAAUUCAUGGAAGAUUCCUUAAUUGAUAUUAAUACAAAAUAGAUAUAUUCGUAUUUAUAUGGGUGAAAUUAAUCUGCAUAACUUAUUUUUUAACAUCGUGUUGUUUUUUUUUUAAUUUUUCGGUUUUUUUGCUACCCUCCUAAAAUAUUGAUUAAUUCGUUUAAAGUUAUUAAUUUUCAGCUGUAUAAGAAAAUUUCGUCAGUAAAAGUAGUAUCAAUGGAACUCAUUAAAAUCCCUAUAUAUUAUAAAGUGCGGGCCAAUGGUUUUGACCUCACUGAGUUGUCCGGACCUUUUAAGAAUACCCCUCACCCUCCUCGCCCGAGCCCCCCGCGUCAUUGGUAAGAUUUAUGUUCACAAAAUACACACAUUAAUCUUAUAUCCAGUAUACAGAUAAAUCGGACACUUUUUUGGCUUUACGAGAAAAUACCUCGCAUUAGGAUUAUUAAUGCAUCGGUAUUGGAUGGUUGUGUAAACCAGUAAUAAUAAUAUAUAAACCUGUAAAUUAUUGAGCGUGAAUUAAAUAUAUAUUGUAGAAUUUAUUGUUAUUACAAAAUAAAAUAUGUAAUAUGUGUAUUAUAAUUUUCUUUUCCGCCAUUUGAAAUGAUAAUAAUGCGACUCCAUUUCCGCAGUCUUUCCAUAUUGAAAAUUUGACAUUCUAUCCAGGACCAAUACAAUAUUUCGUAAUAAAUUACGAUUUUGAUAAAAUUUCACAUUAAUUUACGUUAUUUCACUGUUUCAAAAUAAUUUUAGAAAAACUAUUAUGCUAUAUUUUCGAACGGUUAUUAAUAAUAAAAUUAUUUAUAUUGUGUCAGUUAUAUAUGGGUCCUGCUCGUGGUUAUCGUUUCUUUUUCCUUUUGAAAAUUUACUAACAAUUAUUAAUUCAAAUUAAUAACAAUCAUCAACUCUUAACAAUUCGUAAAAAACAAUUCAAUCAACUGUUAUUUUAAUAUUAAUGUUCCUGCGCACGACCUGAUGUCAUGCUUGUUUUCGGUAGAAAGAGGACAACUUCUUAUAGGGUGCAUCAAACUACGAGUAAAUUGAUUAUUUAACAAAAAAAUUACUAAUUAAUUUUUUUUUUUUUUUAAUAAAACUAUAAUAAUUGGCAUAUUUUCAAACUCAAAUCAUAUCAUUUUAAAGUAUAAUUUUCUGAAUCAAAGUCCAAUCAUAGUAAGUCUUCAUAUUUUUAACAGAAAAAGGAAGAUCUGUUUUAAUUCAAUUAGACUUUGUACCCAAACAUAUAUUAUAAUAUAGCCAUAUUUGAUUUAAAAAUAUUCACCUAUCGUUUCAACGAAAACAAGAAAUAUGAGAAUUAAUGAACAUGUACGUCUUGCGAAUAUCCGACCUAUGCAAAGGACAAAUAUUAAAAUAUAUGUUGUAUAUUCAUUGUAUAUUAUACUAUUUACACGAUAUCUCUUCGUCAAAGUGUAUUACAAUGUUAUAUUAUUAGGUGUGUUUGAUUGUUGUGCAUAUAUAGACAAAGUCGAUGAAAGAUUUAUUAAUUGUAUUUCUCUAUCGUAUUUAUAUAGCAUUUAUCUAUAUAUGAAUGGAACAUUCUUUUUCAUAAUACUCGGUUUUAUACACGAUGGUUAAAACGUAGGUAAUGGAUUUGUAUCCAUUGGUUUUACUAUAUUUUUUACAUUGUGAAUCACUGAGCGUGCUCAGUGCUCGCGUCAUUGUUUUGGUUAAAUUUUGAUUCCAUUCAAAUUCUGAUUUUUGGAAUUUUUAAGUGUAGUUAAAGACGAUAUUUUCGAAUACUUAAAUUUUUCAUAACAUUUAUGAAGUAUCCUGUGGUAAUACCAACUUUGGUUUUUCAAAGAAGAUCAUUAAAAAUUACAUAAAUAUUUGGAUCAUUACUUUAAAGAAAUUUUUUUAUUUCCGUUAACCCGUUGACAAAGUAUUUCACUUUUAAGCUUAGGUAGCGCGAGAGUAGUGGAUCACUAAUAAAACGCCGUGCCGCCACACAAUGAUACUCCACUAAUGUUAACUAAAACCAAAUUGUUGACACCAAAAUGUAUUUAAAGAAAAAUUUAAGUAUUCAAAAACUGCACUUACAAAUUCCAAAAAUUAUAAUUUGUAUAUAUGCGAAAUAUAAUUUAAAAAAUUAAAUAAAAAUGGGAUAAGCACGCUUAGUUAAUCAUCCUGUUUAUAAACGUUUAAUGUUGAAAUUAUAAUUCAGACCAUAAAAAUCCCGUCACUAAUCUACUUUUUGAUUUAUUUGAAUAUAAUAUUUUUGGUCGAAACGUUAGAAAAUCAAUCACGAGGUUCAUCAUAAGCUGUACCACUUGAUGGCAGAAUAAAAAUAGUAAAUCGUAAAUUUAUUUGUUUUUCAGAGUUUCGAUAACAAUCGUAAAAAUCACGAUAUUUCAAAACACGUUUAAUCGGCUUUCGCUUAGAAUCGUAUUUAGUUUGUCAGAAUUUAUCUUUGCGUACAAAUAUACAUAAAAUAAUUUAUAUAUAUACAUAAUAUAUAAUGUAUAUAUACUUAUUUUCCUAACUUCUCACCUACGACCAUAUCAUUAACUUUUUUUUUCCAUUAUCAACAUCCUAUACGUUCUAUGAUCAUAAUGCUCCCAUAAAAGUGCCUGGUCGUGUUAGUGUCCCGUAGUUAUCGUGGUUGCAAUAAUAUUAUAGUUUAUCGUCGUCGGUUCCAUAUUGUUGUUUGGACACCAUACAAAUUCUCAAAUUCAGCAUACUAGGUCUGUGCCAUUCGAGCCGGUUUAUCGCACGUGUAUGGGACUUCCGGUCGGAAGUGCGGUGUUCACGCAUCCCGUGUAUAUAAUACUCUCGCGCGGUACCUUCCUCCCACAGCACACGACAAUAUACUCGCUUCACGUUUAGCCCCGGACUUAUUGUGUAUGACCAACACCCUGUAUAUGUACGUCAUUGGUGCGAAAAUCGUUGCACGCGGAAUCGAAAUAUGUUCUCCUCCCCUCCAACUCGCGACAACGAUACUAGCUUGAGUGCAGUGUAAACAAAACGGUUCUUUUAUCACUAACCAACGAUUAUUUGUACGAAAAUUACGAGCAACUUUCAUUUUGAGUACUUUCACAUAGUUAUUUUAUUUUUCCAGAUCCGUUUCGCAACACUUUGUUCCGCAGUUUAUAGGUUAAUGUGUUCGACAAAUUCACGCCAAUAAUCAAUUUUUCGCUGCAUAUAGUUCUGGGUUUAUGUUAUGACUGUUUUUUCACUCAAGCACUCCAUCUAACAACAAAUAGAGACACCAUCGAUAAAUAAUAUUUGAAAAAAAAUUUUAACGAAAGGUUACAAAACUAGUAGAUUUCAGACACUAAUAUUUAGGUUUAUAAAAAAAUGAACUCUUAAUUCAAUAUUAUUAUGAAAAAAAUUAAAACCAAAAUAUUCGUAAACGUUUGAAGAUUAAAACAAUUCACAAAACGGUGGCAGUUAGGCCAUAAAACUUGUAAAUCCUUAUACAUUAAAUAAUUAUUAAAAGUAUUUUUAAAAAAAAAAGACUAACAAUUCCUCUUAGUAUUAUUAUUAUUAUUUUGUAAUAAUAGUUCUUUUUAAAUUUUAUAAUACAAUAAACCUGUAUAUAUUAUUAUAAUAUUGAAGAAUGUUGAUUUUUUAUUUCUUUUAACGGCUAAUUUAAUAACCAUUAUUACGACCGUAAUUAAUUUAAGUUUAUUAUUACUUUUUAAUGUCAAUUUUUUUUUUUUCUAAGACCUACUUACAUUUUAAGGUUUAUUCAAACAUUAUAUUGGCUUUGUUUGACCAGUAUUAUUAUCUAUAUAUAUAUAAAAUUAAAAUGAAUAAAUAAAUAAAAAAAAAAAGGUACUAAAUUAUUUAAAACAUGAUAAUUGUAGAUAAUUUUUACAUUUUUAUUGUUGGUCAACAUUAUGUGAUUAAUUAAUUAUUUUUUUAAGAUUUUAUUUAAUCAUUUACUAUAUUAGUUAUAAAUUAUUAAUACAUUUUGAGUAAAAUUACUGACGACGAUGAGAACUGUAAAAGACCUAAAUUUCAAGAUAUGCUAGUUUUAUUUUAAUUUUAACCAUUAAAAACUUUAACUUUUAAAAAAGUGAAAGUAGUAAACAAAUUAUUCAAUCAAAAGAGAGUAUAUCUCAAUUUUUUUUUAUAUUUUCAAUCGUUUACGUGUUGAGUUGUUUAGUUGCCAUAUGACGUGUCAGACGAACAGCCAGAAAAUAAACGUUAGUGUAAAGACACUUGAAAAAAAAGUUUUAUUUAGUAAUCUACAGGUUUUGACACGGUGAUCUGAUACCUAAUAACAUUUUAUUAAAUAUGUUUACUACUAUUUUUACCAGAGCAUUGUAAUAUGGUUCCUGAGUUUUAAACUUUUUAAACUAAACAAAUGAAAUAUUGUAAUUAAAAAUAAAAAAUAAUAGUUUUUAUAAAUCUGGGGAUUUUCGUUUUAUGCAUACAUAUUGAAACACAAUUUUGGUGUUACAAAUAUGUACUAAUGAUACAUUUUUAAUGUUAAACUUAUUGUAAAAUUUAUGAUAUUUUAACUGUGCAAUAUCACUGCUUAUUAAUUAAUGAUAAAUACUAUCGAUAAACCAUUUGUCCAUGAAAAUAAUUUGCUAAACUUCAAUAAAUUUUAGAAAAUCAUUCGUCGUUAGUAAAUAAUAACAAAAUUUUGUUUCAAAAUAAAACAGCCAUUUUAGUUUUUGUAAAAAAAAAUUUUCAAAACAAAUUUGAUUUAUCAUUUUUAGUUUUAAAAAAAAUGUAUAUUAUAUAUGUUAAGCAGAGGAAUCACUAGUGCAAGGCUAUAGACAUUAUUACAAGAAAAAAAAAAAAAUUAGAAAUACUAACCUGAACAAGUUAUUCCAUUUGUCAGGUUUUCGUAUUACAUUUCGUAUAUUUUAAAAUUACGAUACAAUGUUAUUUAAAAUCGUAUUUGGCUUUCUUGCGAUUUAUGUAAAUUAAUUCAAUACGAAUACACAAUAUAUUAUAAAAUAAUACAAUCUAUAUGAUGAUAAUAUUCAUUAAAUAACCGAAAAUGCAAAUGAAAUUUGAAAAUCUAAUUCGAUAAGCUAUAUCGCUGCGAAAACUAAUAUUAUUUUAUGGGCGGUCAAAAUGUAAAAAGCGCCGCAAAAGCACAUUUAUUCGCUCAUUGUAGUUGUGUGCAGUGGUUAUAUUAUGCGAAAAAGAGAAUCUCAUUCUAAACCAAAAUAAUAGAAUCGAGUCGGAAUAUAAUAAAAUUAAAAUUACAACUUUUGGUGUACAUCAUACAUAUUUUUUAAAUUAAUAUUUGAGAACUGUAUCACACUAUUACGUAUAGUAGAUUUCCCAGUGCACAAAUAUAAUGAUACGUAUAUAACGUGUAGACGACGCCCGGCGUAAUGUUUAGGCAAAAGUGAUACAUGUACGAAUUGGGGAAAAUUUUUUUUUUCACUUGAGCAACAAUAAUAAUAAAUUAAUGAAUUAUUGUUACAAGAACGAUAUUUUAUUAAUUUGAAGUUGAAUUAAAUAUAAUAUUUUAUUAAAACCAAUGUAAGUACUGUGCAAAAAGAUGAUGCCUUAUAAAUAUUUUUUUAAAUUAAAUUUAAAUUUGUUUAACCUUGACAACAAUUUAAAUUGUUUUCAUUCCCAUUAAUUAAAUAAUGUCUAUCGAUUCAUUACUUUUUACACGAGAAACAAUUAUUGACAACUUCAAAACGUUAUAGAAAUUUAACGAUACACCAUUAACAAACAUUUAUAACACCAAAAUUCUGUUUCAAAAUACAUCUAUAAAAUUGCUAUUUCGAAUUUUUUAAAAAAACUAUUUUCAAAAUUAAAAAACAAAAGACGAGUGUAUAAAUAUAUGCCAUAUUUCUAAAAUAUAUGAUUCGUAGCGCAAAAAUAUAAUCAUUAUAAAAUAAACAAAAAAAAAAAACUUAAAAUACCAAAUAAAAAAAAAAAACCGAGAAAGAUUUAGCAUUUUUUUGAUCUCUCGCAUGCAAUUAUAAAACAAUAAUAAUAUUAUAUAUUAUCAGUGUUUUUUUAUUGAUCACCCAAUGCGUUGUAAUAGCCAAAUAAUGAAAUACCAGUUUUACAUUAAAUGUGUUUCGUUUUAUUAUUCCUAAAAUAAAAUAACAAAGAAACGUCGAAAAUUUCGGUAUUAUAUGCAUAAAUAUAAUGUUCGAAAAAUUCGGUCCAUUGUGUACUUGUGUACGGAUUUUGAUUUUACAUUUUCGGUGUUUUAUUCGAUUAUUGUAGUUUAGCAUAUGUAUACCGAAUAUAAUAUAUGAACUAUUAUUUUAUAAAUAAUAAUAAUUACACUACAAUUUAUAAAAAAACCGAUUACCCUAUCCGUUCAUUUAUGAUUCACCGUGUAUUAUACGUAUAUGUACGAUUUAAAUAUAUUUUAUGAAUAUUUCAAGUUUAAAUAACGGUGAAAUUACCGUAAUUCGCAAUACUAACGUGCCUAUGUGUAGGUAUUUAGUUUUUCGCCGAGGUUCCAUCGAUGAAUCAAUCUAUACCCCCCAAUAUAAAUAUAAUAUUUAUUCAGCAAAAGGAACUGAUACUGCUGUGGGAUGUGCUACUGUUAUUGGCGAAAAGUUGAGAAGGUUGGAUGCAUAAAGUUAUUUAGUUUACAUCUUCAUUCUUCAUACGCAACCAUAAACUGUUGCGGAUUUAAUAUAUUUUAAGUGCUGUGGUUUUUACCAUUUUUGAUACAAUUUGAACUUAAAAUGCAUAUAAAAAAAUUAAUCAAAUUCAUCUACGCACUAAAACUAAAUUAAAACCAAAAAAUGUUAAAUACCUUUUAAAAGCUUAAAAAUCGUCAUAAUGUUUUAAAAAUGUGAUCACGUUCAAUAAUGGCUGACAUAAGUAUUCUGUAAAAAUAUAUCUAUGAUUAUUUUAAACCGAAUUGUUAUUGAAAAAAAAAUCGAAAAAAAUGAUUUGUUGACUAAGCAUUUUUUUAAAAAAAUAUUUUUGGAUGUUGUUAUAAUAAUUUGAACAUAAUUUUAGGCAUUGUUGUUGCUAUAGACAUUUUUAUGACAUUAUUAAUUGUCUGGACAUUUUAACCAGGACCCGAUUUUUUAUAUUUUCUUUUUGUACUUCGAAAAUAGUUGUUAUUUUUACUUGUUAUUUUUAUUAAGUAUAAUAAAAUAUCCCUUGUGCGUUUUCGUUUUAAUGAUUUUAUAUCUAAACAAUAUUCUCGUUCGACAUCAUAUAUUGUACUCGUUGUGCUAUAUACCGCCGACCGAUCGAAUCCUAUAAGCGAUUUAUAAGGGUAUCAAGAGGGGUCCCCGAGGGCCAUCGAAAAAUGCUCUAGAGCCAAAAAAAAAAAAGGGUACCAGUAGAGAUGGGAACGGCGGAGCUUUGCAGUUUGAUCUAUAUAUUCGAUUGUCGUUUCGUUAAUUUUAUCUCCGCCCAAACGGUAUUCUCGUGGGUCUAUUCCAGCUACACAACAAGUACACCUACAUCGCGCGCUCACUCCAGUUUUAUGCGUUUUACGCCAGGGGAAAACCCGUAGGCGGCGUUUUAUUUUCUUGGUGAAACAAUAGAACUACGUUUGUCAGCGCAAUACCGUUGCCCGGUUUCUGCGACGAGAUACACGCGUUUAUUCCAUCAUAAACACGAUUAUAAAAAAAAAUCCACGAGAUACGCGCAUUACCUAUCUAAUCAUUAGUAUUAUUGGGUAGAUUAUUACGCGUGUAACGUUAAUGCACAUUUUCAAUGUUUGUUCGUAUAGUAUAUAAUAUAUUAUUGUAUAAUCUAUUUUAAUUUUUUUUUUUUUUUUUUUUAAUUGUAGAAAUCGAAUUAAUGAUGCAAUUUUGCAACUGACCGACAGCGGUGAACUCGCAAGGCUAGAAAGCAAAUGGUGGUUCGACGAAUGCGGUUACGAGGCAAAGGUAAGAGAACAACAACAACAACAAAUUAACACUCGUGUGCGUGUAUAUAUAUAUAUAUGUAUACACGUAGUAAUACAUUUCUUUCGAUAAAACCGACAUUAGGCUCAAAGGUUUAUCCGCAAACUAUUACAUGUACCUAUUAUCGUACUAUAUAUUAUUAUACGUUCAAAACGUAUUUUUCAAUUUACUAAAUUACCGUUUCCAUUCGGAAGCCCAGCAUUUCCGCUGGGAUUUUCCUUUGUCUACGCGCACAUCUGAUUCGUUCGUUGUUUUUUAUGAUAUAAUAGAGGUACCUUAUUACUCCCUGUAUUAUAUGGUUACGAACUAUUAUGUCAUCGGUCGUACAUUUUUCAACUUUAAAAAAUAAAAAAAAUACGCGUUACCGAAAAAAUUGGCAACACAACACGCUCGUAUUAUAAUAUUUAUAGAAAAAAUUGCUCAAACCGACCACUGGGUUUCGUGCAAACUAGCUAAACGCGUUUUGGAAUUUAUUAAAUAGCGUAAGGAGAAUGUCUAUGUAGUAAUAAAAAAAUUAAAGGAAUCUCGAAAAAAGGAAAAAUUCACGUAUAUAUGUGAACAAAACAAACCGAAAGUAAUUUAUUUUCGUAAAAGAAAUAUACAUCUAGGAGAGUCUGCGGUCUGCACUUAAAGACCGUUUUGAACAUAAAAACAAAAAAAAAAAAAAAAAAAAAAAUGAAAUGCAGUUGAAUACAUUUUAAAAAACUUUACUUUCGGUACAUUUGCUUGUUCGUCGUUUAUACUCGACCGGAAACCGCCAACGGAAAAAAAAAUAAAGACAAAACAAAAAUAGAUUAUAAUAUAUAGUUUUGCAAUUUAUGUUGUUUUUAUUUUACACUAUUGCUAAUACGAAAAUAUACGCGACAAUAUAUAAUAAAGUUAUCUUCACUUCCCACGCGUCCUCGCUACGACAUACACGCUAUAAAACACAACGAAAUAUUACUAUAGAUUUUUAUUAAAAAGUCAAAAUUUUUUUUUUUUUUUUUUUUAACGUUCACCGACCUGACGUUACGUAUAUUCCCGCAGGAGUCUUUCCGCAACGCCGAGUUGACGUUAAACAACAUUGCUGGUAUAUUUUACAUACUGGUCCUGGGACUCAUCGUGGCCAUCGCCGUAGCGCUUUUUCAGUUCUGCUAUCGAACACAUUCGGAUCAAGCCAACUCAAAGGUAACGUGCAUUUAUUGUAGUUUGAUUAAAAAUAUAUAUUUAAUACGAAUUAUCAAUAAUUCACUAUAUAACAUGCGCGCGCGUUUAUAUAUGAAUAUAUGUACAGAAUGGUCCACGAUGCCAUUUAAAAUAACUUUAGUUGUAUUCAAUAUUUUUUUAAAUAAUAAAUAUUCCUUUGUUUCUCUAUGAGUUAAUAUCAUACAGUAAUUAUUUUGACUACUGAUUAAAUAUUAAAAUAGAUUUUAAAUCAUAACAAUAUUCACAUUUCAAAACAUUUUCAAAAAUAAAAGACCACACAAAUGCCUAAAUAAAAAAUUCUAACACAAAAAAUAGUUUCAAAUAUAUUUAACGAAAUUACUAUUUUGAUUUUUUUAAAAAAAAUUACAGUAAAAUUUAAAUGGUUUUAUUACAAUGGGCAUAUCUUCGUGGGACAGCAUGUAUACUUAAUAUUAUAGAGUAAUAUACUUGAUAGUAUAAUGUAUACUUGUAUACUACCUGUAAAUACUACAGAAAUAAGUUAUGACCUGUGAAGAAAAAUAGUGCAUAAAAUGGUAUACGAGAAUUCGUUAUAGUUUUAUUUUUGCGGCAAGAUUUAUUCCUAAUAGUAUGAAAACAUUUGAAUGAAAAACUCUUCUACUACUGAUAGCAAUCAUAGUGUAAAUUACCAUGCAUACGGUAUUCGUCACACUUAAUAUUAUAGGGACUGGUUUUAUGAUAUUUUCUUGAAAAUAAUGAUUAUGUUUAAGUAUGAUAAACUAACGAAACUAACGACUAAAUCGGACAAAAUUAUCUUUGUUUUAAAUAAAAUAGUAUAAUACCCAUCGUUAUAAUAUAGACAUAUAGUAUUCUAAAGGUCUUGAUUAUAUGUAUUUUAUUUUGCAUAUUUCUCAUUUUUCAUUAUUAUUAUAUUUUAAAUCAUUACAUUUGAUUAGCAUUACAGAGACAAAUUUAUAGUAUCUAAAAACAACUUUGUGUAUCGGGAUCGUUACAGUUCGACUUUGCCCAAAAAAUCUGUGGAAAUAAAUUAUUUCUAAAAAAAAUUUUUUUAUUUUGUUCUUAUUUUAUUUUAUUUCAUAGAGAAGGUUAAAAAAACUAAUGUCUAACGAACUAAUGUAUGGAUUAUAAAACAAAUCAACCAUAUUAGGUAAGUUUUAUGUUACGUGGAGGUUUUGUUAAAAAGAGUUUUCAUUGUAAUUCGUAUAUUAUAAUGUUUUUUUUUUUAUUAUGACGAAUAUUUAACAUUAUAUUUGGAUUACCUAGUUUUUUUUGGUCAUUUUUAAUUUGAUUUUUCGUCCAGUAAUAAGAUUAUUAUUAUGUCGAAUACAAAUCCAGUGAUAGACGGAUUUCGACACUCCACCUCUCCCUCAAAAACUUGAAAAUUUAAACUACCGAAUCAGAAAUUCAAUAGUAAUGUAAUUAUUAUAAAGUUUUUUUAGGGGUUUUUGUUACGUUUUAUCGUAAGGUAUAUAAUUAUUGUAAAAUGUAUUAUUUAUUAUAAUUGAUGAUUGGAUAAAAUCGAAUGGAUAAAAACAUGUUUAGGAGUUGGUAAAUUUGCUAUUUGAAUUUUGAAAAUCACAACCCUCCGAAGAUUUAGUUUCACGCUUAAUGUCGAAUGGAAUGUUAAUACUUUACCAAAUAUUAUUUAACCGAUGUUUUAUUGUUUCUAAAUAAUUAAAGAUUAAAUAUAUAAGAGGUGUAGAAAAUCUGAGAGAUUAUUUUAUAUCUCUUGAAAUUUUAUUGUACUUACUAUAUUCCAUUCCUCUUCAUAAUAUUAUAUUAUAUACUUUGUUUUAUUUUGUUUGUUUGUUUUUUUUUUUUUACCAAGAUAUUCUUAUGUAUCUUAUAUACACUAUACGUUUUUAUAGAAGUAUACUUAUAUAAUAUUAUACAUAAUAUAUAUAUAUAUCUAUUUUAAAAUCCUCUCAUAAUUGUUACGUGUUGAUAUAACUGAUUUAAAAAAAAAAAAAAGUAAUAGUUUUUGUUUAACAUUAGGCAGCGUAUAAAUUUGUUUUUAAUAUAUAAUCGUUGAGAAAAAAUGAUGCGUUUUACUUAAUUUUAAUCCGGAUUUACGUUAAAUAUAAAUCUGCUUUAUUAUUAUUAUAUGUAUAUAUAUUAAUUUUUUUUAUCUUUUAUAGUCAUGGUUUUAUUAUAAGUUUUUAUUUUACUUUAAAGACGGUUCAAAUAAAAAAAACAAAGUAUAUUUCCUUAUAAAUAUUAUUUGGAGGAAAAUUCACGAGAAAUAUAUUUCAAUGAGUUAUAUUGCAGACAUAUUAUACCGUUUAUUUCUUUGCAUAAUAAUAAUAUUGUUGAAAUAAAAAUAAGAAAACCUGAUUGCCAGUUACUAAAACAAGUGAUUUGUGAUCAGUUUGUAUAAUAAUUUGGAUUUCAUUAAAAUAUAAUUUCGGCAUUUUAAAGUGUAUACAUAUUCAUAUAGCGUACUGUUUAAUAUAUAAUCUUUUUAUAAUCAAUAUAUGUUGGAAACGGUGAAAUUCCUGUAUUUUUGGGUAUAAAAUUAUAAUAUUAUAGUGAUACCUAUUGUUUUUUUUUACACAUUAUUAAAUAUAUAUAUAUAUAUAUAUAUAUAUAUAUAUAUGUAUAUAUGUAUAUAUGUAUAAUAUGUAUAAUAUGUAUAAUAUAUAUGGUGUAUAGGAAGUUUUUUCUUACGUUUGUCUUUAUAGGAUCAAUAAUGCGAUUAGGUACAAUGUGUUACUAUAUAUUAUUAAGGUUGAAAACCGAUAAUCUCAGAGGUCAUUUACUACGCAAAGUACAUUUUAUCUCCAUUUCAUCUAACUAGAUGUACCUUGCAGUACGAAUGUAUUUUAAACUAUUGGAAAAAAAUUAUUAUUAUUCAGUAUAAAAUUUUAUGAAAAAAACGUUUGAAUAUAACACCAACCAAUAUAGAAUAUAGUAUUAAUAUUUAUAAUUUUAAGCGGGAUAACAAGCUAAAUGUUUUAAAUGAUAAGUGUAGCUUUUAAAUUCUUUUUCUCGCAGUACAUUUAACUGAGAUACUACAAUUCCCCUGCUUUCGAUUGGUUGUAUUGUAACUUCUCAGCUUACUUGCCAACUCAGCCAACCGAACAAUAAUUAACCAAAUCCAAAAAAAAAACUAAAAGUAUAUUGACAACAAAUUCAAACAAACGUCAAAGUUUUAAGAAAUCUGUAGAAUUCUAUUUAAAAUUUUGUUUUGAAUGAUAUUGGUUUGAUUUAGUGUUUAAUGCUAAUUAAGUUGAUGCUAAAAUUACAUGACUAUUUUACCGAUAAUACACCGUCUUAAUAUCGGAUAUGAAGUGACAUAUAAAUGAAAAAUGAUAAUUAUUUAAAUUCUCUUACAUAUUUGUAAAAUACACAAAUUUAAAUAUGCUUCAUAAUUUAUUAUAUGCAAUGUAGUUUUAUACGUAUUAUAUAGUGAGGAAUUCAAUUAGUUCAAUAUAAAAUCAUUAUCCUGUUUUAUGAUUUUCUGACUAAGUAGUUUAUUCUUGUGAAAAUGUCGAUGUACAAAUUAUUUAUCAACACUCAAAGUUUAUAUUAAUACAAGAAAGUUUGUUAAAAGGUAGUGGACAAACUGUGAGAGGAGGGUUUAAUAAUUGUUUACGUCUCAACAUUUUACUGCUACGCUCCUGUAUAAACUUAACUGACAAUAAAUAAUAAAAUACAGGUCUAAAAUAAUACACUAUGAAUAUAAUAUUUUUAAAAAAAAUAUAGCUCGACAAAAUGUUAUUAUGAAAUUAAACAUAAAGUCGUCAUUUGAUAAAACUGUGAAAAAAAAAAAACUACAAAAACAACAUGAACGAACAAGGAUUAUCAAAACCUGUUAAGUUUGUAGUUUUUGAGAUUUUCGCAAACAUACAACCACAAUAAAACCUACCUUUUUGUUUUUUUAUAAUAAGAUUUGUAAUAUUUAACUUACUGCGUACAUGUUAACACAAUAAUCGGUAUUGAUCACGCAUAAUCUGAAUAUUUUUAUUUUAUAGACAAAUAAAAAUAGUAGGUGCCUUAAAAUAUAUAAAUAUGCUCCUGUGGGCGCCUAAACAACGGAAACCACGUACUGCUAUUGCAUGUAAAUGACACUAGAAUGAAAAUAUUAUGUACAUUAUUAGGUCGAUAGAUAUUAGGUAAUAUUGUCAUUUACUCAUUAAUUCACAUUUAUUGUUUAGAAUCACAAAAGUGAAAGGGGGCGGGGGGCGUGAAGCAAAUUCUAAAUAUUCGCAUAUUGUGUCACCAAUCGAUUUACUGUGUUAAUGGCAAUAAUCAUAUUUGCGCGCGCUCGUAAUAAUUAAUGAUAAUAUUUUAAACGGGUCGGUGAAAUGCCGAAAUAUAAGUCAUAUUAUUGUAGGAACCUAUAAUAGUGCCAGGUACGACAUCGCUCGCUUACCGGUAAUGUGUUUCUCGAGUUUCGCAAUUAAUUCCCAACCGUAAAUUGUCGUAUUAUGCCGUUAAUUAUAACAAUCCUAAAUAGGUACGAGCAAAUAACUAUUAUUAUUGUUAUUUUUAGUGUGUUUUGCUAUUUUUAUCAAAUUUUUUCCCCUUCCCCCUCCUAUCUAUUUCACGCGAUAAUUAAACCGGGUUAGGUCAGGUUAGGUUAGGUUAGAUUAGGUUACCUAACCGAGUUAUCUAACAGUUAGUAUAGUUUUUCCAAGUUCUAAUUUAAAUGGAAAAAACACUGUUGUCAAAAUGUAACAUUUCUUAAAACGAACAUUUACAUUCAUAGUAGACGUGUUUAUUGUGUCUUUCAAAUUGCUUUUUUGUUUUUCCCCCGAGACCUACUCUCCAAUAGUCUUUUCAAUUGAAGUUCCAACAUUAGCAGGCGAAGCUAUCGAAUAGACGCGAUGGCUGAACGCUCUCGCAGACGAAAUAAUUGAUAAUGUCAGGUGGGCGUUAUAUAUAUUUUGAAGUUUAUUUCUAAACUCUCUUAUCAGUUUUUGGAAGAACCACUAUGUCCGGUUCACAGACAAUAUACUAGAUUACUAGUAAUAACCGAGUUGGAAGUACAAAUAAUGAAUGAAUACUAACAUGAUUGAUAAGUCUUUUGUUUCUCUCUCUAUCUGUCUCACCGUCAUACUAUAUCUUUUAUCAAUAUCUGAUAUCAUAAUAAUAUACACCUGAUAUUACAUACGGGUAGUAGAGGUAUCGUAUGAUAGUAUUGAUAGUUAGUAAUUUAGUUAAUUGUACAUUAUAUAAUAAAUAAUCAUUAUAUUUGUAACCUGGUCGAUCAUUGUCAAACUUAUUCUCACAUAUUGUCUUAUCUCAUGUACACUGAUAAAGAUAAUAAUAUUAUAGUUAAUUAUUAUCCCCGAGAAUUAGAGAAACAUUUACCUAAUGGUGUUGUACUAUAAUAUUAUUCUCUGCCAAGCGUUUUAUGUUUCGUUUUCGUUAGUUCACGUACAGCAUAAUUAUGAUAGUUAUUAUUAUAAUACACGCGAGAAUAAUACUAAUAAGAUGUUAUAGUACCGUCACACGUACCUAUAUCUUAAUUGUUUUAUAUUCGAAUAUAUUGUAAUGCCGACAAAUUUUCGACAGUUAUUAAUAAGGUUUGGGACUCAUAGCAUUUAAAAUCAAUAAAAUUGCGCUUAAAAUGAUUCAUUAUAAUUCUUUUAUGCGCUGAAAUACUGAAACAGUUGUCGAAAAAAUCAUAAAAAUAAAAAAUGUAUGAUUUUAUAUUUGGACUCGUAACACGAUAUAAACGGACACUCUGCUUGAUAUAAUAUCGAGCCAAAAAAAUAAGCUAACGAUAUAAGUCCCGAACCCUAGUUAUUACCGUUAAAUAUAAUAGUGAAAGAUCAUUUUUAAAACUCACUUAAAAAAGUACUACUACUUUCAGCACUCUUGUAAAGAAUACAUUCGUUUUAUAUUUUCUAAAAAAAAAAAAAAAAUAACCAAAAUAUGUUCUGAAUACUUAAUCGAAUACGUUUAGUAUUAAUAAUAUUGAUUAAUAGGUUAAUUCUUAAACUUUGAUUAGAAACAAAAAAAAAACAAAUACUAUGUUCAUAAUCUAUUAUGUGACCGUAAAAAUAUACGGUUUAAGAUUAAAACUUCAAAACUAUUGUUGGUUUCGGCAGAAAAAUAUUAUUAAUCCCGAAGAGUAUUUAAAACGGCUUUUGGGUACAUUAAUACAUUGCUGCACAUAACUUACACACGUGUCGAGACAUUAUUGUUUACAUUUAUAAUUGUUAUUAUCAGCUACUUAAAAUGUUAAUCGAAACAAAUUAUAUAAAAGUUCAUGGGGUAUUGAUAAUAACAAUUCCAUUAAUAUAAUAAUUAUAGAUGGCAUAGUGUAAUACCAUAUUCGCCUGCCGCAACGUACAAUUUUUUAUCUCGAUUAAAAUCGUAUUUUUUUCAGCAUGGCCCACGAUUAGGUCGUAUUUCUAUUCGUUCAAAGAGAUUUGAUUAGACGUCAGAAACAACGAGACCGCUUAUUCGUUGCGGCGGGUGAAUUAUUAUUAUUAACACUAUAAUGUUGGUGGUGAUGUUUACUAAACCAUAUCAAACUGUUUGUUUGAUGUCAGGUAUUUCAAACUGUUGAGUUUUAUUUGAACACGUGCAUAUAAUAUACAGUGUGAUCACGAUUUAAUGUAACACAAAAUAUCUUUGGUGGAUGACCUUGUAUUGAAAUGGGGUUUGCGGGAGGUGAUAGGGAGUACCUAAAUAAAUAUUUUCAGAUAAAUUUCAAAUUUGUAACACUUUUGGUAUGCGCAUAUGCAAUACAACUUACAUUUUUUUAAAUGGAAACACUAUUUUUUUUCUGCAUAUACGGAUAGGUUAUUAUUUUAUUUUUUAUUUUUUGUAUUCAAAGUAUUUUUCUUUUUAUAAAACUGACCAAGUUAGAUUAAGUCAAAAUUUGGAUUUCUGUAUAAUUCAUGUUUAAUGAUACUUUCAUUUAUAACCACUGGAAAUACUAAAAUAAUUGUGAAAUAAUUAAACAUUAUUUUCAGUGUAUGAUAUUUCGUCAACUGUAUUGAUUAAAUGUAAUACAAAAUAGUUAUAAUGGUAAUGGUAAUAUUAAUAUUAUAAUAAAAAAUAAAAUGCAUUAAAUAAAUUUAUCGUAUGAAUUGUUCAAAAUUUUCACCAUUGUGUUCUAAACAUGUUUCAAGUAGUCUCAAAAAUUCAGUCGAAGUUGCCGCCUUGAUUCGCUCCUCACUUAAAAUAUCACAUGCUGCCUGUAUUUUGUUUUUUAAGUUCUGAAGAUUGACAGGUUGAUUUGCAUAAACCACAGUCUUCAAAUAUCCCCAUAAAAAAAAAAUCUAGUGGCGUCAAAUCUGGGGAUCAUGCAGGUCAAAUAACGACGCCAUAAGUACAAAUCCAGCGGUUUGGACAUAUUUAAUUUAAAUAUCGUCUAACAAUAAUUGCACUGUGGGCUGGUCUUCCAUCUUGCUGGAAAAACAUACGGUUCCGUGUGUCUAAUGAAACAUCGUCCAACAGUCGUGGUAGUUCAUUUGUUAACGAAUUAAGAUAUCGUCUGCCAUUAAGCGUACCAUCGUAAAAGAACGGUCCUAUUAGCUUUCCACCAACUAACCCACAUCAUACAUUAAUUCCUCAAACCGUUUGAAAAUUAGUUUCACGUGACCAGUGUGGGUUUGUGUCAUCCCAGCAUCGAUGAUUUUGUUUAUUNGAUUCAUCACUCCAAAGAAUAUGAUUGACAAUUAAAGGGUUAUCAUACAAUUUAAUAUUGAACCAAGCUAUUAAUUCCAACCUACGAAUAGAAUCUCCUGCAGGCAAAUGUUGGACAAAAUCGAUUUUAUAUGGGUGCAGUUUGUGUUUUUUUAGAAUUUUUUGAACAUAACCAUAUGAAACUCCAAUUUCACGAGCAACAUGCCUAAUUGACGAACGUCGAUUAGCUCUUAUGUAUGCUAGUACCUGUAAUUCUGUAUCGUCAUCAAACAUAUUUGCUCUACGUCUUUGUUGAAUUAUUCGUCUGCCAGGAAAUCUUCCUUCCUCUUUUAACCCUUGUAAAAGUCGUAAAACAUAAUUAUAAGGUGGAUGGCACCUUUCUGGGUGUAUCGUUCGGCAUACGUCAUAGCAGCUAGGCGUACAUUACGUUGACAUUCGCCAUAAAUUAAAACCAAUUCAACUUUUUCAGCGUUAUUAAUAUUUAAAAAAUUAUAAUUUAUAGAAGCACUUAAUAACCAGACAUCCACGGAUAACGCACAUACUUUAGAACGGGUCUAAUUACAGAAUAAAACUAAAUUAUAUUUAUCGGUGAGCCAACACCACCUUUUUUUCGACAGCCGACUGUCCGCCGGAUAUUUGCCGCCGAUAUAAAAUCAACACCCGAUCCGAUAUUUUGAAAUCGAAAACCAUAAAUGUAUAUUGAAACGAAUCGAUGUAAAAAUCCGAUUUUCUAAUAUUCUAUGAGAUAUUUAAAGAAGUUUAUUUCCGAAAAUAUCGGUUUUGAAUAUUUAUACCUUAACCGAUAUUCUCAUUGCAGGCCGAUAUAUGUUAUGCCGACACUCUCCACUAAUCGUUUUCAUGAACAUUAAAAAUGUCUUUAAAAUGGUAAUCAUUGAUGAAACGUUCUUAUUUUUUUUUUUUUUAUCAGUGCAUUCAUUUCAUCCGCCUUUUAUUUCAGCGUAAUAAUAACAUUAAAACAUAUUCUAAUUAGGUAAAAGUAAAAAAAUUAAAAUAUAUCAAAAUAAUAUUUACAUACGGAAUUGUACGCACGAAACUAAUUUUCAACAAAGUCUCAAACAAUUAAAUAUAUAUUAUUUUACCCGUUUAAUGAAUUUUGAUUUUGAUUUUUUUUUUAUACUGAAAAUACUAAUUUAAAAAAAUGAUACACUGUCAACCUUUUAGUGACUAUAAUCAAACAAAGUGACACGGAUGGCACGGAGAAAUUUAUUUUAUAGUAAAGAAAGAUAUAUUAACGUCACCUGUGGGUUAUUGCACUUACUUUAAUAGAAAAAAAGUUAGUAGGUACGUAUACAUAUAUAUAUUUAUGAAAAGUAGUCACGCAAAUAUAGACGCGAUGCUUUUUGGCCUAUAAUUUUAAGUAACUAAUAUAAAAAUAUUGUUUUAAAUUUCUUUUUCGUGCGACAUUUCUUUAUUUUAAAUGCACCAUUGUUUAUAUAUUUUAAAAUAGAUUUACAUUAUCAAUAUAUAGACGUUUUAAACUGUUGAUUGAUAGUCCUUUUCCUGAAAUAUUUUAACGUAAACAGUAGCGCUUCUCAGUUAUGAAUAAUAAUAACAAAAGAAAAAAUACUUGCAUUUUCAGUAAACUAUAUUUUUAAUUCAUAAUGAAUGUCUCCAUUAAAAAUAAAAACGAUUAAUUUAUACAUUUAUCUGGAUCCUCGUAACGAUGAUAUUCGUUUGUCGUUUUAAUACUUUAAUUUUCAAAAUGAUAAUAGUGUUAAGAUAAAUCGGUUAAACUCAAGUUUAUAAAUUCGAUUCAAAGCGAAAUUCGAUUAAACAUAUUUUGAAGUCCUGUGAUUUUCGUAAAUACGAAUAAAAAAAAAUUGGAUCAAUUUUUUCAAUCAAAAAAUUACUCUCUUUGUGAGCAUGUAGAUCUAAAAUACAACAAAAAAGAUCUUUAGACAUUGUUUGAUUAAUGCAAUAUUUCUAGUAUAUACCAUAUCUAGUUUACAAAAAUGAAAACUAAUAAAAUUGGUAACGCCACGGCGCGCCAUUAAUAUUUUCCGUGUUACCUAUAAUUUUGUUUCCGGUUUUCCCAAACUAUUUUGAAAAGCCCUUAGAAAAUCAAAAAUUUCCGGGUUUAAAAUUUCCUUUUAGAAAAAGUACUACACUUGAAAUACAUUAAAGUAAGGAUUCUUUUCAAAAAGUAGUUUUCAAAUAGAAAAAAAAACACACACAUCAUAGUAAAACCGCUACGCUCCGAAUCUAAAAUAGUAAUAAACUUAAUAUAUUCUCUACUGCGUUCAAAAUUUAAAAAAAAAAAGACUGAUACUGCUAAUUUCGACACUUUUUUAAGAGGCAAAUUGAAAGGGAGGAUUAAUUAAAAUUGUAUUCAUAUGCAAUAAUUAAAUUAAAUAAUUAAAUAAUUAAAUAAUUGCUAACGAAAAACAGUUUCGAGGAGAGUAUAUUAUUUUUCGUAUUUUUCGUCAGUUUCUAAUGUAACCAAUUUAUCAACAAAAAUUAUAAUGCGAUUUUUUUUUCGUUUGCGGAGAAAACUAUUAGGAAACACAACAACCGACUUUUAUGUACCAAUUAUAAGAUCAACAAUUUUCCAAAACAUUCUCUUAAUUAAAUUUUUGAUUGGGUCAAGAUUUCCGGUAAAAAUGUUGUUUACAGACAUAAAAAAAUAAAAAAAAUAUAGUAAAAUUAAUACAUUCCUCGUUACGCUCAGAAUCUAAAAGUAAUUAAAUGUUCAUAUAAUUUUUUAUAAACGUGGCGUGUCCUGCUUUCCUCAAACUUUUGAGGUAGAUUCGCUUUGUUGUAUACUCGUAUACUAUAAAAUAUGAACAGUAAUUAUAUGUUAAACAUUCGUCCGGAAAUAUCGAUUGAUUUAUAUUGACGGAUUUCCACGUAUGUGUACUCUUUUAACCUUUUUCCCGUUAGGUUUCUGAAGUUACACUAAAAAGUUUAGCCCUACAGCUUAUAUUCGCGGAAAACUAAUAUUAAUUAAAACGUAUUCACGUUUACCAAACGAUAAAAUACUAUUUACUUUUCACAGAAAUUAUAUUAUACCUAACGUUUACCUAAUUUAAAUACAGUAACGAACAUUGAGGUAUUUAGGAAUUUUUAAGGAGGCAUUAAGAGGAUUUCCCAUAGUAAAAGCCGUGAGGAGAGCUUUAUAACUCGCGUAUUUUUAACACAAACACGUUACCUACCUAUAUAUUGGAUACUUAAAAAAAUGUAUUAAUUUUUAAUAAUUUGUCGAGGUUCUCAAUGUAAUGGUAGAUUAAGAAUAUGACAUUUUUUAUCCCCGUGCUUACUAUUGCACAAAAUCUAAUCACAUCAUAUAGCGUAAUUUUAGUUUUUCGAUGAUAAGAAAAUAGAGGAAAAUAGUAAAUGUCUAUAUUAUAUAAUUACAAAAUGGAUCACCGAAUACUAUGUUUUACGCCACGAGCUUUUAUAGAUACUUGUACACAGUCCGAAAUCAAAAUGUUAACAAUAGAAAAAAACCAAUUGACUUUUUUUUCUUAUCUUUUCAAUACCGUCUAAAUAUCGGAGGUGUCGAAUCGCCCAUCCUCGGGUACGCGUGUAUAAUGAAAUUAAUAGUCGGACCGUUUUCAUUAGAUUUUCGACCGUGGUCCGUGAUAUCGAUAUAAUAUAAUAUAUAUUAUUAUUCGAUUUUGUUAACGAAAAAAGUAGCAUACGAGUAAAUCCCUUUAGGCUUAGCGGCGGCUUUCCGUCCUACGAAAAACCACCGGCAACGCGCUCCCCUGGGACUAUGGCUUAUCGGUCAUAAAUACAAGAUCAAAAUCCAAUUUCAUUGACAAAUUUUUUCCAUUGAUAUACGACUCUCACUCUCCUUCUCAAUAUAUAUAUAUGAUACAUAUACCCGUAUUAUAUUCCGUCGAGACGUAAUACGCAAGAAAAAAAAAGGAUACAAGAAGCUGAUAUUUCAAUACUUAAUAAAUAAAAAAACACGGACGUUUUUACAAUUUUUUGUUUCGCCUUAUUUAUUUUCGACGAUAUGCUUUCUGAAAAUAAUAUGAAUUUAUUCCUGUAAUAUAUUUGUAAAUCGUACGCAAUAUAGUCCCGACUCGGAGCCGUAUUUAUGUGUAGACUACAUUGGCUGCGUCCUAUGGGCCCGCAUCACACAAAACAAAUCGUUGGAAAUUGAAUUUUAAAGAGACGAAAAUUAAAAAUGAUUUGACACUGUGGUGCGGGCUCUUAUUGUAGUGAAUUUGUGUCUAUUUAGAAGAUAGAAUACAAACAAGUUUUAAUGAAAUUAUUAUCGCGUUUCAUAUGUACAUAGUCUCUAUUUUCGCAGGGACGAAAAUGUCAUGCGUUAUUCGGACAAUUCCGACUAAAAUCACGCUUAAGCGGGCCGAGUAAAACUCAAUAUAAAUUUUGGUUUAAGAUUAAAAUCAUCUCUAAUAAAACUAAAACAGGACAAUGUUCUGUAUAACGCUACUUUUAUUUUCAUUUUUCCAAAUAUAACAUCUUAGUACACCGUUAAGAAAUAACAAAUACUUAUUUAAAUAAUUUAAAAUUACCGUAAAUUUUUAAAAAUGCACAUUUAUACUCUCCAGAAUAUUAUCAUGUUUUAAUUUUUAAAUUUAAUUUUCACAAUAUAAGAAUAAUAGAAGUUGAAUAAUUGUGUUGAGUACUAUAACGGUUUCGAGUUGAUUUCAUUUAUAUUUCAUCAAUUUGAUUUCUAAAGACGUAACGUACGCAUAGUAAAUUUAUCCACAUUCUGUUAAUGAACUAGUUACAUAAUGUUUCUUUUUAAGUUAUUAUUGUGAAAAUAUUUUUUAUAUGUGAUUUUUGCUGGAUAAUUAAAAUAAAAAAAAAAAAAAUUUGAUAAUCCAAUUAGGCCAGCGCCUAAGAUUAGACUAGGUUUCUACGGAUCUUAAAUACGGAAUCUCCCAGAAUAUUUAUAGUCUUGUUUUAUUUAAUGUUAUUUAUUCCGAUGUAAAUACGUUAAAAUAUACGCCGCUGCGUUUUAACCCUCCUAAAUAAUAAAACGCGGCGUUAUGAUUUUCAGUUAUCGGACCAUUUCUAUGAAAAAUCUUACUCCGGGGGUGGUUUUCGGUUGCUUAAACGUCCGUGUAUUCGCCGAGGAAGUUAUUUUUUCGUUACGAAAUCGGAUUUUUCGGUAGAAUAUAAUGUGUUUGUUUAUCCGGUUUCACUGUAUUACCAACUAUAUUUGUACACAACACUGUUGUGUUCACAUCCCGACGCAAGUAACACAAUGCCGCCUGUCCAUAAAUGCGGAUUCGAUAAGCCCAAGACUCAAAUCGUGUCAUCCGUUCCUAGAAAGAACCAAAGAUUCAUUUAACCCCUCCGUGUCGCAGUAAUAAUGAGAAAGCAAACUUCCAGCUAACGGAAACCAUAUUACAUGCGUGCGCAGACUGUAAAAGCAAGUAGUGGCCACAUUGAUAUGAUCAUCGGCCCUCUGGCCAGCCAUUUCAUAAAUGAAACUAACACGUUUACAUUUCAUAUACCUAUUUAAAAUUAAUAUUCGUGUUAUAUAUUUUUUUUUACAUUGUUUAGUGUAAUAUAAUAAUAACAAUAGCAGUUACGAACAACAAUAAAUUUAAUAAUAAUAUAAUUUUAAGUAUUUUAUUAUAAACAUUCUAUAUUAAACAGGCAUUAGCCAAUUCAAACAAAGUAUAACGAAUAUAAUAAUUAAGAAUUAUAAGCUAAAAGAGGACGGGCAUAUUUUGCACGGUGGGUGGCCCGCUGUUGUAGUUGAGUAAUAGUUGAAAAGGUAGGAUAUAGAGGGGAAUUUAAUGUAUAUCUGCACGCAAAGAUUAAUCUUUUCUACCGAAAAAUGAUUCCAAGCAGAGUUUGGUUAUAGAUGUUUUAAAAGGCUGUGAUAUUUAAGAUUUUCGUUUAAGUAUUUAUAAAAAAACAAAAUUCUACAUUAUACUUUUUUUUUUUUUUUUACCAUUAAAUAUAACUUAUAAUGAACCUCCUGUUAAAUUUCAAAAAUUCCGGUUUGGUCUAACAAUUUUAUCCACAGAGUACCUAUCAAAAACUGACAACAACUGUUGAUACAUCAGUUUUAUUUACCUUGGUUAUCUUAGCUAUGGUGUGGGAUAAAUAUCGCGACUUAUAGUACUCCGAUCAAAAUAGGUUUUCGAUUGAAAUUGAUUACAAGGGAAUACCUUAGUUUAAAAAGUAAGUCAUGCGUCGAAAAAGUUUGAAGAGUACUGCACUAUACGACGUCUAGUGUUAAAAAAAAAUUAACAAACUAACUCUUCGAGCUGGUAAUCAGUAUUAUACGGUGUUUUCGUGAGAUAAUUAAUUACUAUAAACGAAUGAAAUGCGUAAUAUUAUAUUAUGUUUUUUAAGUGAAAAUUUCACAAAAUACACGAUAUAGUAUUUUAAGUUAAAAUAUUUCUGAUAUUGCGGUAUUAUAACAUUAUAAUAAUAAUACUUAAACGAAACGUCGUGUUUUAUAAUAAAUUGAAACGUUUAAUGGGUUCUUUGUCGCACGCGCGUGCGAAGAUUUUAAGACCGUGUAUAGCUCGCGGGGCUUAAAAACAAUCGCUUUUUGUGAAUUCUAUAAUGGCUGAGAAGCGUGCAGGUUGCACAAUGUACAGGUACGAAAUUCCCAAAACCCCUUCCGUUAGUAAAUAUUUUAUUAUAAAUUCGUUGUACUGCGUCGAAGUGUAGUAUUAUAUUUAAAUAUUUACUAUAUAGGGUGUUCCACAGAGUUGUGACAAAUGAUAACAAUUGUAUUUUUGUUCUGUUCAUUAUUUUUAAUUUUUUUUUUUUUCUUGCAAUAGUUACUGCUUACUAAAACCUUGGACAAAUGCGUUUCUUAUUAUGUAUUUUUUUUUUUUUUAAAUCCUAAAAUAAAAAUAUUCGUACAAAAUCCACAAUAGCCGUUUUAUAAACUAAUUUCCAAACAAAUGUUACACAUGUUUACUAAUUGCAGACCGUUUAUUUUUGGAAACUUGUCUAAGUUUACGAUGACAUAAAUUAUUUCUAUUGUCACAACUAUAAGUAAUAUAAAUCGAUUGACCAAUAGUUUUCCCAUGAAAAUAAUUUUUUAAACUAUAAAGUGUUAUAGAAUAUUAAAGAUUCGCCAUUAGUUUUUCCACUAGUCAAAAAAUGUGUCACACUAAAUAUCGUGUUUCAAAAUAAAUAAACAAAACGGCUACCUUUCUUGGGUUUUGAAAAAAAAAGACGUCGUAGGAUAAUAGACACGGGUGCAGGCACUUUUAUAGGUAAUUUAAUAUAUAUCCGUAAGCAACGAUAAACCAUUGCUAAAAAAUGAUUCUGAGCGCAACUCAGUUGAUAGUGAUACUUUGUCAACAACAUACAUGUCGUAUUAUGGUAAAAUUAUUAAAUAGGCAUUAUAUAGUGUCUUUAGUUAAUUUUGUUUAAUAUUGUUCCGAUUUUCCAAUGUUUUUUUCCAAUUUUUCCCAUUUAUCGGGACAACUCCUGGAAAAAUCGCGAAAUUACCUCCCUAAAGAUUUUCUUUUAGAAAAAGUGCUAUCAUUAGUAUAAUAUAAUAGUGUUAUAGGCAUAAAUAACCAUUAUAUCACGAUUAAAAUUAUCUUAUAAAAAAAAAAUACCAACUUAAUUUUUUUUUUUAUCACAAAGGAAGACUCUUAAUGAACCUCUCAUUAAAUUUUGAAGCAUUUCUCUUCAAGUCUGUUAAUUUUACCACAGAGUAUCUACCGAAUAAAUAUUAUUAUAAAUAUUAUGUAUAAAAGUUUCAAAAUUAAAAUUUCUGUAAAUAUCUUAAAAAUGCCUUAAAUUUUUUUGAUUUUACCACGUUUAAAAAGGCAAAUAUAAGUUUAUUGUCUACAUUUCAAAUUUUUACGAAUGUUUUUAACUGAAUUACAACAAAUAACAAAAUUGAAAAAUAAUAAAAAGCAUUAUUUUCGUAAUUUUUCCGUUUUUCUUACGUUUAAACCUGGUUUUUCUCACAUAUUAUGAAAACCGCUUAGGAAAUCAAAAAAUGACCUCUCAAAAGUACUAUUUGGACAACAAUCCAUUUUAGAAAUAGUGUCGCGCGUAUAUAUCUAAGCAAGAUUUAUGGUCGAAAUAUUGUACACAGUAUAAAAAAAAAAAUAAUAAUAAACAUCCUAGUAAAACCAAUACAUUCUUCGCUACACUGAGAAUCUAAAAAUCAAAUAUAAGAAAACAGACGAAAUUUCAUUGCAUUUGUCAGAUCUCCGUGGGACACCCUGUAUACGUAUCUAGCAAUAUUAUUUCUUCGGGUUCGUUUAACGAUGGGAAGACGAAAAGCGAAAAUACACAUCUAUCAUGUCCUCGUGGACAUGAAUAUUGUAAAUAUACCAACUUGCAAUAUAUAUUUUAUAAGUAUAUACACUUUCUGUCUGUACCCAUUUAUUUUGCCGGUCGCCGGGAAAUUAGAAAAAUUAGCAUCGGCGAGAAUAGCCUCUUGUGGCAGUCAAGAUAAAUCGGUUUUCAUACCAGAAUAUACGCAGUGGUAUAGCAGCGGUAAAUACGCACCGAAUGAUAGUUUCGGCUAUUUUCUUACAUAGAGUCUGGGAUGAAUGAAUUUUAUGAACUUUUUAGCUUCCAACCGGAUUUAUUUUAAUUUUUAAUUAUUUUUCCCCUUCUUUCAUUAUAUACCAAGAACAUAAAAUCAAAUCGAUUUUAAAGAUCCAUUUAAUAUUAAUAAUAAAAUGUGCGUGUAAAAUUGUAAAUUCAAUAUUAAAUGAACAUUUUUGCCGGGCCAAAUAAAAUUACCGGGAUAUUGCAUUGACAUUAGAAAAUCCACAUUCAAUUUCUAUACAAUCUCAUAGUUGAAUAAUUAACAAUUGGAUAAUCUUAUAGCCUUCUUUUAGCCUAAUCUUUUUUGUUGCCCAGGGAGGAAUCGGUUUUUGUGUUUUUUCCCCCCAUUUUUGUGGCGACUCUGUUUCCGACCGCGAAAGAGAUGACUUGUAGUAAUCGAAAAUAACAUUAUGGCGGGGCUUUCUUGUGGAAUUUCGGUUCUAAUAAAUUGCAGGUGCGUCAAGUAGAUCGUUGUUUGAAAUUCCUCGUAUACCUUUACCCUAUAUAUACGUAUAUGUACGCACUAUAUAUAAGUAUAUAUAUAUAUAUAAAAACGGGAGGAAAAACCGAGAGGAAAAAAAAACCGUUGGAAAACCACGAAUAUUUAUACGCAAUACCGCCGCGGGUGUUUUCAAAUCGAUUUCGCUUUGUGUUAUGAUUCGAUAAAAGAGAUAAGCGUAGAGACUCGGCCUCUUUGCUAAGGUUUUAUAAACGCGACAGUACGAUAAUAUUAUUACCAAAAUUCUUUGGCUGUUUUUGAGUUAGUCGUGUAUACGAAUAAGCUGUUUUAAAUCACGAAUAAUUCUCGAUUUAUUUCCGCAUACCUGUGAAUUAAUUUGCAUCCAUAUUGUCCAUCAUUUCCUCGAUAACGCGUGUAGAUAUUUUCGCCGUUUUAUUAUCAGUAACGGUUGUUGCACUGUCGGUAUGGUAUAAGGACAGCGAUUUAAAAAAAAAAAAAAAAAAAAAAUUACAAUUAUUAUUACCGCAUUAAUUGCCCCGAUCGACCACGCUUCUCGGCUAGGUGACUGGGUGUGUGUCCCUCGCGCACCCCUGAAAUCUCCUCGGACACGUCUCGCGCCAUCUCUCCUCCUCAACGCUGAACUAUACGACAACGACAAUAAUGAUAAUCAUAAUAAUAGUAAUAAUAAUAAUGCAUGUCGUAUUGUUUCGGUAUACUCGCCUAUAACUGCGCCCAAAAGGGAAUAUCGUGUGCGAAAGGUACACGGCGAUAAUAGUACGCUCGUAAAUGCCUAUAUCCUCCGCGAAACUCGCGCAUAAUAUCUUAUGUAUUAUUAUUAUUAUUCACCCGGAGGCGGUUCAACAAGAAUAAUUAUUAUUACCGCCGUUACAACAAGAAUAUUAUAAUACGAUAAUACAAUAUUAUAAUACGGGCGACCGAUGAUAAUAAUAAUAAUAAUAUUAUUAUUAUUAUUAUCAUCGUCGUUGUAACGUGAUUAUCGGCCCGUCCAAUCGAACGCAAGGAUUAUUACUAUUAUUAUUAUUAUUAUCAUACCGAUCGUGUCUAUAAAUAUUAUGUCGUUGUUCGGAUUCGGACAGCGCGAGUCCGAGGCGUGUAAAACCAUUAGCCGCGACACUGCGACAAAACCGCUUAAGAUGCCCGUCACUGCAGAAUUAUUUGCCGUCUCCGUCUUUCUAACGGGCGAUAUAGCGAAACAAAUACGUUUGCGUAAAAAAAAAAGGCUAUAAAAAAACCUUUAUAAUCAGUUUUAGAGAUGAAACAUUUAUUAUACAAUUUGUAGAUUACUACAUUUUAAAGGCAAUACAAAAUACAAUUACUUUUCACCUUUGAGAAUUCGAUGAAUAUUUAAAUAAUUGUAUACAACGGCGAUUGUUUUUAUACACCUACAAUAUAUUAUUGUUAUUAACGAUUUUUACCGUGGUUUUUUUCCAGUUUCAACUACCAGACGCCGUUAAAACAGUCGGAAAAUACAAGAAUAGGCACGAUCCGGAAAACGGCAGUGGCGGCAGGGUGAGUAAGAUCCCUUAGGUUUAGACUGAAUAUUGACUUAUUUAUCAAACGAAACGAUACAGUUUUACAGUAGCUUAUAAAAUGUCAGUCUCAUAGUAUUCUACAAAUUUCAAUCGCUGCAAGUUUUUAAAUGCUCUACUAUUAUUAUUAUUAUUAACCACUGAGCGUAUAAAUUAUACGAAUCAAUAUUAGUAUUAACUUUACUUUAUUUGUUAUUCGUGUAUAGACUUCCGAAAAAUCGCAGCAUUAUAAUGCAACCUCGAAAAAGAAAAAUAUUUGAAAACAUACCGAAUAACCUUAUACAUGUUUCCUUCUCCUCUUAAAACGGCUUCAGAACUACUAUUGUAAAUAUUUGUAACGAUAUUUUAUAAACAGAGUACAUUUCGGUAUUAUUUAAAAUUGUUCGAUACACGGUUGGUAAAUGAUAUUAUAAUUCAUUGUAACAUUAAUAAUAUGAUAAACAAUGUAAAUGUGUAAUAAACGAAUACGAUUACGUGUUUACAGGAAACUCCGGCGGACAUGUGUAGAGUGAUCGGAACGUAGGAAAAAAUUAACGUCUGUCCCCGCUGCCUAUUAAAACGUCCCGGAGAUAGUUUUCGGUAAGUUUUUUAAUCGUUUAUAUUUUAUCAUUUUAUUUCUUUCGUGUAGACAAUCAAUAGGAAUACAUUUUAUAUUACACGCAUAACACUUAACACACUUAACACACUUCUCCACUUAUUGGCAGUCUAGCCAAUUCACAGUAAGAGAGAUAUGGCCAAAACAAUAUUUAUUUUUUUUCUGUCUCACUCUAUAUAAUUUCCAUUGUGGGACUCAGUAGUGUACUCAGAGAUGGGAAUGUAGGGAGUUACACCCUAACCCCUCAAUGUCUUAAAAUGAAUACUUUUCAGUAAUUUACUAUAAAAACAUAUACGGAAUGAUCAAUAUUCGGUAACACAUUCGUUUUAUCUCUAAAAAUAUAAAAAAUUUUUAAAAUAUUUUAUGAAACAAAUAGUUCUAAAAUGUUAUAUAAAUACCAUAAAUAUAAUAUGUAGUUUUAGUUGAAAUUAAUUUUGGUGUUGACGGUUUUAAUUUCCGUCUUAUCUGUUGACGAGAUAUUGCACUUUUAAGUUUUGAAUAAGCAGAUAGUAGUGUAUCAUAAUUUGUGUAAUGCAGCACGUGGCGUUUGAGUAGUGCUCCAUUAUUCUCUCUCUCUCUCUGUCUCUACCCACGAAAACAGGUUGACGGAAAUUAAAAUGUCCAAUAUCAAAAUGUAUUUAAACUUAGUCUGUUUAAGAAUUUUCAAUAUCGGUUGUUCUUCGAAAAUCAAAAGUAGAUAGUAGACUGCAAUAGUUCCGCCAUAAACAAAUACAGGUGAAAAAAUAAAACCUUGAUGUAACAUUUUCUUGCUGCUUGUUUAUUAAAUAUAUUAUAAAAAAAAACCAAAUUCCAACAAAUUUUGAUAAUUCCGGGGAUAAUAGGAGUGUCUUGUCGAGAAUCGAUCGCCCUGUAAAUUUCAGUUAUGUUACAAGGAAAAGCUUGACUUAUUAAACGAAAAUUUGCUUUUUUGGCAACGAUUUUUUUAAUUCUCACUUUGAAGUUAGUGUACGCCGUAUAGAAGUUUCUACGAAUUUAUUCACCAUUAUCAUCUACUACAUAUUUUCGUCCGUUGGAAAUUCCUAAGCAUGCCGCUGAGUGCUUGGUCUAACGGGGUAAUCGGUCUGUGGUCCAAACGUUAUUUUCCCUCUCACUCAAUAUCGCCUCGUGAUGACACUGUCUUGGCGCCGCCCAUCAGUCAAUUUAGUCUGUGAUAUAAUAUGAUUGGCUACCGACUGUACGUCUCUUAUUUGAUGCUAUCGUGUAUAGUCGGUCAUUAAGUCGUUUAAUAUAAUAUCUACGGUACGCACUUCAUAUGUAUCGAUGAAUUUUGUUUCGCUACUGAAAAUUCAAUUCAACAAAUAUAUUAUACAUAGUUAUUUGAUUACGGGUCUUCGAUAUAUUUCUGUGACCGGUCAGGUACCGGACGAGUUAAUUAUUCGCAAAUAAUGCAAAUACUCAACUCGAUCCGCUGCAUAGGUGAUUUUUUUUUUUUUUAUAAAUACGAUAAUAACUCGCAUAGUGUAAUAAUAUUGAUUCGACUAUAGUUAUUAUCGUAAAAAAAAAAAAUAAGUUACUCUUAGUAUUAUUAUUAUUAUUAUUAUUUUUUUUUUUAAUUUGACAUAUUAUGUCAAUUAUUAUUGUUAUUAUUAUUGAACGAAUUACGGUGGUUGUCCCGCCACUGACUACUGCACAUAAUAUAUAGCUCAUACCGUUUGAGAGAAAAGGCUAUAAACGUAUUUAUUUAUUUUAUUUUUUUUCUUUUCCGAGAGAGACAAAUUGCAAUAAUCAGUCAAUAGAUAUAUAUUAAAGACAUUAUUAUUAUUAUUAUUAUUAUUAUUAUAUUCUUUUUUUGAAAACAGUCAUUUGGAUGACGUCAUUUCGCGUUGUAUAUUAUUAUUAUUGUAACUGCGAGUUGUGACAUUAGUGUCAAAUAUUUUUCGCUUUGCGCUGCGCGUGUAUACCAAUUUGCUUAAUACUAUGCUCGUGACAAUGAUAUAUUUAUUCUACAGAUGAAAAACAGUACGUUCCAGUCCUAAACGGAACAACACACGAGCCUUGUACAUAUAUAUUUUAUAUUUAUUAAAUAUACAGAAGCCCAUCUCCCGUGGAUGCAGAUGAAAAAACACUUUCAACUCUCGAAACUCCGGGAUUUCGUUUUUCGAUGAAUUGAAAUUGUUUCCACUCUUUCUCAUCGUGCUCUAUAUUUCUCUUUCUUUUUCUCUCUGUCUCUCUCUCUCUCUCUAUCUAUCUAUCUAUUUCUAUAUAUCUCUAUCUCUCUAUUUAUCUCAUGUUUUACCUAUAUAAUAUAAUAUAUAUAUAUAUAUAUAUAAUGUAUAAUGCAUAUUAUGUAUGUUGUAUUUUGUAAUCUAAACUUAAUAUUAUUAAUGUACAGUCACGAAAAUAAAAAAAAAAAAAAAAUAAAAAUUCCCUGUAGUAAAAUAUAUUAUAAUAUUAUAUAGUUAUUAUGUAAUAUUUCCAUGUUUAAAAAAAUAAUCUGAAAAAUAUAAAAUAUCGUACGGUUUUUUUCUCUCGUUAUUAUUAUUAUUAUUAUUAUUUUUGAUUUGUAUACAUAUACCGUAUUAUCAUCGUCUAUAUUGUUUUUUUUAAUCUUUUCAACGGUUUUGUUUACUAUUUUUUGUUUAUUAUUCAAUUUUGCUCUAUAUGAAUCAAACAAGAAUAUUAUAUUAAAUGUAAAUAAUAUUAUCAUUAUGACUUAUUAUUUUUAUUUCAUUGAUAUUAUUUAGUAGGUAAACUGUUUAUAAUGGCAUCGGUUCUAGUGACAAACCGGGUAUAAUGACCCAAAAUUGAAGGUUAUUCUUGGUCGUCUUAGAAAAAUGUGCUAUUUAUAAUGACUGUAUUCCUUUUUUUUUUUUAAAGAUUUUAUGAAAAAAAAGGUGUAACAAACUAAAAUAACAGAUUUUUUUUAUUACUUACACGUAUUUUAUUUUACUUUUUUCCGUAUUAAAGAUAAAAUUUAGUGAAAAAAAAAAAAAACAACACACCAUAUGUAUUAUAAUCAUACUAUAUAUUAUCGAGUUUUUAAGUUUGUUUUAAUAUUUUGGUUAUAAUAGCUAUAUGUUAUUAUAACCAAUUUGUACUGAUCCCUUGAGUGUCAUCAUAAACAGUUUCCGCUGUAUUUAACAUUUAAUACGAUCGAUUUGUUUUUACUGUACAUUAUUGAGUUAUUAUAUUAUAUAAUAUUUAAUAUUAAGUUUAAAUGUAUUAAUAUUAUAUUAAUAAAAUAAAUUCAUAUUAUUUAUUAUAAACAAAAAUUGAAUGUUGAUGUUGAAUGUU